CAUUAAGGCGGUGCCUCGGUGGAAGGAGUGAGGCAGGAGGAGCUUCUCUUUCAGUGGCCGGGAGAGAGGGCAUUGCAGAGGCAAGCAUGGCUCUGUUCCCUUCUGCCUGCUUCUGCCUGCUUCUCCUCUUGGGGUCUGGCUCCGGGCAUCCCACCUGUCAGUUCUUGGACAACUUGAUGUUCACCUGCCAGGAUAGCAAGGUGACCCAAGUGCCGCAGGACAUCCCCAGGAACGCCACGGAACUGUGAGUAAAUUGGGCAACCAAAAGAACUCUACAGCAGACUUUUGCUUUGGUCUCUGGAGAUUAUCUCCUCCUUUGAUAAAUUGGGUUCACUCUUUCCGGAGGAUUUUCAGAGGGAGGGAUCGCUGGUUCUUCUGGGACCACGGCAACCCUCCUCAAAGGAGGUUUGCAAGCGUUGGAGAGAGAUAAGUUGCCUGCGCAAAAAAGUUUCAGUCGGAGUUUCCCACAGCAGUGGGGGUUUCCAAAGUAAUUUAUGAUAUUAAGCACUUGGCGUUUUCUCCAAAAUGAAAAACAAAAAACCUUGCUUGAACACAGCUGAAACUGAACAAAGCAAAAGUCCGUCUGCUGAAAAGCAGCACAACUUAUCCGGGGAAAAUAUGGCAACCUUUUCAACCAGAGCAUUGUAGCAACUAGCUCCUAUCUUCUCUGCUGAGACGUUUUUUCCUUUGCAAAGAAGUUGGUGGUUUGCAUCAUGAUCACACAGUACUUUGCGGAGUUUCCUAAAAGUGAAGGGGGGAGGGGGCGCGUGAGGGGGAGUCCUAGAUAAGGAUGGUUUUCUUUUAAAUUUUGAAAAAGUGGGGAAAGCAAAUGGUCCUUAUGGGAUGAAAUGGAACAAGAAGCUCUAAUGAGAAUAAAUGAAGACAGCUCACUGUUGGAUUUCUCAAUUACAAGGCAGUUUCUUGAAGUUCCCAUUUAUUUCUCGGGGACUGACACAGGCAGUGUUCUUUAUCAGAUGUUUCGGCAGCUCUGUAACACAGAGAUUACCACCAAUACUUAACGGUGUCCUUGCUGGAAUAAAAUUGUGGGGUUUCUUCUUGCUGAAGCACAAAUGGCAGAUUCUCACCCUAUGCACCAAAGAUACAUAGCAAGGAUUUGGUCCAGCAAGGGGCUCUACAAUUGUCCCUGUAUCCAUGAAGGUUUGAGAGGAGGUGACGCCAAGAACAGGGAACCUGUGGUCCUCCAAGAUAUUCCUGGACUACAGCUCCCAUCAUCCCUGAACUUUGCCCAUGCUGGCUGAGGCCAAUGUGAGCUGGAGUCUGAGAUCUGGAAGGUCACAGUUUCCCCAUUUGUGCCUUAGUAGACCACAUCACUUAAGCAUCAUUGCAAAGCAUUGUUGCACAUGUCAAGCUGGUUAAAUGAGGAGGGGUUGUCAGGGUCUUUCUAAGGGAAAGAGCAAAGAGCAUGUGCAGAUUCUUCCUCAGGCAUAAGAUCUCAGCAAAAUUUGUUUUCAGCAGCAAACCUCAAUGCUGUUAUGCACAACAAAGGUAUAAUUUACGGAAUUUCUAUGUGGCCACACGAUGCAUUUAAAGCACUCUUAUGCCACUUUAACAGUCAUAGCUUCUCUCCUGGGAAGUGUGGUUUGUUAAGGGUGCUGAGAGUCCUCUAUUCUCCUCCCAGAGUCCCCUGGGGUGAAGGAACAGCUGUUAAACUACUUUGGGAAUUGGCCUUUGUGUUGGUUUUGAAAGAAAGAGAGAACAUAGCAGACAUGGAUCAGAUGAAAUCUGACAAAAUUAUUUCUCCUGUAUAAGUUAUUUCUCCAUUGCAAGUAAGGGCAGAGACAAUAGUUCAUUUUCCGGAGAUCAGACAGCGAUAUUAACUUUCUUGAAGGUGUUUCAUAUUAUUGGGAAAGUGUACCUGUUGGGGGGGCAAAGGGGAAGGGAGCACAGAGAACCUGCACAGGUACCAGAGGCUCCCAGCUGCAGGCAGUCACCUGCCCCAAGAUGGAAGGUGAUGGAAAUGUUGAUGGUGGACGGGUGUGCUUGUCCCUGCUGUUCUCCUCACUUGUUUACUUUCCCCUUUUUGGAAUGCCUGAAGAGAACUUGCAUUUCUUGGUAGACAUGUUUCUGGGCUGUACCACUUUAGACUGCAGGAGGGGCAGGACACAUCUUAACAUCUCAAUCCCCUCCCCCUCCCAAAUGACCUCAUGUAGAAAACUAGCAUAUCAGGGAAAGGCUAGACAAAUUUUCUAUGUGGAAGGAAUGCCUGUAAGCAGCAGCAACACUUCACUGAGAGAACUUGGCAAAAAAAAAAAAAAAAAAAAACCUCAGGAAGUUACGUCACUGUGCAUUCCAAGGCCUAUCACACAGGGGAGAGAUUUCUGUACAUAAUGCGUAGCCCUCAUAGCAUGUUGAAUGGCACCAAAAUGCUCUUUUCAAUGGACAUACUCUUCCUAGGAAUGGUACUGGCCCAGUUCACACAUAACACUAAGCCGUUGUUUAUUAAAUCGCGGUUUACUAAACCAUGGCUUCAUGCUAUGUGUGAACGUUGCCCAAUGGCUUAAUUAUGGUUUGUUAACUGCCAGCAUACCAUGAUCUGAAGUCAUGGUUUGUUGUUGGCUUACGAACCUUUGCUUGUUUAUCUGUAGCUUGGCAUCACAUGUGAACCCAGUGCCUCUCCUUAACCAUGUUUCGUUUGACCACAAAAUUUCACACCACAUUCUCAUAUUUUCUAUUGCACAAAGGACCCACAAAUUCACUUCACAUUUUGUCUUAGGCAUGAUCUGGUUAGACUCUAGCCUCUAACCGUUAGAGGCUAAGCCAGUAGCCAGCAUGGAGCCCUGCAGAUGUUGUUGGACUACAUAUCCCAUGACCAUAGGCAGAGGAGCAUUGGAGUCCAGCAACUCCAUACUGGCUUUCUCCCAUCGAGACUUAAGCAGAAUCACCACCCAUCUUUGAAGAGAUUUCAGUUGUAAUUAUCUUCUAAAACUCUUUAGAUUCUUCACCUAAAGAAGAACCUCCAGAGUUGCUUCCAAUUGUGUUUUAGGCUAAAUUUCAAUGGCAACUCCCCCCCCCCCCUCUUUUGGUAACAUUUGUUCUUCUCAUCUGUUCCUCUCAUCUGUUCCUCUCUGAAACUAAUCACUCAACAAUCCAAAAUUGGAAGAAAGGCAGAUGGAAGCAGGAAAGAGAUAAAAAAGCGGCCAUUAAUCAACCCCCUAAUAGGCGAAGUGUUCCUGUGCCAAAAUAUUGAGCAAAAAACUUUUGUUCAGCUUUUAUAAUUGUUGGGACAAUGCCUUCUUCUGAAAGACGGAGAACUUGCCAUUAUCAGAAGUGGUUUGCCAGCUGGGGUCGACCCACUUCAAAAGCUUCCCAGCAGGCAUGUCACCUGUUGCUUACCUGGAGAGAGGUGGCAGAGAAGUUCGUGCAGCGAAAAUCUCCUAGUGGAGCCAGUUUGGUUCCAUUAAAUUUGCACCACUUUAAACGCCCCCCCCCCGCCGCCCCUUUGCCCCUGCCCCUCUCCUUCCUGUUAGGAAGCUAGCAUUGUGGCUUUACCUCACCCGUCGAGACAUUUCUGGUUAUUAUGUUCUUCUAACAGUUUCAUCCCACCAUUUCUCCAGGGGACUCAGUCUGCUGAAAGUAGUCCUUCCCAACUCCACAUUAUUUUCAUAACAAUCCUGUGAGAAAGGUUAACCCGACAGCUGGUGACUGGUCCAAUGUCACUCAGCUAGAUUUCAGGCACAAUGGGGAUUUGAGCCCUGGUCUUCCCAGUCCUAGGGAUGUGGGUGGCGCUAUGGGUUAAACCACAGAGCCUAGGACUUGCCGAUCAGAAGGUUGGCGGUUUGAAUCCCUGCGACGGGAUGAGCUCCCGUUGCUCGGUCCCUGCUCCUGCCAAUCUAGCAGUUCGAAAGCACACCAGUGCAAGUAGAUAAAUAGGUACCACUCCAGCACGAAGGUAAACGGCGUUUCCAUGCGCUGCUCUGGUUCGCCAGAAGCGGCUUAGUCAUGCUGGCCACAUGACCUGGAAGCUGUACGCCGGCUCCCUCGGCCAGUAAAGCGAGAUGAGCGCCGCAACCCCAGAGUCGUCCGCAACUGGACCUAAUGGUCAGGGGUCCCUUUACCUUUACCUUUUACUUCCCAGUCCUAGUUAGACACUUUAACCACCUCACCAUGCCGAACAUUGUGAAAUGUCAUGCUGGUGAUUGCUAGGUGGGUGCUUCAGAAAUUCUAAAAGGUAAAGGUAAAGGUACUACUUACCAAUAAAAAAAAAAUUAAAUACAACAAAUUUAGACAGAGCUGGUUGAAAGCACCUGUUCAGCCAGAAAGCUUACUAAGUGACUGUAGGCCAUUCACACUUAUUCUAGCCAACCUUGAAGGGUUGUUGUGAAGUUAGAAUGGAAAAGGGGCUGCAAAGAUCAUAGCUUCUUGAGAGGAGCGAUGGGAGAAAAAUCCAAAUAAAUAACUUAAGAAUUGCCGAUCAGGUGUCCCAUCCAUGUACUAACCAGGACAGACCCUGCUUAGCUUCCAAGAAGAAUACAUGUAAUUUCCUACAUGUACACAAGUGAUCUCCAUGCAGGAAAUUGAAUUAAGCAAAAUUUAACCCCUCAUUCCCCUCAUCCUCCAUGAGAUCAUCAUAAGGCUAUGUGUAUCUUCCAUGAUCCAUGAAGCAAGUUGUUUCCUCCCACCCACCCAUCACCCUUGUCCCUGCACAUGCCAUGCCAUUCCUUUUCUUUGACUGGCAAUGAUUGAAGAAAACGUUAUGCAAGUUUUACAUGGGUAAGUCUGGCUCGGUCCAUGGUAUCUUUAUUGAAGUUAGAAGCAGAGAGAGAGAUAUUUUUCAGCCAGAGCUCACCGGAGCUCAGCUCCAGCACCUCUCAGGUGGGCACCAUUGCGUGGACAGGCGGAGUCCCCCAGAUCCCGGGCGCCCCCCCCGUCAUGUGGACUAAUGACUCAAAACAACAUGCUAUGGGAUUAAAUUGGCCACAACUUUAUUAAAUUUUGAAUGUGGGUAGACCUUGGCUCAGGCAUUGGGCGUUCUCCCUCCCCAGUCCCCAGCCAGGAACCUAGGGAGCAUCAGGGUUAUCCAGUGGGGGGGGGGAUGGGCCGGCUCUGGAGAACAUAUGUUAAAGCAGAGAUAGCCGCCCCCGUUACGCCGCCACCGCAGGGGAGAGCAAUUACGACCUCUCGGCGUACGGUCAAAGGCUCCCUUCAGAAACCCCUUUAACGGGGAACCCUGGUAUUGCCGCCGCAAAGAGGAAGAUGGACUAAAGGAUUCUGCCCAAGGCCUGAUACCGCCAAAGUUGUGACGUUUUGCUACGGGAAAGGCAAAACCUGCCAAUGCAGGGGAAUUCCUUUCUGGCCCUUUAACAGUGACCUUGACGUAGCAGCGCCCGCAUACCUGUGAAGAAAAGUUAACCUGCAAAAUAAGACAUUAACUGAGGGUGGGUAGGGUGGGAGAAGCUCUGGAGCCAAGUGAGGAUUCCCAGGUAAGAUCCUCCCUCUAUUGUGUGGGCAGGUAGUCCCUCCCCUACCUGGCCUGGUCUCCUUGGCAAUGCUUCCCCCAGACGGGAUUGGACAACUGACUGAGGUAGGCGGAGACCUCCAGGUAUCCCACCUGAGAAAAAGGCGAAGCCAAGCCUAUGCUGAUGGAGCCGCUCCAGAUCCAGGGGCUGUGCGCGCCCACGCAAAGGGCGCCCCCGUUUUAUGCGGGGAGCGGUCAUUGUCAUUCUCAAAGAACAAGGGGGAAGUUCAUGGUGAACCUCUUCUUCUAGAAAAACAGCACUGGUUAGAAGAGAUCCCAGUUGAGGUUAAAUGAGUUCCUUGCCCUCCUUCAUCUGAAAUAAUCUUAUGAAUUUCACAAGCUAUCAAGGUUGCAGCAUAAAGAUUCCAGCAGCUAUUGAGUCUAGACAGAAAAGCUGAGACGCCUAAACAAAAAGUUUGAAUGGAUUGUCUCCGGCGUUAAUUGUUUUGCUUGCCAAGUUUUAUCUCGGGGUAACUGUCCUCAAAAAUCUGAUGUCUUGUUGAUGGUACAUCCUUUUCUUUCACAAACCCCCAAACUUUAUUCUCAUCAAGAGUAAAGGAGGUGGGUUACAUAAACCAUAAUUACAUCCUUAAAGCGAGUUGUGUACUGAAAGAUUGAAAUUAACCAUUUUUUACAAGCAGCUUUGUUCAAUUGUUUCUGCCUCCAGUUCUUUCAGACAUAAAAUACAGACGUGGAUAAGUUUUGUUUAACUGAAUUCCGCACAAGUCUGAUUCACCAAUGCAUACCUACUUACCAACCAAGGCCUCACUAAAAUAUUCCAAAUAUUUGCCGAAAAGUCUGUAAAUCAAGCAUGCGGAGUUGAACACUUGAAACUGGAAGUUUCUGGGUGGCAUGAGUUUUGGAUUGCCUUCAGAAGACUUUGUUUGCAAGCCACAGAACUUAAUACAGAUAUAUUCAAGAAUUGUUUAGCGAAUAUUUUGGAGAACGCAAUUUUGCUAUCUGUGAAUUCUGGCCACGAUUGUGGGUCCAGAUUUAAUCAGUGUUUAAUAUUGUUUUGAUACUGUUGAAGAAAGCAAUGAGAUUGAACAAAAGAAGCUGCUCUGCCGCGUCAGAUCAUUGGUCCAAGUAGCUCAGUAUGUAUUGUCAUAGAAUCAUAGAAUCAUAGAGUUGGAAGAGACCACAAGGGCCAUCGAGUCCAACCCCCUGCCAAGCAGGAAACACCAUCAGAGCACUCCUGACAUAUGGUUGUCAAGCCUCUGCUUAAAGACCUCCAAAGAAGGAGACUCCACCACACUCCUUGGCAGCAAAUUCCACUGUCGAACAGCUCUUACUGUCAGGAAGUUCUUCCUAAUGUUUAGGUGGAAUCUUCUUUCUUGUAGUUUGUCUCCAAUGACUGACAGCAUCUCUCUGGGGUUACAUGCAGGGAAUCCCUGGAGAUCUGGGGAUUAAAUCUGAGACAUUCACCAUGCCAGGUAGAUGCCGCAGGUUAAAAGAGGUUAAAAGAGGAGGUCAGCUCCUCUUUUAAAGAAUUAAAGAAUUCUGGGAGCUGUAGUUUGUUAAGGGUGCUGAUAGUUGCCAAGACACCCCAUUCCCUCUCACACAGAGCUGAAAUUUCCAGAGUUCCCUAGGAAGCAGGAUUGACUGUUAACUCACUCUGGGAAUUGUAGCUCUCUGAGGCUGAAAAAUCUCGGCCAAAACAGUUGACCCUGAUCUUAUUUCCACCCUAUCUUUCAAACUGAAUAACCCUGACUAUGGUUUACAAAGCACAAAGCACAGCUCUUCACUGUUUUCUCCAAUCACCACUAGAGAGGUGAAAUAUACUCGGAGUCGAGAGUGGAUUUCAUGCUCUUUAUUCAGCUCAUAGUGGUGAGGAGGAAUGGCGGUUCCCCCAGAAUGUCAGCUUUAUAUACAUUAUUUACACAAUGGGCCCCACGUGAUUGGCUAAUUCCGGGAUUCACCUGUAGGCCAAUCAGGUUGCGGAUUCACUUCCACCUGGAGCUGGAUUGGGUGGCUCCUGUGGACCAAUCAGACUGCUGUAUUCUGAAUCCUAUUGUUCUAGGACCAAUCAGACUGCUCAAUUUUGGAUCCUAUUCAACUCAGUACAUAACAAGAGGGGAGGAGCUGAAUGUCAGGUGGUCCCAGGCAGGCCAUUGGACAGUGCUUUUCUGUCUUGCUUCUCUCCCUCUAAUGAAGCCAGCCGGAAUGGCAAUGGAUGAAUGAGCAGAAAAGCCAAAUGGCUCUUAGUCCCAGCCUGGCUGGGGGACAUUCUGUAUCUCCAUUGUGGCUGGCAAUAGCACACAAUGGGGUGGGCCGGAGGCACUUACCUGACCUCCUGGCAGGUAAUUGGCUGCUUUCUUACUGAGAGUGGGAGGGGCAAGGCGGCCGGGGUGUCAGCUCAGUGCAAACACACCAAUGGAGGCAAUCUGAUUCUCCUGCUGGUCCAUGCAUGGACACCAUGCUGUCCUCCCAUCUUCCUCUCCAGCAACUCACCUGCCAAGGGGUCAGGUAAGCUUCUCCACUCCAUCAGGCCAUUCACUAAAGGUGUCUCCUUGUUUUCUUUUUAGCUCUGCCCUUUACUGCUACUGGCUACAUAGUUUUCAUGGAUGCGUUUGUAUGUUUGUUUUUUCAUUUUUUUAAAAAUGCAGACAUUUUUGUGUUAACAAAGAAGAAAAUAGUUUAAACUGGUGAGUAAAUAAAGGAGAGCAAGGGGGGGGCUUAGAAAUCAUUGUGAAUAUUCCAGAGGCUGCUAUAGUUAGCGCCAUUUAUGUACAGUUUAUGGUUAUACAUAAUUUGCACAAUUACAAUGUAACUUUCUCAGCUCAAUUUUGCCUUAAAUUACCUCCAAAACAGCUUGUCAUACAUUUUGUUUCAUUGCGCCAAUAAAAAACAAAUAAACUUCUACCACAGGUUUAACAAGUCUUUUAGCUUAUCGAAAGUUCCUUCCCAUACCUCCCUCCCCCCCCCUUUCAGUAUAGCAUGUUAUUUUAUGCAUCGGGAUCUUGUGCCAAAUUGCCCGCUCACUUUCUUUUAAAGCUAGGAUUUGUGGUUUUCCCCAGUAGUUAGCAACGGGAAUCCUUGCCGAUCGUCAACUGCGUUAUUGAGGGCUGCUGUUUUAUGGAGUAUUGUAAAUUACCCUGGAAAUGUUUAAUUAAGGGGCAGUGUAGAACUCUGAUAAAUCAGUCAGUCCCUCUUUUCAAGAGUAGCCAGCUAGGAUGAUUCUGGAAAGAUAUAUCAAGCGAUGUAUCAUCUUUCCUUGCUGCUUAUGUGGCCCCUCAGCCCCCCCCCCAGUCCCCAGAUAUUCAGUCAGUGCCACAAAGCCUCUGUGCUUGGUACUUUCAAGGCCAACGGCCAUUGGACCUCUCAUCCAUGAGUUCCCUUUUAAACCCGUUGUCAGGAGCCGGGGCCAAGAGUAGGCCAGCAAUUAAAAAAACACUAGUGUCAUUGAAGUUAACUCUUUAUUCAAAGAAUCCCAAACAGUGCAGGCCUAUUUUGGUGACCUUAGUGAGUUCUUUUUGGGUGUGAGGAGGGUUGUUGAAGCACAUAGCUUCUGACUUUGUAAAAUUUACCUGUAGGCCCGACACCAUUGCAAAUGUGUUGAGUUCUCUGAUUAGGGAGGUUGGUGUGCUUAUGGGGUCUGGUGUUGUGUCCAUUAGGUUGUCUGCAAAGAGCCCUAAUUUAUAGGUUCUGCCUUUUAUUUCCACUCCCUUGAUGUCUGUGGCUGCUCGGAUUCGGAUUGCUAAGGGUUCCAGAGCCAGGAUAAAUAAGAAGGGAGACAGUGGGCAUCCUUGUUUCGUGCCUCUUUGGAUAGCUAUAGUAUUAGAAUCCAUAUUGUUAGCUCUGCAUUUUGCUGAGGCUUGGGAGUAUAUUUGCUUGAGGAUUUGUAGGAAGUUGGGGCCAAAUUUCAUGUUAGUUAGUACUGCUAAUAUGUAUUUCCACUCUAAGCAAUCAAAGGCUUUGAGGAUAUCUAGGGACAUAAUUGUCAAUGGGAGUUUAGUUGCCUUUCUGUGUUCGAUCAGGUUCAGUAGUUUCCUGAUGGGGUCUGUUAUAUUGCGGCCAGGGACAAAGCCAGUCUGGUCUGGGGCUAUUAACACAGUGCAGGCCUAUUGAUCACAGCAACUCUCCCCAGUAGGUCUUGCCCCAAUGAAGCAGUUGCGAGAACUGAGGGUCCUUACCUUCCCAUAGCUUUCUAAGGCUCCUCCCCUGAUUCCUUUCCCAGCAGCCUAAGACUCUGUUGUCUUUUCUCUCUUUGCUCUGCCCUCUUCAUUUCUCUGCCUAUUCUGGGAGACCAGGCAGGAGGGGAGCUGGUUGCAGCAGGAGGGGGUAACCCCCUGGCUUCUUCAGCAGCCUGCUUCAUCUCUGUCUCCUGCCCCACUUCCUCUCCUGCCUCCGAUUCUCGAGAUCUCUGUGCCCCAGCCUCUCCCUGCUCGCUAACCUCGAUUACUUUUUCAGCUUCUGACACCUCCUCCCUCCUCUGCUCUCUCUUCUCCCUCUGACCACUCAUCAUCAUCCAGUUGCCUGGCUCUGAGUCUUCUUUCUUUGGGGGUUCCCCAGCUGGUGCCUCCCACCCCUCUUCAGCAUCCAGCCGGUCCAUGACAGCCAUUGGCCAUCACCCCACCUUGCAGCAGGGAGUACCAUAAGUUGAUGGUCUGUUUCCUUUGUCCUGAAUUUCUCUGCUGUUGUCCUCCUCCUGUUGUUGUUUUGUUUUUCAAAGCAAUUCUCAAUAGGGACACUUGAGGAUUUCAGUGGGUCCGUGUGUGUUUUUUAAGCGCUGACAUCGUUUUGGCAAAUCCUAAGCAGUGGUUAGGUCUUGCUUUAAGACAGGUGUGGGCAGCCUUCCAGAUGUUACUGGAUUACAACUCCCAUUAUCCCUGACCAUUCAUUGGCCAUGCUAUCUGGAGCUAAUAGGAAUUGAGAGUUCAACAUCUGGAGAGCUGUAGUUUCUGCUGCCCCUCUUUUAGGAUAGAAUGCAUACCCCCAAAAUGAGACUUUCUGUAUGUUCAGCUGUAGCUCAGUUGUUGAACAUCUGCUUUGCAUGCACAAGGUCCUUGCCACCUCCAGGUAAGGCUGUGAGAAAGCCUUGUCUGAAAUCCUGGAAAGCCAUAACAAUAUGUGGAUAUUGCUGUUCCAGAAAGACCAAUGGCCUGGCUCAGCAAAAGACAGCUUCCUCUUCUCCUGUGUGGUUCCUUUGAAUGAGAUGGAGCAGAUUUAUGAAUGAGUGCGUGCAAAUCUGCCACAAGCCAGAAACAGCUCAACCCAUCCUUCCCUAGUUAUAAAGAAUAGACGCCCUCCUGCUCAGUAUGAAAGCAUUAACUGGGGUAAAGCUGAACAACAACAACAACAUCGGUUGGUUUUGCAAAAGCAGAAACUUAUCAGUAAUCUCAAACACAGAGAUUCUGGAGUUCAUGUCUCCAAUGGGUAAGGGAACAAGGACUCGAUGUACUUCAUGGAAGGUGAUUGAAACGAAAGCUCCAAAAAUGUGGCAAAAAAGGGGAACAAACAGUUGUGGAAAACACAAAUAGAAAACGCCUCUGCAAGCAGAAUUCUCCGCUUUCAGCAUUGUUUUCUUUGAAGCCAUUAUCACACACUUAGUGGGAAAUGAGUGGAGAAGCCCUCUUUAGGCACUGUACUUAUUUUUCCUUUUAUUUAUUAAAUUUGCAUACCACCCUUCGUCCGAAGAUCACAGGGCGGUUCAUAACAUAAAAACACAGAAUGAAAGCUCAAAAUACACGCUAAAACAAAAGCCAAAAUAACCAGUGGACACCCCACACACAGAGACACAUUUAAAAGGCCAUAGGAUGUGAACCAGCUAAAUGCCUGGUUGAAGAGAAAUGUUUUCACCCGGUGCCUAAAGAUAUGUAAUGAAGGCACCUUCAGCAGGUAUAGCCAGUGUGCUGCUCUGUUGUGGGACUCCCAACACCCAUCAGUCCCAGUCAGCAUGGCUAAUAGUCAGGAGUGAUGGAAGUUGUAGUACAGCAACAUCUGGAGGAUGCCAUGUUGGGCAUCCCUAAACUUGACCAUAAAGGAAAUGUCGGGACAGUGAGGACUAGCGCAUUAGCUACAGUGGUACCUCGCAAGACGAAUGCCUCGCAAAACGAAAAACUCGCAAGACGAAAGAGUUUUUCGUUUUUUGAGUUGCUUCGCAAGACGAAUUUCCCUAUGGGCUUGCUUCGCAAGACGAAAACGUCUUGCGAGUUUGUUUCCUUUUUCUUAAAACCGCUAAUACCAUUAAAACCGUGCUUCGCAAGACGAAAAAUUCGCAAGACGAAAAAACUCGCAGAACGAAUUAAUUUCAUCUUGCGAGGCACCACUGUACAUCCCAGUCACUGUUCCCAUUGCCCUCCAGGUCAAAGAGGAUCCACAGACCUGUCAUAACCACACCUUACAUUUAUAACAGUGCUAUACCACUUUAACAGCCGUGGCUUCCAUCAAAGCAUCAUGGGAACUAGAUUGUUAAGGUUUUUGAGAGUUGCUAGGAGACCUCUUCACAGAGCUAGAGUUGCAGAGUUCUCUGCAAAGAGGCAUGGAUUGUUAAAACCACUCCGGCCAUUUUGGCUCUGAGGGGAAUAGAAAUGAAACGACGACGUAGCAUAAGAAGAGCUUGCGGGAUCAGGCCCAAGGCCCAUCUGGCCCAGCAUCCUGUUCUCACCGCGGCCAACCAGAUGCUUGUAGGAACCCCACAAGCAGCAUUCGAGGGCAAGAGCCCUCCUCCCUCCUGUGGCUCUCAGAAAUGCUAUUCAGAAGCAGCACUGCCUCCAACCACAGAGGCAGAGCAUCAUCUUAUUCUCCCUGAAUUUGGUUCAAUCUUCUUUUAAUAAUAAUAAUAAUAAUAAUAAUUUAUUAUUUAUACCCUGCCCAUCUGGCUGGGUUUCCCCAGCCACUCUGGGAGGCUUCCAACAAAGAUUAAAAAUACAUUAAAAUGUCACACAUUAAAAACUUCCCUGAACAAGGCUGCCUUCAGAUGUCUUCUAAAUGUCAGGUAAUUGUUUAUCUCUUAGACAUCUGAUGGGAGGGCAUUCCACAGGGCGGGUGCCACUACCAAGAAGGCCCUCUGCCUGGUUCCCUGUAGCUUUGCUUCCCGCAGUGAGGGAACUGCCAGAAGGCAGAACGAUGGGGGUGGAGACGCACCUUCAGGUAUACAGGACGGAGGCUGUUUAGGGCUAUUAAAGGUCAGCACCAACACUUUGAAUUGUGCUCGGAAACGUACUGGGAGCCAAUGUAGGUCUUUCAAGACCGGUGUUAUUGUGGUCUCGGCGGCUGCCGUCUAGCUGCCGCAUUCUGGAUUAGUUGUAGUUUCCGGGUCACCUUCAAAGGUAACCCCAUGUAGAGCGCAUGGGAGUCCAAAUGGGAGAUAACCAGAGCAUGCACCACUCUGGCAAGACAGUCUGCGGGCAGGUAGAGUCUUUGCCUGCUUAUCAGAUGGAGCUGGUAGACAGCUGCCCUAGAUACAGAAUUGACCUGCACCUCCAUGGACAGCUGUGAGUCCAAAAUGACUCCCAGGCUGCGCACCUGGUCCUUCAGGGGCACAGUUGCCCCAUUCAGGACCAGGGAGUCCUCCACACCAGCCCGCCCCCUGUCCCCCUAAAACAGUACUUUAAAGCCAUCCAAACUGGUUUGCAGCCAUCACUGUCUCCUGUGGGUGUGAGUUCCACAGUUUAAUUUCAUGCACUGCAUAAAGAAGUGCUUUCUUUUAACUGUCUGGAAGCUUCAAACAUUCGCCAUCAACAUAAUAAAAAAAGCACUCAUAUUGGUGCUACUUUUUGGUCACAUGAGAGAAUUACACGAAAUGCCAUUUUUUCCUCAGUGAAUAAGGUUACAAUCAGACAUUAUUAUUUUUACUGUUAUUUAUUGAAUUUACAUACUGCCCUAUACCAGUGGGUCUCAAGGUGGUUCACAGAAUAAAAUCAAUUCACAGAAUAAAAGCAUUAUAUGGCUUAGGGCCCUCAUAUUUACGGGACCGCCUCUCCUGGUAUGCCCCGCAGAGGACCUUAAGGUCCAUGAAUAACCAUAGUUUAGAGGUCCCAGGCCCUAAGGAAGUCAGAUUAUCCCCCUCCAGGGCCAGGGCCUUCUCAGUGAUGGCUCCGACCUGGUGGGAUGCUCUGUCCCAUGAGACUAGGGCCCUUCAGGAUUUAACCUCCUUCUGUCAGGCCUGUGAGACAGAGCUAUUCCACCUGUUUUUCAAUUUGAAUUUAGCCUGAUCUUUUAUUCCCCUUCCUUUCCUUCCCUCCCCUUUCCCUUUUUGUGAAGAUUACCCGCUCUGGGUUACCACAGCUAAUUCUCCCCUGGUCUCCAUGCUGGCUCAAAUAGGACUAAUUUAGCCAGCUAGCCCUGGUGAUCAUCUAAUGUUUAUUGGAUGGAUUCCCCCCCCCCAAUUGAUUUUUGAUUUUUGAAUUUAUUGUUAUUCACGUUUUAUAUUGUAUUUUAUGCUGUUUUUUGUUGCAUCAAUUAAGUGUACUAAAUUUGUUGUUAGCCACCCUGAGCCCGGGCAGGGUAUAGAUAAAAAUUCAUUAUUAUUAUUAUCAUAGACAAAUAGGAGUCAUCCAUGGAGGCUGAUUGUGCUUGCAGGCUUCCCAUAGGCACCUGUUUAGCCACUACAAGAACACAACGUUGGACUAGAUUGUCCUUUGCUCUGAUCCAGGAUGUCUCUUCUUGGCUUCUUACGCCACCACUGCAGUUAUCCAAAAUUGAUUUCCUCUCCCCCCCAAAGAAAGAAAAAGAAAAAUAUCUCUUUUCUAAUUUUACCUGAAGCACCUGCAACUUCUCGUUUUUCUACUUUCUGUCUCUGUGUUUACUUUUCUCCCAUUAGAUUGUGCCAAAUACUUAAAGGAAAAGCAUUUCACAGUUGUGUUAGAGUCAGUAAAUUUAAAGACAGCUGAGAUAGUGCUUUUUUCCCUUCUUCUUUUUUUGCAUUUCCGCAUUUCAAUUACAGAUAAAUGUUAGAUCAGUUAUAGUCCCCCGGGGGCUACUCGUAGCACACUAAUUUGAAACUUGUAACGGUGAACGGUGGAGAUGUGUCUGCAUUGGUUCUGCAACUGAUUCUCUCGCCCCCUUGCUGGCAAACUCUGUUUGUGUGUUUGCAUGUGCUGAUAUAUUUCUUCUAGAGUACAGUCCUGCGAGGAAAGGGGGAGCUGGAAUUACACGAUGUUUUUUGCAUUGGGGGGGGUUGCAUUUGAAGGGCAUGUAAGUUCUGUUGCACAAACAGAAAUCCUUGCGCACACAAAUAAGUGCUGAGUGUAUAGAAUCAUAGAAUUGUACAAUUGUAGAGUUGGAAGGGAAGAGGAGGAGGAGGAGGAGGAGGAGGAGGAGGAGGAGGAGGAGGAAUUUGGAUUUGAUAUCCCGCUUUAUCACUACCUGAAGAAGUCUCAAAGCAGCUAACAUUCUCCUUUCCCUUCCUCCCCCACAACAAACACUCUGUGAGGUGAGUGGGGCUGAGAGACUUCAAAGAAGUGUGACUAGCCCAAGGUCACCCAGCAGCUGCAUGUGGAGGAGCGGAGACGCGAACCCGGUUCACCAGAUUACGAGUCCAUCGUCCCUGGUGGUCAGGGGGCUCGAACCACCAACCUUCUGGUUAGCAGCCAGAUGCACUGACCCAAUCCAUCACAGUGCUCUGAUUCUUCUUACCUGUGGACUUAUUGUAAUGCAAACCAGCAAGCAAGGAACCUCGGGUUGGGAGAGCAGCUCAGCAGAGAGAAGGUCCUGCCUAACCUCUUCCUUUCUUCCCUUUUGUCUGCUCAGAAAUCUCUCCCUCAUCCACACACCACUGUUUUCCCAUAUCUUCCCUCCCAUGCAGAAAAAUAGCAUACCCGCUUGGCAGCCCCCCACCCCCCACUCAAAUGCCAAGCUUCCCCCUUAUGCAAUGUUAAGAUUUAAAGAUCACCAGCGGAAACAUAACAAUUGCAAAACCACAGAUAAUGAUGUAUAGUUUGCCCCCUGUUAAUUAUAGGAGGUUGUCAAAUUUGGAAUUAGAUCUCUCUUCUUUCUUUGUAAAAGGUCAUGAAUUCUUGGUGCUGGGGGAGGGCAGGGGGUGGGGAGAUGAGACAUUCAAUUGAAAGCUGGCCUUAAAUAAUAAGUAUUAACAAGAAAGAAAGAAAGAAAGAAAGAAAGAAAGAAAGAAAGAAAGAAAGAAAGAAAGAAAGAAGAAACAGAGGCAGAACCUACUACUGACUCUUAAUCUCCGGGAACAUGGGUUCGAGUUACAUAUUGGGCAAGAAGAUUCCUGCAUUGCAGGGCGUCCAACUCUACAGUUCUGUGGUUCUGUAAAGCACUAUCAUGUCAAUAACAGGUGACAGACAAACCUGUAGUAAAGGGGGUGGGACCACAGUCUAGAGUGGCAAAAGAGAAGGAAAUCAAGAAAGGGCUUCAGGUUUUUUCAGCAUAGGAAGUCAGAUGAAAAAUGUCUAAAGUUCAACUCCAGGCACCUCCAAUUAAAAUAUUCAGGUAGUAUUUUAAUUGGGAGAUGGGGAGAAAAAUCUCUCUCUGCAAGAGAACCCUGGAGACAAUAAUUGCCGUGAUGGACCCGUAACCUGACUCAGUAUAUAGCAGCUUCCUUAUGGAAUUAGGGCAGCUCCAGGAGAGAUUCAAGUGCAUACAGUGGUACCUCUGGUUAAGUACUUAAUUCAUUCUGGAGGUCCGUUCUUAACCUGAAACUGUUCUUAACCUGAAGCACCACUUUAGCUAAUGGGGCCUCCCGCUGCUGCCGCACCGCCGCCGCGUGAUUUCUGUUCUCAUCCUGAAGCAAAGUUCUUAACCCAAGGUACUAUUUCUGGGUUAGCGGAGUCUGUAACCUGAAGCGUCUGUAACCUGAAGCGUAUGUAAUCCAAGGUACCAACUGUACUGGGGAACUUAGGUGGUGUGAUUUAAAGUGGAUUUAAGCACUUUGUCAGCCUUGUGCUGCAAAUCUGAUUUAGAAAAAGAAACAGAGGUUUUGCAGUUAGGAAAGUGAUGAGGAAAGUGAGGGUAGUGACCUGGAAAUGCAUUGAAAAGGGUCGUAUGAGCAAGUGAUUAAUGGGAAGACACCCUUUGACACCAGAUGGUGCUGUGGAGUCCCAUCUUUUGCCAACGGGAUUUCCCUAGAUGAAGUUUGCAAUGAAUUUAACUGAAUUGCUUCAGCCCCUGUCAGCAAAUCAGGACAACUGCUCAUUGCCAUUCAGGCUCCCCACAAACAAAUCAGAAUGAAUGCUCCAGCAAUAUCAGAGACGAUCUAAACUCUGCAUGAGCUUUGCACAAGAAAACCAGGAUGAAUGCUUGGUAAACAGGUCAUCUUGCCAGCGUUUGGAGAGGCACAUGAAGAAUGUGCUUCUCCAAGAAAGAAGGCUGAACGGGAGCUCUGAGAUGGGAGUGUGAAAUGCCUCCAAGGAAACUCUCUUGCAGGUGCUGGGAGAAUCCUGUUUUUCCAAUGAUAACCACCGGCUGCUGCAUUCCUUCGCCCUGGAGGACAUCAGGCAGCUGGAUCUCUCACCAAAGCCCAAGGCUAUUAUUCGGCAGGCUGUAGAUGGAGGGGGGUGGAGAACACUCAAAACCUUGAACAAAAAGAGUGUAAGCACACUUCUGAAAUCCAUCUCAUCUUAAUGAGGUUUUGGAAAUCCAGAUUACUUGGCCUUGUUUCCAAUGGGGAAACGAUGCCUUAGCAAUUUUCCAUUUGCUUGGUUGUUUAUGCAGUGGGGAGAGAGAAAUCUGAACUUUAAGCAAAGCACUGUGCGUAUUCAGUGUGUCAUAUAUUUGAGAAUUCCUUCAUCUAAUUCAUAGAUCUCCCCUCUUUUACAUAUAUGUGAGUGGGUGCAUACACAUCAAUAAGGCACUGCACUCAGAGUAGAUCUACUGAAAUUAGUGAUCAUGGCUAAGUUAGGUCCAUCAAUUUCAGUGGGACUACUCUCCGUAAUACUCUGUUGAAUACCACCCUAUGAGAUCUUCCAAAAAUCACCAAAGAAGACCAAAGUGCUUGAUAAAGUACUGAAUAUUCGGCUUCCCUGCAUGUCCACAACAUCUAGGGAGGAAAACUCUGUCCACUUUCUCUAUGCCAUGUAUGAUUUUAUAAACCUCUGUCAUGUUACCUCUCCCUUGCCUUUUCUCUAAACCAGUGUUUCCCAAACUUGGGACUCCAGCCGUUUUUGGACUACAACUCCCACCAUCUCUAGCUAGCAGGACCAGUGGUCAGGGAUGAUGGGAAUUGUAGUCCAAAAGCAGCUGGAGAUCCAAGUUUGGGAAACUUUGCCUAAACUAAAAAGUCCCAAAUGCUGCAACCUUUCCUAAUAGUACUUUAGUCUUCUUUGGUGAUCGCUUGUAGCCGAGUAAGAUUGUCUUCCAUAAGCACGGUUAUAACAGUGAGUUUGUAAGUGACUGUGGAGGUCAAUUCUGGAUGCACACAUCCUUCCACAUAGGUUUCUGGGUGAGAGUUGAUCAUGGUGAGGGCUUGCCAACUGUGCCUUCCUCUUAGCACAUUUCUCCCUUUCAUCCUGAGUUUGAGCGUCUUCAAAGCCCAUGACACUUUUGAUGAAGGCUGUUCUCCAAUUGGAGCACUCGCAGGCCAGUGUUUCCCAGUUGUUGGUGUUUAUACUACAUUUUUUAAGAUUUGCCUUGAGAGAGUCUUUAAACCUCUUUUGUUGAUCACCAGCAUUACGCUUCCCAUUUUUAAGUUCAGAAUAGAGUAGUUGCUUUGGAAGAUGAUUAUCAGGCAUCUGCACAACAUGACCAGUCCAACGAAGUUGAUGUUGAAGAAUCAUUGCUUUGACACUGGUGAUCUUUGUUUCUUCCAGUACACUGGCAUUAGUUCACCUGUCUUCCCAAGUGAUGUGUAAAAAAUUUCAGAGACACCGUUGAUGGAAUCUUUCGAGAUGUUGGAGAUGGCGUUUCACAAGCAUACAGUAAGGUUGAUAGUACAAUAGCUUUGGUUUCCCUGUGAAUGUCCCAAUGUGGGGUGGACUUUAUCAAGUACUUUAGUAAGGAGGCAAGUAUAGCAAUGGGAGGGGAAAUCAUGCCAGCUACAGAAAGUUACUCAAAGUCUUCUAAGCAGGGGAAAAUAGCUACAUGUUGGGGAUAAAUGGGGUCUUAUUAGCAAUUAAUUUCACAGAACAGUUAGCUGCAGCUAGACUGCUGUUUGCAAAUUGUGUAUGGUCCUAUCUGUUCUACAGACUUAGUCCAAUUUUACUCUAACUGGAGAAUUUUGGUGACUGUAGUUUGGCGAGGGUGCUAAGAAUUCUGCUUCCUAGCCCCCCUCCACGAACUACAAUUCCCAGAGUUCCCAGGGAUGAGGAAAUGGUUGCUAAAAGUGAUUUGUGUCUGCGGCCUUGCCAAACCCUAAGUAACAGUGGGGUGUGAUAAACAAGGUUUUGGGAAACUUAAUGCCCUUUCAGAAAACAUACUUUUAGAAACCCGCGCUUGCUCUCUUCCCUCCAGAAGGUAUCGUUUUGCUCUUGAAAUAGCUGGAGAUGAAAUGACCUUCCCCAGUUAUAUUUAUUGUACCUAGCGUUUGGCAGAGGUAAUUCCAGCAACAAAACACAUGCUGCUGUCAAGCUGUAUAAACUGAAACCAAGCUAAAAGCACUGAAUUGCCGCACACAGCCUAUAGUCCUGCGGUUCAAAGACUGCAAAUUAAUUGCAUUCAAGGUCCGCCGCAAUCUCUAGAUACAAAAGCAGGCAGUUCAUUCGCUCAAGCGAGCAAGCAAUGCCAGCGUUUGAUGGGGAAUCGAAGGGAACAUUUUAACGUCUGAGUUGCUCCCUGUGUCGUGGUCACAGCAGGAGCAGACAGCAUGGGGGGCACCACCACUGACCUGACCACCGGUUGGUUGGUCACACCAUCAAUUCAUAGAGUUGGGAGGGACCACAAGGAUCCUGUGGUCCAACCCCCUGCAAUGGAGGAAUCAUUUGCCCAAUGUGGGGCACAAACCCAGAACCCUGAGAUUAAGAGUCUGAGCUAUUCUCUCCUGCUACUUACCAGGAGUGAAAGGUGAUGGUGAGGUUGGCAUGGUUCAGAAACACAGGCAAGAGCCCUGGAUUGGCCCCACUGUUUCAUUUGCACCCAGCGGACCUAGUCCCUCCACCUCGACCUCCCCGGAAUCAACAACAACGCAACUGGCCAGAGGUCAGGUGAGUGGCAGAGUCCCACCAUGUUGUCCACCACUGAUUCACAGUGAACUAACUGGGCUCCAUGAGCACAUGAAACCGUCUCAUACUGAAUCAGACCACUGAGAGUCGUGUGGCAUAAUGGUUAGCGUGUCAAACUAAGGCCUGGGAGACCAGGGUUCAAAUCCCCAGUCAAGCAUGAAGCUGUAGCCUGAAUGUUUAAUCCAACUACAUCUUAAAUUCAGAUGCAAACAAAACAAAACAAAACUUCCAAAAAUUCUCUGCCCUAUUUUUCCAGGAGGAGAUGAGGCCAAGCUCUUAAACAAUAUUAAAAUUGUAUUAAACAAUAAUAAAACAGGAUCUGCAGCUGCAUUCACUUUUCACAUGUAAGGAAGGGGGUUUUUGGAGGGGGAAGUAUUUCAUCAAAUAUUCUUCAGGGGGUUUGAAAUUAUUCAACAGACUGAAGGGAGCUCGAAAAAGAUAUUAAAAGGGGGAGGUCAGAAAAGUUUUUUCUGAAAAAUUUCUCCCCAGCCCCUAGUUUUAAUUCCACGUUUGUCAUUAUUUGCUAUAUCAGAAAAGAUAUCCAGCCUUUUCUGCUCUCAUUUCCAUCGUGGAUCUACUACAACCUUUGCAUACCUGGCGCUGUCCAAAUCUUUCAGAUCAAGGGAGUUGUAAGUCCAAAACAAAUGGAAGGGUCCCAGGUCAGGGGAAGGCUGGUUUCCUGGGUCACUUCAGAUUUUAAACUCUGAUCAUAAUGGAUUCUUCUUCUUCUUUAAUCAUACAGCAUUUUUUGGAAGCCGAGAAACCAAACUGUGUGCAGAAUUACAACAUUCUACAUUCAUUCUUCAGUUUCUUGUUUUAUUAAAAGUCAAAGUUAUUUUAUAAUUCAGAUUUUCACACUGCUGUGAACAUUUUGAGAUUCAGCAGAGGGAGGGAGAGGCCGAAAGUGGCAAUGGUUUCAAACACUUGCAAUAUUUUCCUGUGUGUAAUGUUUCUCUAGCUCUUGCCUUGAAGCAGCCCAGAUAAGCUACUAGUCCACAGCCCAUCUCCUUUUCUGUUAUUUAUUAUUUGGAUCAUUUUCCCUCACAUUCAAUAAUCAUUAAGUGUCACUGCUGAGGAAAUCAGCUGCUCCUCGCUGAAAAGAAAAUAACUUUUAUGCCCCGUUUGAAUCACAAACAGUACUUUGUGUAUUAGGUUGAAGGUUGUUGGGUUGUUUUUUUCUUGCUGGGAUUCUGCCGGCCUUGCAUUUCUACCAAAGCGCUGUAUUUUGGUUGGUAAGGACAUUAGCGUGCCACAGAACAUUAUGAAGCAUAUUGCAAAAUGGAUGGAGAGCAGAGAAACAACUUCUGGAGUUGGAGAAAUUUAAUUGACUGUCAAAGGUUCAGUGUUGCGUUCUUGAAAUUCGUUUGUGGGAGGAGGGAAGAAAAACCCUGGUAGAAAUAAAGAAGAUCUGUUGAGCAGAAAACGAAGGCUGUUGUCCCUCUCACCUUUUUUUGAUUAUCUAUACAUCAUCCCCAACACUGAUAAGGACCCUCAUGUAUUGUAUACAAUGUAAGCCUAAACAAUGGGCUGCCAGAGAACUCCUUACGCACCAUGAGAAAAACAUUUAUUAAAUACGUUCUGAGAGUCCAGAGAACUCCAUCAGAAAGGAGGCUCCCUGUUGCAAUUCUGCAUGAUUCAUUGCUCUGAUCUUGCCUCUCAUUCUGCCCCAUCUCUGCAUAAGAUUUCAUGGUGGCAUUUGGUUAUUCCCAGUGUAAAGAGACAUGGCAAUACUCGGGUCAGGAAGAUAAGGGUAUUGCAAUGAGGGGGACAUGGGUUGGUCCCUUCAUCGUAGACAGGCCGUUAGGCUUAUUUCAACCCUGGGACUCUACAGGAGUGGCAGACCUGUUUGGAAGGUCUGAACCUGCAGGCUCCAAGAGGUUUCCUGAUGGCUCUGGGGAAUUUUUCCUGUCUAUAUGGCAGGCAGCCCCUGCCACUGAUGCCUUGUUCCGUAUUCGGUAUCUGAAAUCAAGAGGUGACUCAGGCAAUUGAGACAAUCACUCUUAUGGUGUCCUACAAAUCCUGGGCAAAACUCAUUUGUCUCCAUCUAAAGAACUGGGGCCUCUGAAAUAGCUGGCAGGUCAGCUAGAGUGAUGGUGGAGGAAGACUGGGGAUGAAUCCAACCAUGGAAUUCAUUUUAGAGAAUAUUCUGUGGCAGAGAUGGUGGCUACCCAGAUGUUUAGAAAAUUUGUACGAGUUUUAAUUUGUUUUCAUCUAUUCUGUUGUGCUUUAACCUUUUCAUAUGUUUUAAAUGACGGUUAUAUAUUUUAGUGAUAAUUAUAUUGUUUUAUCUUUUUUUGUAAACCACUCUGAGGUUUUUUCCUACAGUUACAGUGUCAUGCUCUAUCUUCCUAUAGACAUACAAACAUAAGGCUAUCAUCAUGCUUCAGUUCUGUGGCUGCUAAUAGGCAGCCAUGCCAACUCCAGCAUGAUGGCGGCAGGCAGGUGAGUGAGGAAGCAGCACCGGUGGCAGGCAACCCAGCGGAGUAGAUACUGUGAGGGUAAUAAUAAUAAUAAUAAUAAUAAUAUUACCUCGCCCAUCUGUCUGGGUUUCCCCAGCCACUCUGGUUGGCUUACAGCAUAUUUAUAAAAGCAUAAUAAAGCAUCAGACAUUAAAAACUUUCCGAUACAGGCUUGCCUUCAGAUGUCAACUAAAAGUUGUGUAACUCUUUAUCUCCUUGACAUCUGAAGGGAGGGUGCCACUACCGAGAAGGCCCUCUGCCUGGUUCCCUGUAAUUUCACAUCUCUCAGUGAGGGAACCAGCAGAAGACCCUCAGAGGAGGACCUCAGUGUCCAGCCUAAGAAUACUGUGUCCAAUUCUGGGCACCACAAUUUAAGAAGGAUGUUGACAACCUGGAACGUGCACAGAGGAGGGCAACCAAGAUGAUCAAGGGUCUGGAAACCAAGCCUUAUGCAGAGCUGGGUAUGUUUAGCCUGGAAAAUAGGAGACUGAGAGGAGAUAUGAUAGCCAUCUUCAAAUACCUUAAGGGCUGUGCAUUCUCCUGCUCUGGAGGGUAGGACUCAAACCAAUGGUUUCAAGUUACAGGAAAGGAGAUUCCGACUCAACAUUAGAAAAAAACUUUCUGACAGUAAGAGCUGUUUGGCACUGGAACAGACUCCCACCAGAGGUGGUGGGCUCUCCUUCCUUGGAGGUUUUUAGGCAGAGGUUGGAUGGCCAUCUGCCAUGGAUGCUUUAGCUGAGAUUCCUGCAUUGCAGGGGGUUGGACUAGAUGACCCUUGGGUCCCUUCCAUCUCUAAGAUUUUGUGAUUCUAUGAAACCUUAACUUCUGCAAUAACCGUUUCAUUUUCUUAAGUGAAUUUUUUUUAAAAAAAACAAACUGCAAUGCACAAGUUAAAUUUAGAUCGGUGGUGCUUGAAAAAAUAUUCUCUCUGGCUUUAUUUUAACUGCCUGCAUCUGUGGCCUUGAACACAGAAUAACUCAAGUGGAGUGGUUCUGUGCAGCAAGUGAUAAAAGAGACAGUGAAUUCUUUGUCCUGACUUUUUUUCCUGAGUAUCGGUGUUGAGACUGGGAGCAGCAUGUUUUGGAGACUAACCCAUGCUGCUGAAGGGCAUGUUGCAAAUUGUUUUGUGUUGUUGCAGAUUCUUCCAGAAGUGCCCAUGCAACAAUCUGCCUUUAUUUCUGUCUCUGCCCUGCGCCUCAUGCUCACAUUAACUAAUUGGCAAAAAUGCCCAUCAUUGUCACAGGCAGGAGAUUUGUGGAAGGAGAUCCUGUAUAUUUCGGCGACUAUUUCUACGCCUCUCUGACUGUCCCACCCACAGAGAUGCCUUGCACCACCUUUACUGCAGCCUCCACCCAUACUGGGAGGGGAAGGUAGAUCUUUGCACUCGCUGCAAGAAUCCUCGAGUGAAUCACUUUACUUUUUCUCUGUGGAAUGAAACAGAAAUGAUUCUCUUCUUGGAGAGAAAGCAAAGAGGGUGCAGUUUCUUUGAGGAUCUGCUGGGGAAAGCCCCACACCCAAAUUAUGCAUGGCGUGGGGGAACGAGGACUGAGAAAAAGAAUUUCCCUCUCUCAUGAUGCUAGAACAGGGGUUGACAAGGCUUACCUUGCCUGGGCUAGUUCACUCCAGCAGAGAUGAAUCCAUGGGCCAGAUUGCACCUGCGAUUUCCAGUGUCUGUGUCUGUGCAGACGUGAUUUCCAGCGCCACAGAAGCUAAACUGGCACAGCACACGGGGACUCGCCAAGUAGGUGGCUUGGUUUGGGGGCAGCUUGUGGGCCAGUUAAAUGACCCCCGUGGGGUGCUUGUGGCCCAUUGGGCCUUAGGUUUCCUACCCCUGUGCUAGAACUUCAUUACACAGCACACAAACUAUGGGACUCACUGUCACAAGAGUGAUGGGCCCCCAGCUUGGAUGGCUUUAAAUGAGGAUUGGACAAAUUCAUGAUUAAGGCUGAAGUGGGUGGGAAAGUGGGUUGAGUAGGUUGUAUUGCAAGGCCUGUGGUUGGAUGAGAGAUGGUGAUGUACUGGGGUAGCAGAAGGCAGUUGAGCAGAGGAUGAGAAGCUAAAAUGACAUAUUGUUGUUGUUUAGUCGUUUAGUCGUGUCCGACUCUUCGUGACCCCAUGGACCAGAGCACACCAGGCACUCCUGUCUUCCACUGCCUCCCGCAGUUUGGUCAAACUCAUGCUGGUAGCUUCGAUAAUACUGUCCAACCAUCUCGUCCUCUGUCGUCCCCUUCUCCUUGUGCCCUCCAUCUUUCCCAGCAUCAGGGUCUUUUCCAGGGAGUCUUCUCUUCUCAUGAGGUGGCCAAAGUAUUGGAGCCUUAGCUUCAGGAUCUGUCCUACCAGUGAGCACUCAGGGCUGAUUUCCUUCAGAAUGGAGAGGUUUGAUCUGUCAUAGCGAAGGGGCUUGAAUAACUCAGAGAAGCUAUGAGCUAUGCUGUGCAGGGCCACCCAAGAUGGACAGGUCAUAGUGGAGAGUUUUGACCAAACGUGAUCCACCUGGAGCAGGAACUGGCAAGCCACUCCAGUAUCCCUGCCAAGAAAACUCCAUGGACAAAGACAACAGGCAAAAUGACAUAUAUUUUCCUUAAAUAAUGUGUGUCCUAACUGAAAUGCUCUUGCAGAUUCUUUGAAUUCUGUCCUGUAAUGCAUUGCUGGAUCAAGUCUGACCGAGUAGGAAUUUGGUGUGAGCAUCUGUACUUGAUCACCCUCCAAGGGGAAUUUCCCCCAUAGUGUAUGUUGAAAAGCUAAAGGGAAAGGACGCCUGUAUGGUUAGGUCCAGUCAAAGGCAACUAUGGGGUUGCGGCGCUCAUCUCGCUUUCAGGCCAAGAGUGUCAGCGUUUGUCCACAGACAGCUUUCCAGGUCAUGUGGCCAGCAUGACUAAACUGCUUCUGGCGCAACGGAACACCGUGACGGAAACCAGAGCACACGGAAACGCUGUUUGCGUUCCCGCUGCAGCAGUUCCUAUUUAUCUAUAGUGGUACCUCGGGUUACAUGCGCUUCAGGUUACAGACUCCGCUAACCCAGAAAUAGUACCUCGGGUUAAGAACUUUGCUCCGGCGGCGCAGUGGCAGUGGGAGGCCCCAUUAGCUAAAAUGGUGCUUCAGGUUAAGAACAGUUUCAGGUUAAGAACGGACCUCUGGAACGAAUUAAGUACUUAACCCGAGGUACCACUGUGCUGGCAUGCUUUUGAACUGCUGGAGAAGCUGGGACAGAGCAAUGGGAGCUCACCCCGUUGUGGGGAUUCGAACUGCUUACCUUCCGAUUGGCACGCCCAAGAGGCUCAGUGAUUUAGACCACAGCGCCGUCUGCAUCCCUUGUAUGUUGAAAGUAGCCUGCUGUGUGAAGGUUAACAAAUAUAUUCAUUGCUCUGCUCACUGUUGCCUCUGGCCCUGCUCGCCACUGGCAUGUGGCCCUGAAAAGUUUGCCCUGAAUGGAGUGCGGCCCUCGGAAUGGAAAAAAAGCUUUGUUUGCUCCUGAUUUUAUAACACAGUCUGUAGUAUAAGCUGAUGUUUGAGGGAGAGUUGGAUGUGAUGAGCCAAUCCUUGUCUGGCAUCCUUGUUUCCAUGACUGUUUUGUCUCCGCUGCCAUUGUAAGAGACAGGGAAGCAUCUCCAAGAUGGUACGAGGCGCGCAACUAAUCACAUUGCAAACAGGCUUCUUUUAGGAAAUUAAACUCCUAAGCAAAUAUCUGCUCCUGACAAAACACACAUUGCUUCAGAGGCUUAGGAAAAGAUAACAUCACACUAUUACUUCCAAGAUGAAAGCAAAAAUGUUCUUCAGAACCCUUUCACAGUUAUCGCUUUGGAACGGAGACCGGUGACAUAGGAUUACAGUUACUGUAUCUUGCUGGAGUUUAAUUUUUAUAUUUUUUAAGAAGAAGGAAAAAAACCCUGCUUUAGUGUGGUGCUUUACAUAAGUUAUAAUGUUUAAAAGAGAUGAUAAAUAUCAGGAUAAAUAUCAUGACUUGGCGUUUUGGGCAAGCUAAAGGGAAUAAUUUGACAACGCGUGUUCUUUCUGAUUAACUGCAUGUAGCUUUCAAAUGGCUGAGAUAAAUGAGUUUGGAGGAGGGCUUUGCAACAGCCUAAACAAAAAUGUGGCAUUAUGAGCCAUGGAUCAGACGUUGCUUGCUAGUACAGCUAAUGGCCCCAUUUCCUGGAUUCUGCAAUUACGGAACAGAAUCUCAGUCUCAGGGGAGGUGCGUGCAAAACACCUGCAGGGUGGGUGUGUUUGUAUGUUGUGUUCGUGAGAGAAAAGACUGAGAGAGUGGAUCUGCUCAGGUGCCGCUGGGGAAGAAGCACAGGGAUUGGGGGCAAAUCAAAACACAGCUAUUCUUUGAAAUUCACACUUUUCUGGAUUUUGCAAUGCAAGUAAUGUGUACCAAAUGGCACACAGCAGGGGGAAGGGUGCAUAAGAAUGCAUCGAUUUGUGAAAAUACCAUGUGAAAAUGCUGUGUGUUAGGGAAAACUGCUUGCAAAAAAUGUGCAUAUUAGGGGGGAAUGUGCACUAAAAUGGAGAUGAAUAUUCUGUAGUCUUUCAUGAUCUAAACCAUGAAAAUUUCAAGGCUUGCUUGUAUUAAUUCCCCGGGGCAGAAAUGUGUACAAAUCGCCUAAUCCAGAAAUAUGCAUUAUCAACUAAAAAUCUGACAUGUGGCCCCUUUCAGAGAAGCAGCUACAGUGGUACCUCUGGUUACAUACUUAAUUCGUUCCGGAGGUCCGUACUUAACCUGAAACUGUUCUUAACCUGAAGCACCACUUUAGCUAAUGGAGCCUCCUGCUGCUGCUAUUCCGCCGGAGCACGAUUUCUGUUCUCAUCCUGAAGCAAAGUUCUUAACCUGAAGCACUAUUUCUGGGUUAGCGGAGUCUGUAACCUGAAGCAUAUGUUACCUGAAGCGUAUGUAACCUGAGGUACCACUGUAUUCAGAAUUCCAGCUCCUGGAGAGCUAUCUCAGAGGUGUGGUCUAGUUGGAAAAGAUACUGGUAGUCUCUGCAAGUUCCCAGGCCUCAACAGCAAUGAAGUUUUGUUCUACCCAUAACUCAGCUUGUAGCGAAUUUCUCUGUAAAGAGCAGAGGGAAACUCACCAAGUUAAGCCGCUGGGGAUCUGUCAGUUCUGUAAUAAUGUAAGCAAGUCUCAUAGACAGGGAUGCGCAGAACUGCGCCGAGAGAGACAUCAGAAAUGUGUGUGUUUGCCAGGACUGGGGUGAUGGUGUGUUUCAGUCUUCAAAUCCAUAUAUUGGAUUUUGGUCAGAGAAAAUGGUUCAAAACAAGAUUCCUAUUUUCAUGUAAUGGCCUAGAUUAGAGUUCCUGGAACAACAGGAGAGCCUACUUCACAAAGAGGAAGAAAAGCUGCAGAAUGCCGUGAUAAAUAUUUAUUACCAGUUGAUGGACCGGCAUGCAUUUUGAGCAAUGCACUUUUUAUUUUAUUUUUUAGAAAAGGAUAAUAAAUAAAAGAUAGAGCAUCUCUUUACAGCUGUUGCCGUAACUCCCCAAGAUGCUGAAAGUUACCUGUAACAAGCAGCCCUCUCUCUCUCUCUCUCUCUUUCACAGUAUAUCGGAGUUGCACAAGAAAAUGAAAGUAUUAACCAUAAUCUUAAUGUGUCAAGCAGAGAUUCAGCAGCAGGAAAUGCAGUUUGCCAGCCAGGAAGUGCAAAGUGUUAGUGGGGAAGGUGCAAUUUGCACUGGAGAAACAGGUGGAUGGAGGGAUUGCUUAACCCUUCUCUUGCUCAUAGCUUUUUCUUUCUACAGCCUUCUUCUCCAGCUGCUUUUCUCUUCUUGACUGGGGUUCCAGACCUGUUUGCCUUGUCAUGGAGGGAGUGGGGGCGGGGUUGAAGGAAGCAGUGCAAGAGGAAGCAGCAGGUAAAGGAGGGGCAGCAGGUUAAACACCACACACCCUUCUUGCAGACAUUAAUAUUGUCCAGCAUGAAGUGACUGGAUGCAUAAGACCUCUUUGAAUAAUAUUUUUAUGGGUCUGAGCAAUGUCGAUUUCUGAAAGGAGUCGGUUCUUACGCAUCUAGUCACUUCAUGCUGCUCCUUUCGGAAAUCGACAUUGCUCAGACCCAUAAAAAUAUUAUUCAAAGUUUACUUUUCAGAAACGUGACAAAACACAUCAAAUGAUACAUCCAUAACAUCUUAGAGACCAACACGGCUACCUACCUGUAACUAGAUCCAUAACAUCUAUGCAAUAUAUUGUGCUGUUUGUCCAGCACAGGUUCAGCAUCUUAAAAAUAAAAGAUAGCUCCAAAAAUCAAAAUGUUGUCUCUCUCCCCCUCCCAGAAUUAGGGAAUCUGUCAUAGGGGAUGCCAGGUUGUGCCCCCUCAUGCCCUUUUGAAAAUCUGUGCCAGGGCCAUGGCUACCCUGUCCUUUCUCACACUACGCCCCUGGGUAGUUGCGUGGAUUGGCAUUUUUAAAAAAUAUAUAUUUAACACAGAAAUAUAUGCACUGAUCUAAUAUACAUCCCCCCCCCAAUCUGACAUUUAUAGGAUAUAUGACACGCUAGCGCCAGCUGCAGCCAUCAGAGAUCAUUCUCCAGGCUACCAUGAGGCCAAUUCUAGAGAAUGUGGUUCAGAGAGUGCAGGCAUGAACUGUAAUGUGGCAAUGUUAUGCCAUUGCUCGCAUCACCAAGUCCAAGAUCCAGGUCUCCAGCCCACGCAGAUUUAAUUUGGUAAGGGCUGGAGAAGAAAGAGAAAAGGGUGAUUUUGGAACAACGUUGGAAGGACAAGUUGAUUCAAAAUUGUUAUUACGAAAGAAAUCUGUGCUCCGAGGAGAUAAAAAGUGGAGAUUCAUCUCUCAGGCAAGGCUGCUGAGGCAAAAAAAAAGACAAGAAAAAACCCUCCAGUAAUUCAAGAAACAAUUAGCUGUCACUUCUCAGGGGUAGCAGACUGUGAAAAGUAGUUAGAUGGUGAUAUAAUCUUUGUAUUAUGACUGGCUUUGGAAGAAAAUUCUCAUGGCGGGGGAGGUGAAUCUAGAGUCAAUCCUGCGUGAGGCCAUUUUUUAUCAUGCGGCCAUAUUUAGUUGGCAGAAUCAGCCUACUCAGGCUUCAGCUCAGGUGAUGGAUAGAGAUUGGGGGAGAAAUCCAGUCCUGUCGGCUUUCUCGUGUGAACACACCUGUCCUGGCCCUCACUAUGCCUGAAGUACUCAGCCUCAAAAUUUAAUGCGCAAAUCAGAUUGGUACCUAGGUAAGGCACAGCAGGUAUAUAAGAGGCUAAGUGCAAACUAAGGCAUUGAUCCCACAUACUAAGGCAUUGAUCCCACAAGUACCAUGGUUCCUGCCUUUUCCUUUUGAAGGACAGAGUGGACACAACAGUUAUUAUUAUUAAUUAUUAAUUAUUAUUAUUAAUUAUUAUUAUUAUUAUUAUUAAUUAUUAUUAUUAUUAUUAUUAUUAUUUAUUCCCCGCCCAUCUGGCUGGGUUUCCCCAGCCACUCUGGGUGGCUUCCAACAAAAUAUUAAAAUACAAUAGUCCUUCAGAUAUUAAAAGCUUCCCUAAACAGGGCUGCCUUCAGAUGUCGCCUAAAAGUCUGGUAGUUGUUUUUUCCUUUGACAUCUGGUGGGAGGGUGUUCCACAGGGUGGGUGCCACUACCAAGAAGGCCCUCUGCCUGGUUUCCUGUAAACUCACUUCUCGCAGUGAGGGAACUGCCAGAAGGCCCUCGGCGCUCGACCUCAGCAUCCGGGCAGAACGAUGGGGGUGGAGACACUCCUUCAGGUAUACUGGACUGAAGCUGUUUAGGGCUUUAAAGGUCAGCAUCAACACUUUGAAUUGUGCUCAGAAACGUACUGGGAGCCAACGUAGGUCUUUCAGGUCUUGGCAGUCACCCCCAGUCACCAGUCUAGCUGCCGCAUUCUGGUUUAGUUGUAGUUUCCGGGUCACCUUCAAAGGUAGCCCCAUGUAGAGCGCAUUGCAGUAAUCCAAGCGGGAGAUAACCAGAGCAUGCACCACUCUGGCGAGACAGUCUGUGGGCAGAUAGGGUCUCAGCCUGUGUACCAGAUGGAGCUGGUAGACAGCUGCCCUGGACACAGUUAGUGGCCAGAGUAUCAGGAUUGGGCAAGCAAAAGGACACUUCUUUGGGUAGGUUGGGCUUGUGAUGUCUGUUUGUGCCAGCGCUAACAUCUCCAUGUCCAUGCCCUUGCAUGUGGGGUUGGAGCAAGGUCAGUGUCCAAUUUACCCUCAGUUUGCCUCCUGAAGAGGCUGUUCAUUGGUAGGAGGAGAUGCUGCAAGAGGUGUCUGAUCAGGGUGCCCGGUGCCAUAGGGGCAUAACACUCCCCUGUCAACCUGCUUGGCCCCUCUCCUGGACCCAGAUCUCCAUUCUUUGGGCUUCUGACCUCCACCCCAGGCUCAGACACUUAUUGGGGUCCUGACUUCACUUCUCCUAUCCCACAAGAACACUCUCUGGUGUCAUCUACAUCCAGCUCCUUGAGCUCCACCAGGAUCUAACCAUCCCUUCCAUGGCAUCUCCAUGAAACCCAGGCCUCUUCCUGAAACAAUAUGGGAACUGAAACACAGCUGUCCUAAAAAGCUGCCUUCUGGCAAAUCACACCAUUGGCCCAUCUAGCUCAACAAGGUCUGCACUGAUUGACAGCAGCUCUCCAAGGUUUCAGGCAAGGGCCCUGUCUUCUGUGCUGGGGACAGGGUUGGGGGAAUCCAUCUAUUUCACUUUCUCAUUUUUCCAGUCUUCAGCUGUCCAUCAGUCCUUAUGCACUGGUUUGGAAAGCAGGGGAGGAGAAUUAAGUCCUCAUGAAAACCCAUCAGCAUCUUAAUGUGACUUUCUGGGCACCACAGUUCAAGAAGGACAUUGACAAACUGGAACGUGUCCAGAGGAGGGCAACCAAAAUGGUCAAAGGCCUGGAAACGAUGCCUUAUGAGGAACGGCUAAGAGAGCUGGGCAUGUUUAGCCUGGAGAAGAGGAGGUUAAGGGGUGAUAUGAUAGCCAUGUUCAAAUAUAUAAAAGGAUGUCACAUAGAGGAGGGAGAAAGGUUGUUUUCUGCUGCUCCAGAGAAGCAGACACGGAGCAAUGGAUCCAAACUACAAGAAAGAAGAUUCCACCUAAACAUUAGGAAGAACUUCCUGACAGUAAGAGCUGUUCGACAGUGGAAUUUGCUGCCAAGGAGUGUGGUGGAGUCUCCUUCUUUGGAGGUCUUUAAGCAGAGGCUUGACAACCAUAUGUCAGGAGUGCUCUGAUGGUGUUUCCUGCUUGGCAGGAGGUUGGACUCGAUGGCCCUUGUGGUCUCUUCCAACUCUAUGAUUCUAUGAUUCUCCUAAUAUACAGAUUUUUGUAUACAGUUUUGCCUUUUCUCAAAGCAGUCUUCCCUAAUAUAAUCCAUAUGGUAUUAUUUUCCCCAGUAUAUACCGUAUUUUUCGCUCUAUAACACGCACCCGACCAUAACACGCACAUAGUUUUUAGAGGAGGAAAACAAGAAAAAAAAUAUUCUAAACGAAACAGUGGAUGUAUGAUUUUUUUGGUUCAUGCUGUGGCCACAAACGUGAUCUGACGGUGAGUUUGGGGUAGCCCAAUGCAAAAAUCCUGAGGAUCCAUGUGGAUCCAUGCUUUGUAACCACGUUUUUGCACCACUGUGGCCCCAAGCAAUAGUGGGUGCAUGAUUUUUUUGGUGCAAGCUGUAGCCAUGGACAUGCUAUGUGAUCUGAUGGUGAAUUUGGGUGACCCAGUGCAAAAAUCCUGAGGAGCCAUGUAGAUCCAUGCUUUGUAACCACGUUUUAAGGGGGGAGGGAAGGAAAAGCACUCAAGGGACAAGGAGCACGCGUGGGGUGUGUGGAGAAGGAUGCUGCUAAUAAUGCAGAAGAGGGGUAUAAGAGGAGAAGGCUCCUCUCCUCUCCCGCUUUGCUCCUUUAAAGCAAGCAGGCUCUCUGUCCCUAUCUCCUCCCCACUCAGCGGCUCUUCUUCCGCUUUGCUGUUUCAAAGCGAGCCACGGAGGAGGGAAGGAAGGUUGAACCAUGGCUCCUCUGCUCACGACUGCAGCAGAUCCCCCCGCCAUCCGUAGGCAUUCGCUCCAUAACACGCACAGACAUUUCCCCUUACUUUCUAGGAGGAAAAAAGUGAGUGUUAUGGAGCAAAAAAUACGGUAGGCACAUCUAUGCACACUUUAAAUCAUAUGAAGUUUCGUACACAUUGGUCGACUGGAGAAGUGCUCUGCACAAUUAAAAAAAAAAAGUGUGAAUUUUGAUUGGUGGCUGUAUUUCAUUCCACAUACAGUCAUACCUCUUGUUACGUUUGCUUCAGGUUAAAUCUUUUCAGGUUGCAUCCCAUGGCAACACGGAAGGCAACUCAGAAAGGGUUACUUCCGGGUUUCGCCGCUCGCGCAUGUGCAGAUGCUCAAAAUGACGUCACGCGCAUGCGCAGAAGUGGCGAAUCACGACCCGCACGCGCGCAGACGUGGGUUGCCUUCUGCUCAGGUUGCGAACGGGGCUCCGGAAUGGAUCCCGUUCACAACCAGAGGUACCACUGUACUGUGUAUUAUUUUGGAGAGUGUGGAUUAGGUAAAGUCGCCUUCAAAUGCAAAUUGAAGAGAAUUUGUCUCCCAUUCCUGGCCUUCCCUUGUGCUCAUCCAGCAUUACCUCAGCUACAUCACUCUGGGAUCAUGUUUGGCCAACCAUGUAUUCUGUUAGGGGUGUGUGAGAGAAAAACAGAAUAAAAUAAGUGAAUCACAGACAGAACAUAUAUAUAUAUUUCAACUAGUCAACUAUUAGAAUAAAAGCUCAUGCUGAAGUAAUUUUGGGGGGAAAGGGGGGGAAUGAGAAAGUUGGCAUCAGAAUGUGUUCCUAUGAAGUUUAACAUUGUCUAGGCAUGGAAUUUUAAUUCUCUUUAUCCAAAAUGUGAACUGUACUAAUUACUUACCAAGCUAUGCUUAAUACAUAAAUAUGUUUUGUGUCCCCCCCCCCUUGUGUUUUCAGCGUAUUUUUCCUCACCAAAAUAAGAAUCAUACCGAAAGGAGCUUUCUUGGGACUCGAUGAAGUUGAAAAAAUGUAUGUACCUCCAUAUUCACUCAUUACAUUUGUAGAAUGAUUUAGAAGGCUAUUUUUGGUUUGGGGUUGUUUUUCCCCUCUCUUCCCUAGACCUGCACUGUGCUUUAAUUAAGCUAUCAGCUCACCGCUCCCAUAGGAGCCUCCUCUUCAUUCACUUAAAGACUGGGGGGGGGGGCGUUGUGAAGGAGAGUUCGCAAAGCCAAUCUUCCAAAGCGGCGUUGCCACAAUUACAUCUGUGCAUCCUUAUGAAAUAGGUUUUUCAAUAAGGAGUUGAUUGGUGGGCACUUAAGAAGCAAACGGAAUACGAGAUCACAAGAGAAGAGCAGAAUCUGUAAGGCAACUUAAGGGCUGCUUCUCUUCAUGUGGGUGGCACUGCGGUCUAAACCACUGAACCUCUUAGGCUUGCCGAUCAGAAGGUCAGCAGUUCAAAUCCCCAUGAGGGAGUGAGCUCCCGUUGCUCUGUCCCAGCUCCUGCCAACCUAGCAGUUCUGGGGCACCCAAAGUAGUUGCACUGGGAGGUUUUAAAUAGGGACUCACCGAUCCAACUGUCCGUUGUGAAGGGUCCAGGGCAGGCGGUGCAUACACUGACAGCUGUCUUAAGCAUGUGCUGACACUGAGCCUGCACUCCUUCAUUCACUCAGGGGUGAAUGAAUGUCCCAUUUUGUCCCCCUCAUUGCCUCCCCACUGCUGGCACCGUGCCUCUCUCACCUACCUUGCAUAGCGGUGACUUAGAACUAGUUACUGAGAACCUCAGGAGGUUGAGUGCUCUUGCACCCAGGUCCUGCUUGCAGGUUUCCUGUAGGCAUUUGGUGGCUCUUGUGAGAACAGGAUGCUAGACUAGAUGGGCCACUGCCCUGAUCUAGCAGGCCUCAUUCUGUGUCCUUGGCAAAGACUGGUACUAGUUCAGUUGUGGAGGUUGGGCCAUGAGGGUGAACUUGGCUCUGCCCCACCAGCCUGACUUCAUAUUUACAAUGAGUCUAGGGGGAGAGCACUGGCUGUCAGCUUCUUCCUAAGUCUCCGUGUUUGCCUUUGUAGGAACCCCUCACAGAGGAGGUUGGGGACAAAACUAGGAUCAGUUGACUUUACCUGCCACUGGCAAUUGGCUGUAAUAAUGAGGAUGAUGAUGAUGAUGAUGAUGAUGAUGAUGAUGAUGUAUUAUUUUUACCCCGCCACUCUGGGCAGCUCCCAACAGAAUAUUAAAAACACGAUAAAACAUCAAACAUUAAAAACUUCCCUAAACAGGGCUAUCUUCAGAUGUCUUCUAAAAGUCAGAUAGUUGUUUCUUUUCUUGAUAUCUGAUGGGAGGGUGUUCCACAGGGUGGACACCACAACCGAGAAGGCCCUCUGCCUGGUUCCCUGUAACCUCACUUCUCACAGAGAGGGAACCACCAGAAGGCCCUUGGAGCUGGACCUCAGUGUCCGGGCUGAGAGAUGGGGGUGGAGACACUCCUUCAGGUAUACUGGGCCGAGGCCAUUUAGGGCUUUAAAGGUCAGCACCAACACUUUGAAUUUUGCUUGGAAACAUACUGGGAGCCACUGUAGGUCUUUCAGGACCGGUGUUAUAUGGUCUCGGCGGCCGCUCCCAAGUCACAUUCAAAGGUAGCCGCACGUAGAGCGCAUUGCAGUAGUCCAAGUGGGAGAUAACCAGAGCAUGCACCACUCUGGUGAGACAGUCUGUGGGCAGGUAGGGUCUCAGCCAGCGUAUCACAUGAAGCUGGUAGACAGCUGCUGUGGACACAGAACUGACCUGCUCCUCCAUGGACAGCUCUGAGUCCAAAAUGUAGCUCAGUAAUAGAGUACCUGCAUUGCAUGCAGAACAUCUCCAGCAUCUCCAGGUAAGACUAAGAGAGGACAGAGUCUGAAAUCCUGGAGAGACACUGCCAGUUAGUGUAGAUAGCACUGAACUAGGUGGACCAAAGGCAGCUUAGUAAGUCCCUGCCAUUAGUCUCCACCCUUCCACCCUGCAAGUUAUCCUUGUGGGCCAAUACUGGCUUGUUCAUUUUUGCUGCACAUCCCUUGCCUCCCAGCAGGGCUCAUGGAAGCAUGAAGAUGACUGCUGAGCCCACCUGUAAACUAUUUCUAUUGUUGUUCGUUACCUGCAGAAACCAUAUGUCUGCCUUGUAUAAAGUGCGAAAGAGGGGAUGUUGACGAGGGAGGAAGCUUGUGACAAAACUGACAAACACUGUUAGCGAAAGAGCAGCCAGGAGGUGGCGGGGGGGGGGGGAGAAACACAAUGCUAAGCAGGGGAAGUGGCUUUCAUUUGAAAAUAUAGCGAUGUGCUGUGGAAACUCUGUGGGGAAACAGUUUAAAGUGCGGCAGCAAUGAAAAUAGGGGGUUGAUGAAUAUGCAAACGAGACCAAUCAGCAUCGGCGGCGUCUGCAGAUGAGAAGCAGCAAUGAAAUGUGAAAUGGCUCACAAAUCAAAAAUAUAACCCAUAAAACAUUCAUUGGAAAUAUUCAUGAUAAUGUAGGGGCACAAACUAUAUAAUCAGGUGAUAUAUUUGCAUAUAAAAAAGGAGACCCCCUUGUAUGAGAUUCUUCCACCUGCCUCCCCCCGCCCCGCAAUAUCAUACACACACAAAAAAACCAAGAUUAAAGUCAACGGUAGGCUAUUUAAAGGAAAUGGCUAUUAGAAAUGUGAUGCCUCCAUGUGGUAAAAUGUAUUUUUCCUAGAGUAUACAAAUUAGAUACUUCAAUACACAUGCGGCGCGCUGUGUUAGCACGAAGCUAGCGGGGAAAGAAAUUCCCACAAUGGAUAUAUACGCUGCAGAAGUUUAGUGAAUUAAAAAUUUCAUGUCUGUGAGAAGGGAAUGGAUGACUUCAAACAGGCUCUCGAGGACCCAUCUGCAGGGCCUAUCGACUGAAGAGAGAGCUUAAUGGAAAAAUGUCAUUGUGCUGAAUUUUGUAGGGGGAGAGAAAAACAACUUUUCCACAGAGGGGAAAGCUUUUGCAUUGGUAAAAGAUUCGAGCCUAUCAUCCCACAGGGUGUGGAUCUGCAUAAAUGUAACGAGAUCUGCACCGGGGUGUUCAGAUACGGUUAAAGCUUGUGAAUAACUAAGCCACUGCACAUUGGUAUGCGAGGUGCAGAUCGGAGACGCUUUCAGACUGUCGCUCUUUAGCAGGUGGAAUUCAGUCACAUACCAGAUAAUUCAGGUGGUGCAGUUAAAGUGGAUUUGGCACUCUCAUGCAGUCAAGAUGCUCCCCUUUCUCCCUCCCCUAGGGAAAAAAAGAACCGGGCUUUUUGCAGUAGGGAAAAUGAUGGAGAAAUGUGAGCUAUCUAUUCUAAAUUUAGGUGGAAGGAAAAUUGCCACGUCUCAGGGCUUGACCUGAAGUUCCAGGCAUUUAGACCCUUUCUCAGUGUCUCCAGGGAAGGGGGUGAAACAUGAAUGGGGAACCGGUUGGUUGCCUUCCAUUUGUUGCUGGAGUCCAAUUUCCAACAUUCCUGGACCUUCGCCAUGCUGCCUGAGACUGAUGGGAGUUGAGGGUCUAAGAACAGUUUCCCCAGACCAGGGUAAAGGGGCCAAAACCAAGGGGUUGGGCUCAUUUCUGCUCUUCUUGAUCAGAGAUUUUGCUGUAAGCUUUGCUUCCAUCAGGUACCGGAAGUGCUAGACACCGCCAGCUUUUCCUCUAGCUAGAUGCCCAGACCUUGAACCUAGGAUCUCCUUGAGGGACAGAACCCAUCCAGCAAACCUGAGGAAUCUGUCACUUUUUCAGAGCCUGAUAUUUGUGCUGCAAGAUUAGUCGCUUCCAUAAAAGUUGACUGGGCUCCUAGGUGCCAUUUCUAUUUGGCUAUCUUUCACCACUCCGAUACAGAAGGACGUUGCUUCUAAUUCCUAGUUGCUCAAUAGCCAGUCUCUUGGAGGCAGAAAGAUGAUCUCAUUGCAGGUGCACAGCUAUGCGCUUAGUUAAGGGCUGGGGAAUCCAUGGUUCUUCAGUUGUUCCUUGGGCUAUCUGCUCCCUUCAGGAUCAGGCACCAUGGCCAAUGGUUAGGGAUGAUAGGGUUUGUACUCCAACAUCUGGAGGGCCACUGGUUCCCCCUCUCUGUCAUUGUCUUGUAGGGCUAGCACUCCAAAUGUUCUGGGAUAGGCCAGUCAGGUCUGUGUCCUCCAAUCACAUUGUCACUGGCUGAAAGCAGGAAUGCUAGAGCAUUCCGUCGCAAAUGGAAACAGGAGCAGAAAUUGCUGCAAUUCUCAUGCACAUCCAAGGUCAGGAGUAGAAAGCACACAAAUGAAUAGGAGUGGUGUUCACUAUCAUAGGUAUUUUAGUCCGCACACAUUAUGUAAAUAGAUAUGUUGUUUCCCACAAUGUUUUUGGCAUUUCCCAUCCGUUGUGCUGAAAUUAAUUAUGUAGUGAAUUGCAUAAUAAAUUCAAUUUGCUUUGGCCAUAGCGGAUAGCAAAACGAAUGGCGUAGGUUGUAGCGAAAUAUGAGCCGAAGCAGUACUGAUUGUAACAAAUGUAGGGUAGAAUGGAAAUUGCUUUUGCCCCCCUAGACCCAUCCAGACUACAAUAGAGAUUUGACUCAACUGAUCAGAAAACUUUGCUACAUCAUCUGGACAUUGCAACAUGGAGCCUAAUCUGUCAUCUAGCUAGUUUCAUGGUGGUAGAUUCCUGCAAAUAUUGCUGACCCUGCCAAGGAAAACUUGGCCAUGGAAGAAAGGUGGCCUGUUGUCUUUUGUGGGAGAGCAGCUGGCACUGCUUUGCCGUAAUGAAGCCAAAUUUUGGCAAUCCAAGGCCUUGUGUGUGACUUCUGAAAUCCACAAUGGUCCAAUAGCAUCACUUAGGUGUCUUGUUUGUUUUCUUUCCCCCAUCCCUCUUCUGGCCUGCAAGUGGAACACCUGGCAGCUUGCUUUCUCUUGCCAAGGCCUAUCAGUAGGAGAGACCUUGACUAUUGUGAUACCCUUACAGCUCCUUCAAGAAGUAAUAAUUUUUUUAAAUGGAGCUGAUCAUUUGUUAUUCCUGCCAAUAACUCACAGCUGCUAUCAAAGAGAAAAGCUUUCGCUUGGCUUGUUUUAAAACUUUUUGAAUGAACAGACCAAGAGCGGUGCUCUGUAAAAAUGGAGCUUAUACAUUCUUGGAUCAUGGCCUCUGCUUCCUUGAGGUUGUGGGAAUGUUCAGGGAUGCAGGAGAGGAUAUGUUGUCUGAUUAUAUCCUUAUCCAACUUCUGUUAACAAGUUGCACAAUUUCAACAGAGUAACAUUCCCUUCUUUUAAAUUUGCAGCGGCUGCGUUUGCUCAGGCUCGCUAAAGCCUCUAUAAUAACUGUUCUGGUAUUUUCCCCUUUUUCCCUCAUAAAAUAUAAGAGACGACACAGUAUAAAAAGAGUUUACUCACAUUCUGUUCACAAUCAGAUCCCAGAAGGUAGACUUAGCUUAAUAAAGUAACAUACACUUGGAAUCUAUCUCAUAAGAAGACAGUCCCUUUGUCCUCUCUUUGCUGGAAGCCAAGAGGGCAUCUUUGGCUUAGUAGAUGUUGUUUCUUCGAUGCAUGUAGUGAAAGAGAGAGAGAUGGCUGCCCUGCCCUGUGCUUUUGUCGUUACCUGCACAGGUGAGGCCACACCCACCUCUAGUCACAUGCAGAGGAAGUCUGUCCCAGCCCAGAAGGAAACAGGAAGUUUACCUGCUGGCUGGACAAACAUUCCUCCCCAUGUGUAAACAUGUUCACUCUAGGAAUGUUGUACUUGACUGCUCUUGUGUUUCACAUCCCACAGAGGUAAGAUCAAGGAAGAGGGUUAGAGAAAUAUAAAAGUACAAUAUUUACAAUCCGAAGAAUAGGGUGGGUCCUAAAAUCACUCUCUCUCAGCAUCAAAGGCCAGGUAAAGAGGAGUGUUUUCAGCAUACAGUGGAGGCUACAUAAAGAUAAUGAAAUCACAUUGUUUUAAUUACCUUAAGUAUUGAACAUGACAGAAUGUGUUGCUUUUCAGCAAAAUGGUGGCAUGAGAUGAAGUCAGCGGUGAUGUAGUUUGCAAGGUAUCAAAGGAGAGAGAGCACCGUAAUCCUCUGAGUUUAUCAAAAUGAUACUUAAAUACAUCCUCUGUAGAGUGUCAUGUAUAUAAAGGUCAGUGUUGUUCAUUGCAAUUCUGUUUCUGGCAAGGGAUAACACACAGCAACAGGAAAUAAGGACACAUUUUGUCCAUAACAAGCUUUCUGAGAAUUGUUCAAAUUUUGAAGACUGUAUCUAGAAUCUAGUGUUGUGCCAAAGAUUAUGGGUUGUAUCCAAACUUAGUCAGAAUAAAGGUAAAGGUACCCCUGACCGUUAGGUCCAGUCAUGGAUGACUCUGGGGUUGUGCGCUCAUCUCGCUCUAUAGGCCGAGAGAGCCGGCGUUUGUCCGCAGACAGCUUCCGGCUCAUGUGGCCAGCAUAACUAAGCCGCUUCUGGUGAACCAGAGCGGUGCACAAAAAUGCCAUUUACCUUCCCGCCGGAGCAGUACCUAUCUAUCUACUUGCACUUGACAUGCUUUCGAACAGCUAGGUGGGCAGAAGCUGGGAUCGAACAACAGGAGCUCACCCCAUCGCGGGGAUUUGAACUGCUGACCUUCUGAUCGGCAAGUCCUAGGCUCAGUGGUUUAAACCACAGUGCCACCCGCAUCCCUCUCCUAGUCAGAAUAGACUGAUUGAAAUUAAUGUAGUUGCAUCCAUUGCUUUCAAUGGGUCGUUUCUUGAGUAUGGCUUAGUUGGAUACAACCUUUCUACUUUUUACAGAUCAUUCUCCAUCAAUUGAUGAGGAAAGCAGAUAGGAGAGCAACACUGAUGGGCUUGUUCACCCCUAGAACAAGACCCACCUCUUCUAGUUUCGAUGUUAUUAUGUAUGAUGAUUGCAUAGGAAUGUAAUGUGGUGGACAGUCAGACACCGUGGGAGCAAGGGCUGAACCCAGUACUGUAGUGGCAAAUUCAGAAGUUCAGGGGCCCUUUGUGAUAGCCACAUCCACAACCCCUCUUAGCUCAGCCCCUUCUAAGAAUUAUAAUUAGGGAUGUAUUACAACCAUCAAUGCAGAUCUCCACUUGAUGCCUUUCAGCAAGAUCUACAAUUUUCCAGUCAUGCACAUGGACAAAUAAUUUGGAGUGCACCACUAUCCUAUUUCGGAGUGACUUAAGUUGUGUUUUCCUUGGAGUUCCAUCCUUGGAGUUCCAUGAUCACAGAACAUGCCCGCUAUUCCCUUGAAACUGAAACACCUUGUAUCUUCAGUUUUCUUAAAUGCUUUGUUUCGGAGCAUGCAGUGGCUGAAAAGCUCCCCUUUCCUGCUGAUUUGGUGCUGGAGCCGGGGACCCUGCUGAAGAUAUAAUAGCAGGUAUUUGACUUCAUCCGACCCCAGACCACUACACCACUGGCUGAAUCAGUCCUCUGCUUUUAAGUCUGAGCCACAAGGGCAGGGUUUCCUCACUUCUCAGCUGUGUCUCUGCUUUGCAGUCUCCCAUGACCUGCCCCCACCAAAAAAAAAUCUAUGGGAGCCAACCAACACCAGCACUGGGGAGGAGUGGGAAACUGCAGCCCUCCAGAUGUUGGACUCUGGCUCUUGAUGUAGCACAACAGCAUUUGGAGGGCUACAGAUUCCCUGUCCUUCAUCUGCAAAAUGGACACCCCAAAAUAGCUGCAGCUGGCUUCUCUUCAAAUGGAGGUCGUUGAUUCCAGCUAUUGUAGCCUACCCUCGGAUGCAGAGAAACAGCAGGAAUAGAAGAAUUUGCUUCUUAGAAGGGUUCAGGGAACUCAUAAUGUAGACAACCAUCUACAUGCUGCUAGAUCACGCUUCCUCAAACUCAGCCAUCCAGAUAUUUUUGAGACUACAAUUCCCAUCAUCCCUGACCACUGGUCCUGCUAGCUAGGGAUCAUGGGAGUUGUAGGCCAAAAAAAACUUCUGGAGGGCCGAGUUUGAGGAAGCCUGUGCUAAAUGAUGGUUAUGGUGCUGAUUUUGUGCAAUUGUUUUUACAGUCGUGUUCCUGUCCGCAGGCAAAUUAUUACGUUGCCUUUAUUCCUGGCUAUUUCUGAUCUGCCAUGGCCUUUUAACAAAAUCCAUAGUAUUGGUUCUGAAGCUGACCUUGUCUAAUCAUAUUGAUUGUGACCAGCUCAAGGCUAAUUGGGAGACCAGUUGCUAUGGCAAUGCUUGGGUCACGCACUGAAAGAGACAAUGCGGGGUGUCUAUGGAGGGUGGAUGAAAAAAAUGUUGAGCUUUUGGAAACUAACAGAUAACGCAUUACGAUCAAGUCUGGAGGGAUGCAAUGGUCAAUGGGGCAUAUUUUUAUUUUCUCCCUUGCUGCCUCCACCACCCCAAUUAUUUUCCUUUCAUUUUUCAAGUUCUUUAAACGAUCUACAUCUUCUGAACCAGUGAAUGUAACAACAACCACAACAACACCUUAGCCACAAGAAGGUUUUUUUGGGGGGGGUGUUAAACAUGGAGUCACUGCACAUUCCGAUUCAGCUGGCAAAAGGCAGGACUGCCACAAAUUCUAAGUUUGGUGUGGGAGGUUGCUAUAAAUUAGUUUGUUAAGUGGCAAAUGAGAUUCUGCAACCCCUCCACCUCCCUUUUACCAGUCUGCGAGCCUGACAACUGCCCUUCCUCCCCACUGAAGUGCAAAGGGUUGCAAACAACUCAUAGCUUCCGAUUACUCCUGCAGUUUGGAUUUGUCGGGUGGCAUCUUCCAUCGAAGUGACUGGGCCUGAUUUUCUAAUGUGGAUUUCAGCAGCAGCCUCCCUAAUUUGGAUCAGGACCAUAGCAAAGGGUUAAAGCAAGAGUACAGAAUCUCAUUGGCUCCAGAAGCCAAGAUUCUUACCAGGAUCUAGAGGCGUGGGCCAAAUUUGAUGGGUAGUUGGGGCUGCACACGGACCUGUCGCCCCUCAGUGACAUCACGUGAUUGGGAGCUUUGAAGUUCUGAAGUUGCGGCUUCAAAUUUAAGCUUGUUGGUGUCUCUCUGGUCCCUUUCACCAUCGAUGUUGGCUGUAUGCUCUGUGUUAUUUUAUUAAUACUAUCACUAAGGGUUUGUCAUGGCCUUUGGCUAGAAGGAUAAACUUAUGAACUUAGAACUAUAUAUCGCUUAACUAUGAUAGUCUCCAAACCUUUAUCUAGAUGCUAAGGAUAGGAACGGCCACACCUCUUGUUUGGAGGCGGUGCGUACCUACUCAGUGCUGAUGUAUACAGGCCUCGGUUUUGUAUACCUGAAGGAGCGUCUCCACCCCCAUCAACCAGCCCCGACACUGAGGUCCAGUGCCGAGGGCCUUCUGGCGGUUCUCUCACUGUGAGAAGUGAGGUUACAGGGAACCAAGCAGAGGGCCUUCUCGGUAGUGGCGCCUGUCCUGUGGAACGCCCUCCCAGCAGAUGUCAAGGCAAUAAACAACUAUUUUACUUUUAAAAGACAACCUGUAAAACAAGAAAAUCUUUAAUAAUAAUAAAAAACUCUAAAAAAAAAAGACUACUGAAGGUGGCCCUGUUUAGGGAAGUUUUUAAUGUCUGACGCUGUAUUGUUUUUAAUAUUCAGUUGGAAGCUGCCCAGAGUGGCUGGGGAAACCCAGCCAGAUGAGCGAGGUAUAAAUAAUAAAUUAUAGAAUCAUAGAAUCAUAGAGUUGGAAGAGACCACAAGGGCCAUCGAGUCCAACCCCCUGCCAAGCAGGAAACACCAUCAGAGCACUCCUGACAUAUGCCUCUGCCUCUGCUUAAAGACCUCCAAAGAAGGAGACUCCACCACACUCCUUGGCAGCAAAUUCCACUGUCGAACAGCUCUUACUGUCAGGAAGUUCUUCCUAAUGUUUAGGUGGAAUCUUCUUUCUUGUAGUUUGGAUCCAUUGCUCUGUGUCCGCUUCUCUGGAGCAGCAGAAAACAACCUUUCUCCCUCCUCUAUGUGACAUCCUUUUAUAUAUUUGAACAUGGCUAUCAUAUCACCCCUUAACCUCCUCUUCUCCUGGCUAAACAUGCCCAGCUCCCUUAUUAUUAUUAUUAUUGGAGAGAAGGGAGAAGACUGGAGAAAUCAAGGAAAGGAAAGCUGUGCAGGACUAGGAAAGUUGGAGAGAAGGGUAUGCUGACACCGUGUGCCAAGAGAAGCAGCAGGGACCCCAAGAAAAGAGGGAUGGAAAGGGGAGCAGGCCAUGGAAACACAUUGUUUCUGAAUGCCUGUUGUUGGGAAUAGCAGGAUAGGAGAGCACUGUUGCGCUGAUGUCCUGCCUGUGGUCUUACCACUGGCAUCUGGCUGGCCACUGUGAGAAUUUGAUGCUGGACUAGAUGGGUCUCUUCUUGUGUGUUCAGACCCAGAAACCUCCCCCCUAAAUAAAUUCACACUUGACUCAAAUUUUGGUUUUGGUUUUUGGCUGAAUGUAGGCCACAACUUUAUCAAUCACAGAAAGUGACUGGUUGCAUAGGCUCUGGUUCGACUAGCUCCCUGCCAUGCAGGUAGCGUUGACCCAGGGCACCAGCAUAGGUCAGCCAAGGGUGAACGCCCGGAUAAGCGGAAAGCUGGGAACAGGCUAACUCCACCACCCAAAUGUCCCCCUGGACUCAGACAUGGGCACAACCCCCUCUCAGGGGUUGACCAAACCAUAGAGUCUUUGGAUUCCUUUAACGGAAUACCCUUCACAUACGGAUGGCGAGAGCGUUCUCCCAUCCCUAUCACCUGAACCAGAGCCUAUCCGGAACCUUACAAGUUGUGGCGAUUUGCUACGCAACAGGCAAAACCCAAAUGGCAACAGCCAAUCAGCCAAGUGGGGGAAAUUCCUGCCAUGCCCCUGUCCUAAUGACAGACGACACAUGACGGCAUAGCAAGGUCAAGCACAAAGCCCUAAAAGUAGGGAGAGGUGGGCAGGUGUUCUGAAUGCACGCGCCGAAAGAGGAAGCUCUGGGUCAUGUGCAUGGGCAUAAAUAGGUUCCUCGAACCAUUUGGACUGAGUCCCAUUGGCCAGAUUGUACCCAGUUACGAGGGACCUACCAAUCGGGUGUUGUGGCUGACCAAUAGUACCCACCCACAACACAGGGUGUCAGUUGUCCAGGUCUUUAAGGGGGAGGGCUUGAUUUAUCAUUUUAGAAGAUUAAGCCUUGGAGCGAUGAAGGGGCUCUACCACAAAACUGUGACAGUUGAAAGAGUGUUGCUUUUCUUGGAGAAGAAUUUGAGCUAGUGGGGUGGAGGAUUUUGAUCUGAGAGCAUGCAGAGUUCUACAGUGGUGCCUCGCAAGACGAAAUUAAUUCGUUCCGCAAGUUUUUUCCUCUUGCGAGUUUUUCGUCUUGCGAUGCACGGUUUCCCAUAGGAAUGCAUUGAAAAUCAAUUAAUGCGUUCCUAGGGAAACCGACUUCAGACCAGGUCCGGGACAGUCUGUCCCCCGACCUCUUCUGAAGGCUGGGGGGCACACGGGCUUUUCGUCCCACCCCCAGCAUUUUACAAAACCCCGGGCCAGCGGAGGGCUUCUCCGCUGUCCGGGGCGAUCUUAAAAUGCUGGCGGGCGGCAUUUUAAAAUUGCCCCGGGACAGCGGAGGACUUCUCCGCUGUCCGGGGCAAUUUAAAGCCCCUGGGAAGGCAGGCAGGGGGACAAAGACUUUUGCCCCCGCCAGCCUUCAGAAGAGGUCCUGGACCUCUUCUGAAGGCUGGCGGGGGCGAAAGUCUUUGUCCCCCCCCCACCUGCCUUCAAAAGCUGUCCAGCCAAGGCUUCGCGGACCUCUCCGCAAGCAGCGGCAGCACUGCCGCUGCUUGCGGAGAGUUGCCGGCAUGCCGAAGCCUGGGCGCGCUGAUCUCAGCGCGCCCAGGCUUCGCGGACCUCUCCGCGAGCAGCGGCAGCGCUGCCGCUGCUUGCGGAGAGCUGCCGGCAUGCCGAGGCCUGCGCGCGCUGAGAUCAGCGCGCCCAGGCUUCGCGGACCUCUCCGCGAGCAGCGGCAGCGCUGCCGCUGCUUGCGGAGAGUUGCCGGCAUGCCGGAGCCUGCGCGCGCUGAGAUCAGCGCGCCCAGGCUCGCGGACCUCUCCGCGAGCAGCGGCAGCGCUGCCGCUGCUUGCGGAGAGCUGCCGGCAUGCCGAGCCUGCGCGCGCUGAGAUCAGCGCGCCCAGGCUCGCGGACCUCUCCGCGAGCAGCGGCAGCGCUGCCGCUGCUUGCGGAGAGUUGCCGGCAUGCCGAAGCCUGCGCGCGCUGAGAUCAGCGCGCCCAGGCUUCGCGGACCUCUCCGCGAGCAGCGGCAGCGCUGCCGCUGCUUGCGGAGAGUUGCCGGCAUGCCGAAGCCUGCGCGCGCUGAGAUCAGCGCGCCCAGGCUUCGCGGACCUCUCCUGCCUUCAAAAGCCGUCCGGGAUAGCGGGAAGCGCUUCCCUGCUAUCCCGGACUGCUUUUAAAAUGCUGGCGGUGGGGAGCAAAGCCUUCGGCCCCCGCCAGCCUUCCUGGACCUCUUCUGAAGGCCGGAGGGGGGAAUGCUUUGCUCCCCACCGCUAGCAUUUAAAAGAGGUCCCCGGAGAUUUCCCUAUGGGCUUCGUCUUGCGAAGCAAGCCCAUAGGGAAAUUCGUUUUGCGAAGCGCCUCCAAAACGGAAAACCCUUUCGUCUAGCGGGUUUUCCGUCUUGCGAGGCGUUCGUCUUGCGGGGCACCACUGUACUCACAUUUAAACCAAACCCCAUGUUGCAAAGCCUUCUAGAAACCACAUCCCACCCUGCUCUCCCCGUGCAUCUCUCUUUUCCUUCCUCCCUCACUCCUGCUAGAUAAAGAUGAUAAUUACUUCAAACCUAGCAUAGCUUGAAAUAAUAAAUGAUCCCUUUAAGAGGGGUUUGUAUUCAAGGAAGCAAGAGCUGCUUCCACUUGCUUAGCUUGGGUGAAUUGCGGGAGACAGAUCAUAAACAUAAAAGACACAUUUUUAUUUUUAUUUUAUCGUAGCUAGACUGUGUGUGUGGUGUGCGUUUGUGUGUUUAAGUUUUGUUUAAUUUACCAUUCGAGGUUUACUUUAAAAAAACGAAACAAAAAAACCUUGAUAUAUACUGUGUCGCUGUAAAAGCACCUGCUGUUACCCGUUUCAUCAUAAUGUGUAAUGUAGUGGAAUUAGCAAUAGAACUUCCACUUAAUCGCAUUUCUUGACGUGAGUGGGGAAUUUAAACACGAGGUUGUUAAUGUUGGGUCGUGAGUUGUUUUGCAUUUUCCAUUCACCGUUGAUGUGGUUUAUAAGGUUAAUUGAGAUAUGUGUCUCUGCCUCACAGCACCUUGGGGUGGGGGUAAGACCCAACACAGUGACGGAGGGUGGCUUUCUUCUGCUUCUGAAGCCUAGCUUCAGAGCUCUUUGACAAGGAGGGAAGAGCCGUAGCUCAGUGGCUGAGCAUCUGUUUUGCCUGUUGAAGAUCAUAGGGCCAAUUCUCAUCUCCAAGUAGGGUUGGGAGAGAACCCUGCCUGAAACCAAUCAGCAUAGACCAUACUGAGCUAGGUGGUCCAUUGAUCUGAGUCAGUAUAAGGCAACCUCCUUUGACAGAAUGCCCCAUGGGAAGGAUGGGUUCUGCCAUUGGCUAUUUUGGCAGUAUUGUCAGUGCUCAGCAAAGAAGAAGAAGAGGAGGAGGAGGAGGAGGAGGAGGAGGACAUGUUAGAACUUCCACUCCCUGAAGAUUUUUUGCAAACUUUGGGAAAGGUUUUCCCCCAUCCCUUGAAUGUGCCAGAAACUUCAACCCAGCACUACUGUUCAGUUAAUAUGUUGUUAUAGGAUUUGGGGUAUUGGGGUUGGUUGGUUUGGAUACCAUCUUUGGGCCCCCUCUAGGGCUGUGGUUUUAUAGGAUGGGGUUCUUCAGUAGAAUUGAUGAAGUGGUUAAACCAGUCUCUUUGUUAAAUUAAUGGCCCUGGCCAAGCUGUUAAGCAUUCUUCUUACAUGACUAAAGAGUUGGCCGUGUUGUCAUAGAAACAACUAGCUAAUGCUAUUUCCAGAAGGAAGCAGCAGGCCCUCUCCUGGCUGACUCUCUCUUCUGGCAUGGUCCAAAUGGGAUAUUCCUUUUGAAUGCAUAACAAAUGCCCUGCAAAUAGUAAAUACUCACAACAAAGAGAUUCAUUUUCCUGAUGUGCUCAUUUUUCAAGUAUCUAUCAUCUGUCUGUCUGUCUCUCUGUCUGUCUAUCUAUUGCAUUUGUAUCCUGUUCCUCAGCCAAAAAGACUCCCAGAGUAACUUACAUGCAAUAAAUUAAAAUAAGGCAGUCCCUACCUGACACAAAAGAGAGAAAAGGAGGGGGUGAGGGGGGGAAAACAAACUUGCGCACCAGUUCAUAUAGUCAAAUAGCAGUUCUUAGAAUAUCCUCAGUUUUCAGUAGAGGGGGGCAGCAAAAAAUGUGAUCCUCUACCUUCACUUGACUGGUGCAUUCUAUCCUGCAAACUCCUGGAGAUGUUUGCUAUGCUAUCUGAGGUACUGGAGUACUUUCCCUCCCCCCCCCCACCUCCAUCCUCUAUUCCUGCAACAGGUUCUUACAAAUAUUCUUUUCUUUUAAGCCAGCUUUGUGUUUCAAUGGCUUGUAGUCCAGGAUUUAUGGAUCCUUCGAUGCCGGCAACGUUUUUAAGUUAUUCCCUUCAUUUUUCACGUACAUUUGUAAUGUUGACGCUUCUGAUAAAUAGCGAGGCCACCUUGGCUGAUGAUUCCUUUUUCUUGACAGAGAAAUCUCUCAGAACGAUGCCUUGGGAACUAUAGAAUCGAACGUGUUCGCCAACCUUCCAAAACUCUAUGAAAUGUAAGUCAAUAAAUGGAAUUGGAGGGCUGGGGUAUUACAAGAUACUGGUGGACCAACCAUAAAAUGCAACAUGGUGGUUCCAUGGGAACAAAAUAGAUCUAGGACUAGUUUUUUCUCUGUGUGUCUUUCUUUCCUUCUGCAUCGGCUCAUCAGGACUCAGUCUUGGCUAUUGCAGGGUUGCCAACCAUUUUAUGCUCAUGAGCACAUUUGAUUUUUUUCCUGUAGGUACCACCCCUUUUGGUCACUUCCCUCACCCUCUCCCCUGGAUCAGACCCACUUCCAAGAGACAGAAAGAAUGUGUCUGGUGACUGGGAGUGGCCGCUGAGACCAUAUAACACCAGUCCCAAAAGAUCUACAUUGGCUCCCAGUACAUUUCUGAGCACAAUUCAAAGUGUUUGCACUGACCUUUAAAGCCCCAAACGGCCACGACCCAGUAUACCUGAAGUAGCAUCUCCACCCCCAUCAUUCAGCCCGGACACUGAGGUCCAGUGCUGAGGGCCUUCUGAAGGUUCCCUCACUGUGAGAAGCAAAGUUACAGGGAACCUGGUAGAGGGCCUUUUUGGUAGCCACCCUUGCCCUGUAGAACACCUUCCCAUCAGAUAUGGGAACUAUAAGGAAAUAAGCAACUAUCUGACUUUUAGAAGACAUCUGAAGGCAGCCCUGUUUAGGGUAUUUUUUAAUGUUUGGUGUUUUGUUGUGUUUUUAAUAUUCUGUUGGGAGCCGUCCAGAGUGGGCAGGGGUAAUAUUAUUAUUAUUAUUAUUAUUGCAUACACACACACGUUGCUUUUCCACAAAAUCUCUGUAAAACUAAGAUCCUGUAAAGCACAUAGAGGUGAAAGAGGAAGUGGGGCAGAGUGUCACUCUUCCAACUUCCUUCUUCGGCUCUAUUUGCAUUUCAAAGGAGAAAGAGGUAACUGCCCUCUGUAACUCGUGACAAUGGGGGCUGUGAGAGGGGAUGCUUCUGCCAUCCCAUAAUGGAGACUGAGGACCGAAGGAAGAGAAGUGAACAGGUGCUGUCCUUCCAAGUGUCCCUAUUUUCCAGGGACGGUCCCAGAUGUACAGAAGUUGUCCUGGUUUCUGAUUUGAUCCCAGAAUGUCCUGCUUUUCCUUAGGACAUCCCUAUUCUCCUUGGAUAAAUGUUGGAGGGUGUGCUUCGUUACUUUGGCAAUUGUGGGUCUUGCAUGUGCUAAGCCCCCUGCUUGCAGGUGCCUGACCACACACCGGGCUUGAUUGCUUUUUAUUUACUUCAAACGUUCCUUGGCAGCCUUUUAGGGCAAAGCCCGUUCAAAGCAGCUUCCAUUUAAAAAAGAGAGGAUAAAACGUAAUUCCCAUAAAAUGCAAUUAAAGUUAAAGCAGCAGUUAAGACAUUUCGGAAGCCAGCGCCGCACUCAUCCAAAAUGUAUUUAAAUUGCUUUUUUUUAAAAAGCACUUUGAAAACGGACAGUUUAAAACCAGCAGCGAUAUAAAACAUUUAAAAGUUCUGCAUCUUAAUUAAAAGGAGCUCAGAACAAACGGGUUUGUUGCCAUACGUCCAGAUUUUCCCGGACAUUUUUUCCAAUUUCCUGCCAGACAUUGCUUCCGGCUGGUACGUCCAGGAAAUUCUGGGCGUAUGGCAACCCUAAGCAAAAGGCUUUAUCGUACACCAUUCAAGGUCACAGUCCAGUUAGAUAAAAGCAGUCAAGGAGAGCGUAGAGCCUGUCUGGUGAGGGGUGUGGCCUUUGGAGGGAAAAACUUCAUGUGUCGAGUUUGCAGGGGGCCACCACUAAAAAGGCCCUUUCUCUUUUCGUUGUCAGUAGUAGUAGUAGUAGUAGUAUUUAUUUAUUUAUUUAUUUCUAUACCGCCCUAUACCCAAAGGUCUCAGGGCGGUUCACAUAAAAUAUCAAAUACAUAAAAUCAAAACAAAACAAAACCAACAACCCAAUUUAAAAAAACAACAACCAAAGUUGACAACUGAGGGCAGUGGCAUCUGAAGCAGGGCCUCUGAUGGCAAUCUAAAAGAAUGGGCCUGCUCAUGUGAAAGAUGACCCCAAUUUAGUUAGGCACAUGUAUUGAAUGAAAUGAUUGGAGAGGGAUGAGAGUUUGCUAAGGAAAUUGAAAUAUACUCAGAGUCGAGAGUAGAUUUCAUGCUCUUUAUUCAGCUCAUAGUGGUGAGGAGGAAUGGAAGUCCCCUCAAAGUAUCUGCUUUAUAUACAUUAUUUACACAAUGGGCUGCACGUGAUUGGCUAAUUCUGGAAUUCUCCUGUAGGCCAAUCAGGUUGUGGAUUCACUUCCAUCUGGAGCCGGAUUGGGUGGCUCCUGCAGACCAAUCAUACUGCUGCAUUGUUCUAGGACCAAUCAGACUGCUGCAUUCUGAAUCCUAUUGUUCUAGGACCAAUCAGACUGCUGCCUUUUGGAUCCUAUUCAACUCAGUACAUAACAGAAAUGCUAAUGCCUGUAGCAAUUGGGACAUCUGGACCAGCCCAAAACCCAAAUUCACCAGAAUCAAAAGCAGUCAAGUGAUAAGCUGUUUCUGUUGAGAGCUAUGGUGUUAAUCAGCCUCUGCCAACGAAAGCUGAACAGUGACAAACUGCUUAUAUCACAUCACAAAUGCAUUUGUGUAACUGUAGUGGUGGCCCGGGGUGGGGAGAGAGACAUUUGUGGAGAGGGUAAAUAAAUUGUCUUGCACUGUCAGGUCAGUGGUUCUCUGGACUAGAAGGGGCAAGUCAUAUGUCCUUCUGCAAGCAUGGGAAUUGGUAUCAAGAAUCUAAAGAACAUAAGAGAAACUUUUAGCUGAAGAGGUAUAUUGGGUGAUAGCCACUCACAGCAGACCACUUGCGCAGCAGCCAUUCUUGUUCUUACCACAGCACAUCAGCCAGAACCAAUAGAUAAACUUCACUUGCAAAUGGAGUUGCUUAACUCCAGUUGCGCUGACCUUACAUUGGGUCUCACCCAUACUGUUUUGCAGAUCAUGUUGCUUUCCCCAGCCAAAGAAUCUCAUACUGUGGGGAAACGAGACAAUUCGAAUUAUAACUAACGUUUUUCUUGUUUUUCUUUCCCCCCACAGAAGAAUUGAGAAAGCAAACCAUCUGGUGUAUAUUGAUAGAUAUGCUUUCCAGAAUCUUCCCAGUCUCAGAUAUUUGUGAGUAUUCCUGACGUUGCGGCUGUAUUUCCUGGGAAAUUGUCCUUUUGCACAGACUUUUUCUUGCCUUAUUCCUGUUCGGAAGUGCUGAAUCAAGGUGCCACAUGUGAACUGGAUUGGCAGCUACAGUGGUACCUCGGGUUACGUACUUAAUUCGUUCCGGAGGUCCGUUCUUAACCUGAAACUGUUCUUAACCUGAAGCACCACUUUAGCUAAUAGGGCCUCCUGCUGCUGCCGCACCGCCGGAGCACGAUUUCUGUUCUCAUCCCGAAGCAAAGUUCUUAACCCGAGGUACUAUUUCUGGGUUAGCGGAGUCUGUAACCUGAAGUGUCUGUAACCUGAAGCGUAUUUAACCUGAGGUACCACUGUAUUGGGCAAAGGAUAAAAUGGCCCUAAUAAUCUAGAUUAGAGCUUUCCAAACUUUUCAUGUUGGUGACACACAUUUUUAGACAUGCAUCAUUUCACGACACAGCAAUUCAGUUUUACCAGCAAACCGGUUGGUUAAACUUUCCAUCCCUAGGAAGAGCAUGGGGAGUGUUCGCGCGACACACCUACACACUGCAGCCAACACACUAGCGUGUCAUGACACACAGUUUGGAAAAUUCUGAUCUAAAUUGUCCAAGCAAGUGAUGUUUUCCCCUCUUACUUGCUCAACUCUUUUUCUCUCCUGCCUGCACAAUGAGCAUUUAAACUUCACAUGGAAAGCCAUGAGCUGCGGCUCCCAUUUAUAUGCAGCGCUGGGUGAUGAGAUGCCUUUUAAUAAGAAAGCAUCUGAUUGUCAAGCUUAAUUCUACAUCUGUUUGAAUGGUAGCCUUCACAAUGGAUGCAGGUCUCCCAAUAUGCUUGCCACAUCCGCUCCCAUGGGGUUUCCAUCAUAAUUCGUGGAUAAUUAAUCCUACCCUCUGUACAAAGUACCCUCCAAAAAUAGUCAAGCUGCUGUUAGCAUCUGACCUGAAUCUGACUGAUAAUAUCUCUUCGGUCGUAAGUAAAGAGAGGAAAUGUAAUGAAAUCCAGCAGACUCUAUUAAAAUGGAAAGGGUGGCUUUGGGGCUUUGUAGACCACACUCCCCCCCCCUCGCCCCUCACACCAUCGCGGAUUUUAUUCUUAGCCCUGAUUCAGCACAGCUGGUAUGAUAUAAAUUUCCUACAUGGGAGACUCCUUGCUGCAGAGGAGAAAGUCUGGCUAUAUGAGAAAAGCCUAAUUAUGUGCCCCACAUUAUUAUUAUUAUUAUUAUUAUUAUUAUUAUUAUUAUUAAUUUAAACCCCACCCAUCUGGCUGAGUUUCCCCAGCCACUCUGGGUGACUCCCAAUUGAGUGUUAAAAACAAUACAGCAUUAAAUAUUAAAAACUUCCCUAAACAGGGCUGCCUUCAGAUGUCUAAUGGACAAUAAGCACAUGGACACAAGUAUUUUGGUUUUGGGGUUCGAAUAGGCCACAAAUUUAUUGGUUAGAGAUGUGAGCAGUUUGGCUUGACUCCCACCCAUCUGCAGGGAGUCCAACUAAGGGUAAACCACCAAUAGGGGGAGCCCUAUGACUUACAUCAAAUAGGGGCGCUCCGAAGGGUCCCUGUUGGGGUUGUGACAUGGCCCUAGCCCAUGUCGGGACAUUGGAAAGAGCCCACACCCCCGGAUCCCUUCAGCAGGAUACCCUUACUGAGGAGGGGCAGGACGAGGCUACAACCUCCCCUCCAUCCAAACAAAGGCUUACCCAAUGCCUAAGCACCAGCAAGAAAGGAGGGUCUGCCCUCCCACAGCCCCACCCCUGCCCGGCACUGAUUGGCCAGCAGUGCCACACUGGGUGUGGCCCCGCAGCUGGGACAACACGGAAGGGGGCGUCAACUCUCUGCCCCCUUGCUGGAUCGGUGCAGAGUCCCAGAAGCCUAGCCGCAGUGCCGCCAACUGGAAAACGAGAGCAGACUUCUCUCAUUUUUUAUUAUGUGCACUCCUGCAUAGGAGAUUCCCUUCCAGCUCUACAGUUCCAUGAUGAUAAAUGGGGAGUGUUCACUUAUACAUUUAGUACCAGUGUAAAGGUAAAGGGACCCCUGACCAUUAGGUCCAGUCAUGGCCAACUCUGAGGUUGCAGCGCUCAUCUCGCUUUAUUGGCCCAGGGAGCUGGCGUACAGCUUCCAGGUCAUGUGGCCAGCACGACUAAGCCGCUUCUGGCAAACCAGAGCAGCGCACGGAAACGCUGUUUACCUUCCCGCCAGAGUGGUACCUAUUUAUCUACUUGCACUUUGAUGUGCGUUCAAACUGCUAGGUUGGCAGGAGCAGGGACCGAGCAACGGGAGCUUACCCCGUCGCGGGGAUUCGAACCGCCGACCUUCUGAUCGGCAAGUCCUAGGCUCUGUGGUUUAACCCACAGCGCCACCUGCAUCCCAGUACCAGUAUAGAAUCGCAGAAUUGUAGCAUUUUGAAGGCAGACAACAUUACUAUGAUGGGGGAAACCAGACUUGCUGGUGAUCAGACCUUGACUUCUGUUUUUUCAAAAGGAGUCUCAUAAUUCCCCUUCCCUGAUUAGCAGCAUCUCUCCAGGAUUUCAGACCGGGAGUCUUUCUGAGCCUUACCUGGAGAUGCUGGGGAUUGAACCGGAGACCUCCUGCAUGCAAAGCAGAUGCUCUAAUCACUGAGCUAUGGGCAUGCCUAGGAAACAGAGUGGGCAUCCACUUGUAUAGAUGCCAUGUAGCUCCUGCUGCAGACCUGAACUUGCAGACAACGUGAUCCACAGAGCGUUUUGCAGGGAAGGCUGCUCAUUUCCUCUUGUUAGUAGCUUUUGUGUAAAAGAAAGGUUAACAAGCAUCAAACCCUCGUGCUCGGAGAGAGAACUUUGAGGAGAAGAUGGCAACUGUGUGCCCCCGUAGCCUUCAGCUUCCCCACCCUGGCUCUUGUUUAUUGCACGGAAACAAGACCAGCUUCGGGGAGGGAGGGAGCCGCUCAAUUUGGUUCUUAGGAGCCGUGACAAAUUCAAAGGCCAAGCAGCCAUUCAUCACUUCGAAGCUGAGGCCCCCUGCACCUGGCGCCAGCUCUGCCAUGUGACUUUGUAUUAUUUUUCAUUCCGGCAUGGUAAUGUGUUUACAAAUGUUGUGCCGGUCCAGCCCUGGCGCCCGUUUUCGCUUCACGCUGGUCGGCUGAUGGGAUGGAAUUAGAGAAAAGACAGGGAAACCUGCCCGCUUCAUCACAGCGUUGCACACUCUGCUGAGAAGCCUCAAGUGGCUUUUUAGAAAGUCAUGAAUAAAGACAAGGCACUUGAGCAGCAGAAACAAGUGCAGAUUGGGGAAUCUGUCCCCGCCCCCGUUUCUUUUCCAAAUAUCCCCCUGGUUCAUCGUGCACUUUGCCUAAACCUCUGACAUCUCACCUGGGUGGUGGGGAGAGGUUAAUCUACCAAAUUUUCCAAUAAAAGGAGCCCAAUAGCCCCUUCCCCCCUACAUACCAGUUGCACACAUUCUGAGUCAGGAUUUUAUCCAUUCCCCAUUUAUUCUUUAAUCUUUAAUUCAGUCGCACAGCAGCUCUUUUCAGCUGGCUUUCGCAACCCCAGCGCACCCCACCAGCUGCAAUAUCCCAAUUCUAAACUUACAGCUUGUGAUCUCCUUCAUUCAGCUGAUAUCAGUUAUUCUCCUUCACUUUCCAGAAGGCUCAUCCAUACUGCUGUUUGAUCUGGAUGGCAAGCCUGUUAACUCUCCGUUGUCCAAAGCCUCCAAAUCACUGCCCUCUUGCAUUUUCCCUUCCCUCAGUUUGGGUUUUCUAUACCCUCUCCUUCGCGAAGCAUCCCUGGUAUGAGAAAAUCCAAACCCCGGAUGGGGAGGGUGUGGAAAGGCAGCGAUGCAGAGGAGAAUGACCUAUGGACUGUGGGAAAUGAAUUGCGGCACAAGAAUAUAGCCCAGUUGGUAAAGCGUGAGACUCUUAAUCUCACACUCAUGGGUUUGAGCCCUGUGUUGGGCAAAAGAUUCCUGCAUUGCAGGGGACUGGACUAGAUGACCCACGUGCUCCCUUCCAACUCUACAAUCCUAUGAUUUUAUAAGCUUAUUCUCCACAUUAAACCAUGGUCAUAUUCUAGACUCAUAUUGUAACUCACUCUACGUGGGGCUGCCCUUCAGACUGACCCAGAAACUCCAGCGGGUGCAGAAUGCUGCAGUGAGACUCCUUACGGGGUCCUCGCCACAGGAUCACAUUCACCCGGUGCUUAUACCAGCUGCACUGGCUCCCGGUGGAGUACAGGAUCAGGUUUAAGGUGCUGGUUUAAACCUUUAAAGCCCUAUACGGCCUAGGACCCUCGUACCUACGGGACCGCCUCUCCUGGUAUGUCCCACGGAGGACCUUACGGUCUUCAAACAAAAACAAAACAUCUUGGAGGUCCUGGGCCACAGGGAGGUUAGGCUGGCCUCAACCAGAGCCAGGACUUUUUUGGCUGUGGCCCCGAUCUGGUGGAACGCUCUGUCACAAGAGACUAGGGCCCUGCGGGACUUGACAUCUUUCCGCAGGGUCUGCAAGACAGAGCUGUUCCACCAGGCCUUUGGCCAGGGCACAGCCUGACUCCCUCCUUUGGUUAUCCUCAUAGAACUCUAGCCCAAUGGUUGCCAUUAAUUUGAUUUUGAAUUGAUUUUAGAAUGCUGUGUUACUUUUAUUGUUGUUAGGCGCUCUGAGCCCGGCUUUGGCUGGGGAGGGCGGGAUAUAAAUAAAUAAAUAAUUAUUAUUAUUAUUAUUAUUAUUAUAGAAUUCAGAUAUGAAAAGGCCUACCAUCUGCCUCACUUUCUCACAGAACCUUUUCCUAUCCAUUCAUGGAGCUUUCCCUGUUUUCAGGGGUUUCAUCACGUCUAGUGAUGUGAAUCUUGUCCUCACUAGAGGGAUCUUCUGAGCGCAAGGGUUGUCCUCUUUUACUGAGCUACAUAAUAAAAAGAUGCGCAGGAUCUGGCUUUACGUCUUGUUUUUAAUCCUGUGAAUAUCUGUUUAAAUUGAGGUGGGGAAAUUGCAGCUACUCAAUUAUCUUCUCCCACAUGUUAAUUGGAGAAAAAACCACAACCCUUAACUUUAAAGGCCUAGUUAAUAAAGCAUCCAUGCUGGUGAUUGAGAAAGCUUUCAAACUGGCCAAUCCCUUAUUUAGGCGGCAUUCUUUCCUAAGUUGCAGAAGUUAAUAAACAUCAUUAGAGUCCAAUUAAGUUUGUUAGGGGCUCAUAUAUAUAUAUAUAUAAUGAAAGGCAGCCCUUGACUUGUUUCCAAAGAUUUUUCACACAGAGGAUGAAAUUGUUAAUUGCUCCUCCUGAGUGGAUGCAAAUCUGUUUCCAAAUGGUAACUUGCUGCCCUUUUCACAGAUACAAGCCUCAUUAGAGGAAAAGAGUAAAUGGAGGCAUUGUCUGCUGGGAUAAUAUAUCUUUGCCUUUUCAGAUCACACCACUGGACUCUUUUUGUUUCCAAAAUUACUUUGCAUUUGUAAUCGAGACGCCAGAAUGCCCUGAAACCACCAUUGUUAUCUCUUCCACUCUCAUCCUCAGAUAUACAAUUCAAAUUCAAAAAGAGAAAAUAGAUUGAAAAACAACAUCCCCUGGAACAGUGGCACUGGCUCUUAACAUAUUGGUUAUUCUUGUGAAUAUGUUUUAACCGGGGUGUUAGGGGAGGGGUAGUGCCUCUGGUGGGGGGUGACACGUUGUGCUCCUUCUGUGGGAGUUUGUCCACUCAGCUCUCGCCUGUGGCUCCUAGAAGCUGUCAGCAUGCGACAGCGGCUACACCCUGCGAAUGGCUUCAACUGGCCGGCUGAACCAGGUGAGGUAGCCAACGGGUCUCAAACCCUUGUUGAGUUAGGGACUGCCCCUACAUGUGAAGAGCGGCUUUGGCAGAUUGAACGGAUAAGGCCAGUACAGUGGUACCUCGGGUUACAGGCGCUUCAGGUUACAGAUGCUUCAGGUUACAGACUCUGGCUAACCCAGAAAUAGUACCUCGGGUUAAGAACUUUGCUUCAGGAUGCGAACAGAAAUCGUGCUCCGGUGGCACGGUGGCAGCAGGAGGCCCCAUUAGCUAAAGUGGUGCUUCAUUAUUUUUUUAAAAUGAUAUUUAUUAAAGUUUCACAUGAAAAGAGACACAUCAAUUUAAAAAAAGAAUUAAAAAAUAAAAAGAAAAAUACACAAUACAAAAUACAAAAAGAAAAAAGAAAAAACAGUUAAAAACAAUUCCAUCUUUUCAUCACUACUUUUAGAUUUACUUAUUUCCUGGACCUCCUCAUACCUCCCUCUUUUGUAUUCCAAUUCAGUUUGUUUGUCCAGCAAUUCCUUUCCCUCCUUUUUAAUCCCAAUCCUUAAUCUUAAUAUAAUAUAACAUUAAAUUUUUACCUAUUAAAAGCCAAUUUUCCAUUCUUUUAACCUUUUAAUCCUAAUCCUUAAUCUUGAUCUAUAUAUAACUUUAAAGCCUGUACAGCUAGAAGCCACUUAAUUUCAAUCCAUCAUCACUCUAACAUUCUUUAAUUUUGCAAUAUUUCUGUAAGUAAUCUUUAAAUUUCUUCCAAUCUUCUUCCACCGACUCUUCUCCCUGGUCACGGAUUCUGCUAAAGUGGUGCUUCAGGUUAAGAACAGUUUCAGGUUAAGAACGGACCUCCAGAAUGAAUUAAGUUCUUAACCCGAGGUACCACUGUAGUGGGUCCAACGGUCCAGACGACAGUUUCUGCAUAAGCUGUAGAGGGGAGUGAGGGGCAGAUGGGGCUUGUCAACCUGGGAAGGUAGCCCAUCUAGGAGAAGGAAAACUCUGACCCUAAAUCUCCUUGUGGGAUAUCUUCGGGAGAAUAAAAGGCUAAAGAGUAAACCCUUCCAGCAAUUCCUGCAGCCAAACUGCUGCCAGACAUAUUGCUCUGCCUUCCUUUGGACCACAUCAGUGAGGCUGGGGGAGGGGUCUUGUCAUCUGGGCAGCCCAAGACCUCCAUACACAUUGCAUAGGCUUGUGCCCCGGGGGGAUCACUUUGGUGCUGCUAACGCAGUGGUUCGACUUCGCCCCGGAGGCGUGCUCCAUUGUCUCUCGACAGAAGUCAACAAUGACUGUAUUAACAUCUCUUGCUAAGAAUCACUCUCUAAACACUUUUCUCUGUUCCUCUAGCCCAGGCAUGGCCAAACUUGGCCCUCCAGCUGUUUUGGGACUACAAUUCCCAUCAUCCCUGACCACUGGUCCUGUUAGCUAGGGAUGAUGGGAGUUGUAGUCCCAAAACAGCUGGAGGGCCAAGUUUGGCCAUGCCUGCUCCAGCCCACUUUACUGAAAAGGCUCUGGAACAGAGCCUCAUACCGAAAUCAGAUCCUUGGCCCAUCUGGUUCAGUGGCCUGAGACCUUCUGCAUGCAAGGCAGAAUCUCUACUGCUGAGCUAUGGCCCUUCUGCCUGACAUACGCUGUGUACGUUUCCUCUGCAGUGGCCUGCCCUGUGCUGCCCUUAGAAACAAGUGUGUUAGAAAACCUAUAUGUAAACACACCACACAUUUUUUUAAAAAAUUAAAAAACUGAGAAGCCUAGCCAUGUUACUUAAGUUGUUUAGAAGGCUUUCAUGAACAGAAAUCCAGUAGUGAUGUAUGGAAGUGAGAGCUGGACCAUCAAGAAGGCUGAUCGCUAAAGAAUUGAUGCUUUUGAAUUAUGGCGCUGGAGGAGACUCUUGAGAGUCCCAUGGACUGCAAGAAGAUCAAACCUAUCCAUUCCUAAGGAAAUCAGCCCUGAGUGCUCACUGGAAGGACAGAUCCUGAAGCUGAGGCUCCAAUACUUUGGCCACCUCAUGAGAAGAGAAGACUCCCUGGAAAACACCCUGAUGUUGGGAAAGAUGAAGGGCACAAGGAGAAGGGGACAGAGGACGAGAUGGUUGGACAGUGUUCUUGAAGCUACCAGCAUGAGUUUGACCAAACUGCGGGUGGUAGUGGAAGACAGAAGUGCCUGGCGUGCUCUGGUCCAUUGGGUCAUGAAGAGUCGGACACAACUAAAUGACUAAACAACAACAUGAACAGAAAUUAUUCACCUGGUGCAGAAAAGGCCACAAAAAUAGUACCAAGUGAGCAUCCCUGAGAAGACUAUUCCAUAACGGUGGUGCCACUACCAAAAAGACAUGCAUCAUUGUUUCUGUUCUGCUGCAGUUCAUCUUCCACCCAAAACUACAUUUUUCAUCUUACUGCAGCAAAAUUACAUAAUCGCGUAAUUACCGUACAUAACAUAGUGUGAGUAAAUUCUGUAAAUGGCAUUAUUCCAUUCAUAACAGGAUGAAGGAAACACAAUGAAAAUGGGGAAAGAAACAUAAUCACUUACAUACGAUUUGCAGACAGAAAGCAACGAUGCCGGCAAAUGCUGAUCUACUGAUCACAUUUGCUGAAUUGAUUUCUGUUCUGGACACAGGACAAAUAAGUGGACAUUGUCAAUAUCCACUCGUUUCUAUUUUGGCUGGAAUCUUUUGACAACCCUAUUUGCUACUAGCUAUGAUAACGGAGUUCUGCCUCCACUCUGAUUGCCAGCUGAUGGAAAUCACAUGUAGGUGAAGCUCUGUUGUUGCAGGUCCUGUCCAUGGAAUUCCCAUUGGCGACUAGUUGGCCAUUGUGAGAAGAGGAUGCUGGACUAGAUAGGUCUUUGGCCUGAUCCAGCAGGGCUUAUGAACUUCACUUGGCAGAGAGAACUGGAGCAAGUCUUCCAAAGAGGAUCUUAAUAUCCGGAUAGAAAAGAAGGCAAUCGGACAUGGAAAAUCGGAUAUGGAAAUAUGGAAACAUCGUGAGAGGCAGGACUGAGAUUUGGAGACGCUUUGACGUUCAGACUGUGGGAAGCCGUAAAAUCAGAAUUAUAAUUCGGAAGACAAUUGGAUCUUUUUUUAUUUUAGAUUUUUUAUUUUUAUUGGAUUAUGAUUUGAUAUGUUAAUUGGAUGUUUUUUAUUGGAAAAUUAAUAAACGCUCUAACAGAAAAGAAGGCAACCAGGCCCUGAGCUGUUUAGGUCUUUUUAAAGAUUAAAGCCAGCACUUUAAAUUGGCCUUCAAGUGGGAGCUGGUGAAGCUGACAGAGGCUUCAUAUGAUCAAACCACCCAGCCUUAGUGAAAAAUCUUGUAGCUCUUUUCCCCCCCAAAACCGUAGAAUGUUUAAAGACACGAUGAGUCAGGUUGCACUUAUUAUACCAAAGCUGACAUGCAGAGGAAGCCAUGUUAGUCUGUUACAAGGCGUCAUUCUGAGAGAUUGUCAAGAAAAGGGAAACAUACGCCUAACGCAAGUCAAAGGUUCAAUAAGAACGCAGUGCAAGUAGAAGACAAGAUGAAUACUGAAACCACAAGAUGAUAACAACCAUGUAGACUGGGCUCACCCUUUAAAAUAACUAAGUAGACCAGGCAUGCCCCUGAGUUUCAUCCCUGCCACUAUCUAGGUUUUUCUAUUUUUUUCUUUAAACUUUUUGAUUUUUAUUAUUUAGUCUAUUUCUAUAAGAUAAUAUUUCUAGCUGAUUACUUCUCGUUUCAGGGAUUUUCACAGUACAGUGGUACCUCAGGUUAAGUACUUAAUUCGUUCCGGAGGUCCGUACUUAACCUGAAACUGUUCUUAACCUGAAGCACCACUUUAGCUAAUGGGGCCUCCUGCUGCUGCAGCAUCGCCUCCACACGAUUUCUGUUCUCAUCCUGAAGCAAAGUUCUUAACCCAAGGUACUAUUUCUGGGUUAGCGGAGUCUGUAACCUGAAGUGUCUGUAACCUGAAGUGUAUGUAACCAGAGGUACCACUGUAUUUCAUUUGUUUUGUGCACUAUCUAGAGGUCCUGCUAAGGAGCCAGAAGAGCCAAUCGGCCAGAUAAUUUUAUAAAAGAAAGCUGGAAAGGUGCAGCAGCCACAAGGCAAAGUUCAAUCCCGCUCCAGCCAUUUGGCUCAGUCAGUAGAGCAUGAGACUCUUAAUCUCAGAGUCGUGGGUUUGAGCCCCAUGUUGAGUGAAAGAUUCCUGUGAUGCUUUUGCUCCCACGAAGCACAGUCAGGAAGACCAGCCAUACUGAAUGAGACAUCAGGCCCAUCGCUGUUCCUUCUGAUAUAUAACGAUUGCAGAGAUUCAUCAGCUUUCGCACGCUCGCAGCAACGGCAAUCUCAAUCCCUCCUUCGCAUGCUGCUUUCCUGUGAAGCAAAUGCAGAGGAUAGGAAAUGUGAAGGAUAAUGAACCCUUAUUAGACUGUGAAGGGCCCAGCUGAAACUCUACAGAACGUUUUGAUAACGUGCAUUACAGACACCUUAUUUGAGGGCUCACUUUGGAAUGGAAAUGGCGGCUCCAUUCAUCCCGAUGUCAGCUAGAAUGCCAUUAGGACUGGCUGACGCAUUGCAUCGAUGCUCACAUUUGUACAUGAAUACCUGAUGAUUCUUCCUUGUGCUGUCAGAAGCACUUUGGAAUCAUAGCCAUAGCACAGCCGUGAAGAUGAUGCAUCCUUUAUUCUAUCGCUGCCAUUCUUGACCCCUGCGUGGCGUAGCCUUGUUUUACCUCCACUGUCAGCCAAUUGCUAGGAAUCACAAGGGGGAAGAGCCCUGUUGCCCUCAGAAUCUUCUUACCUUCUUCCAAUAUUGAAUAGUCUUCUAGGUGCCUAAGGGCAUUGCAUGUUUCUUAAAUUGUUUUGAUGCUUUUCUUUUGGUAUAUAAAGCACAGCAAAAGUUCUGAAACGAUGGCUGCAGUUUCCUCUUCCAAGGCUUCAACUGGGUUUAUCAUAAUUUCAUCUGCCUGGGGAACCCUGGGAACUGUAGUUUUAAUAUGACGCCUCCAAACUGGCAUGGGUUUUAUUGGCUUUUUAAAGCAACAUAUCAAUAGUAGUACAUUAAAAAGGUAAAGGGACCCCUGACCAUUAGGUCCAGUUGUGGUCGACUCUGGGGUUGCGGCACUCAUCUCACUUUAUUGGCCGAGGGAGCUGGCAUACAGCUUCCGGGUCAUGUGGCCAGCAUGACUAAGCCACUUCUGGCGAACCAGAGCAGCUCACGGAAACUCUGUUUACCUUCCCGCCGGAGUGGUACCUAUUUAUCUACUUGCACUUUGAUGUACUUUCGAACUGCUAGGUUGGCAGGGGCUGGGACCGAGCAACGGGAGCUCACCCCGUCACGGGGAUUCAAACCACCGACCUUCUGAUCAGCAAGCCCUAGGCUCUGUGGUUUAACCCACAGCGCCACCCACGUCCCUUAGUAGUACCUUGGUGGUGGGUUUAUACUGGAUCAUCUGCACAUCAUUCUACUUUAUUAGUUCCUCUGUGAUGCUUCCCCGGCAUUACUGCAUUAUUGUUGUAUGGAGAGGUGCUCUUGUGUGUGGUACAACAACAUUGCAGGAUUUUAGCAGGAAGCUACAGGACAUGAACCAAUUGGAAAUAAAGCAAUAUGUCCGCAAUAUGUCCUGCACAUGAAAAACAUGUAAGCAGAGUUAUAGAAGACAUCAAACACAAUCCAGAAUUUGGAAUAUUGGGGGGGGGGACAACAACUAAAUACUGAAUAACAAAAUGAAGAUAACAAAAAUUUGCCUGCAACUUUUCUUCCUCAAUUUCAUUUCAGUCAUUUGUUAUUCUUUAGUUUUCCUCAAAGACGUGCUAACAACAUCUACUUAUUCCCUCUAGGUUGCUAUCAAACACUGCAAUCAUGUAUUUACCCGUCGUUAAUCAGAUACAUUCUUCCGUGAAGUUUGUGCUGUAAGUUUUUUACUGGAUUAUUCUAAUAUUUUGGGGCUUUGACCAUUUUUCUUGGGUUGCCCAUGAAGGAAAGAGGGAGGCGGAAUUAUUUAAAACUGAAUUCAUCCAUGCCAAGAGCUGAAUCAUUUUCCACACUGAACCAGAUUUCCACACUGAAUUUUGCAUUGAAACAUCUGCAAGUAAAAAAGAAACCAAUGAUCUUCAACGUUUUGAUGUCUUUGAAUGUUUACUACGUUACAUCCGGGUUUCCCCUGACGUUUUGCCAAUUUGGCAAAAUAUCCUUCCCCACCACCACCACACACACCAUUUUUACACCUGAAAACCAGGACAUGUCUGGAAUUUUCCUGAUGUAUGGCAAGCCUCCCCAACAGUACUGGGAAAGGGUGACGCUAGCCCAUCUGCUUCUCUAUGUGUGACUGAGAUUGAGUGGAGAGAAAACACCUGAAGAGAGGGCUGCAAAUCCAUACUGUAUAUCCAUAAGAAUGCAUGAUCCUUGAGGUCAGAUUUGUUGGCAUGCAUCCAAGGAAACGGGGGCAAUUGGCAGGCCCCAGCUGGCUCCAGCCCACCAGCCAGUGUUCCAGGUGAACCUUCGUUGUUAUUGUUGUUGUUUAGUCGUUUUGGUCGUGUCUGACUCUUUGUGACCCCAUGGACCAGAGCACGCCAGGCACUCCUGUCUUCCACUGCCUCCCACGGUUUGGUCAAACUCAUGCUGGUAGCUUCGAGAACACUGUCCAACCAUCUCGUCCUCUGUCGUCCCCUUCUCCUUGUGCCCUCCAUCUUUCCCAACAUCAGGGUCUUUUCCAGGGAGUCUUCUCUUCGCAUGAGGUGUCCAAAGUACUGGAGUCUCAGCUUCAGGAUUUGUCCUUCCAGUGAGCACUCAGGGCUGAUUUCCUUCAGAAUGGAGAGGUUUGAUCUUCUUGCAGUCCAUGGGACUCUCAAGAGUCUCCUCCAGCACCAUAAUUCAAAAGCAUCAAUUCUUCAACGAUCAGCCUUCUUUAUGGUCCAGCUCUCACUUCCAUACAUCACUACUGGGAAAACCAUAGCUUUAACUAUACGGACCUUUGUUGUCUCUGCUUUUUAGGAUGCUGUCUAGGUUUGUCAUUGCUUUUCUCCCAAGAACUCUGGUCCUUGGUGCAGCAUAAAUCUGCGGCUCCAGGCUUUAGAAGACUGAGCACGCUAUUCAGCAGAGCAAACGCUGCACAAACAGAAGUGGCACGAGAGGCUGUGUGAGCAUAUUUACAAGCAGGUUUAUUCAGCGUAGAUCAGGACAAAAGGAAACAUGUCUGCUCUCCUUCGUGUCCAAAGCAAACAGCUAAAGCAAAAGCUACACGCAAGUUCCCAGCAAGCUGUGCUGGAGUGUAAACAGACAUGUGACACACAACAAUCAUGCCUGUUCCUUAAGGUGGAACGAAACAUCCCAACAAGAUUCAGGGGUCCUUUGGGGUGGUGCCCCCACCCAUAUGGCAAUGGCUGGACCAUAGCAACACCGCUCCUGCUCCCCUUGCUGCAAUAGCAAUGGGAGGGCAGCAGUGAUUGAUUUGAGUUUACUUAUGUGCUCCUUUUCCACAAUGAGCUGUUCCCAAAGCAGCUCGCAGUAAACAUUCAACAUUGUCAAAACAUUGAAGAUAAUUUGUUUUUUUCUUACUUGCAGAUGUAUCAGUAUUUGACUUUAUUAGAUUUUAUGUUGCUCUUAGAACUGAAAGGCGGAUUAGAAAUCUUCCAAACCAAAGGAAAGUUUGAUGCCUUGUAUGCCAACAAGGCAUCAAAAGGGUGCGUUUUAAUUUCCUUUUUUGAAAUGUAUUUUUUCUUUAAAUCUCAGUGACGUCCAAGACAACAUAAACAUACACAAGAUUGAAAGAAAUUCUUUCCUGGGGCUCAGUUCUGAACGUGUUGAUAUGUAAGUACUCUCUGGUCAAUAGGAUUUAUUUUAUUUUUGCCCGUGUAUGUGCUUGUGUUAACCUAGCUCCAACUUUAAACAAGGGUUUUGAUGCUCAUGUAAACAAACUAAUAUUGGGUUGGAUCCUUCACUCCUGCUAGUGAGUGGUGUUGAGGGUUGGGGAGGUGACCUUUUAUGAUUUUCCCCUCCCUCUUUAGCCUCCAGCACUUAUUUUAUUGCAUUGCAUUGCAUUUAUUUCCCACCUUUUUUCUCCCCCCCCUUCAAUCCCCACAACAACCCUGGGAGGUUGGUUAAGCUGAGAGGCAGUGACUGGCCCAAGGUCACCCAGUGAGCUUCAUGGCUAAGUGGGGAUUUGAACCCUGGUCUCCCAAGCCCUAGUUUGACACUCUAACCCCUGUAGCACAGUGGCUGCUAACACUAUUCUAGACAGUCAUGGGAUCUUCCAGAGCAAUGUAGGAAUUGGUGCUGGGAGCCGUGAGGGUGGGAAAACCUGUCUCUGACCAAAGGAUCUGUCUACAGGAUCAAAAGCUUUCCAUUCCAUGGAAGGUGAAGUCUGAAUCCUACCCAAUACUGUGUAGUAAUUAAAAAAAACUGCUUUAGCAGACCCUGGCCCUGGGAAAUGAUUACAGUGGUACCUCGGGUUACAGACGCUUCAGGUUACAGACUCCACUAACCCAGAAAUAGUACCUCAGGUUAAAAGCCUGAAAUCGUGCUCCAGCAGCGCAGCAGCAGCAGGAGGCCCCAUUAGCUAAAAUGGUGCCUCAGGUUAAGAACAGUUUCAGGUUAAGAACGGGCCUCCAGAACGAAUUAAGUUCUUAACCUGAGGUACCACUGUACUCUCCUAGACAAAAAGGGACUCGUUGAUGCAUAUUCCAUAUAAAAAUCACUGCAGUCUUCAUCAACACACUUCCAGCUCUUUUCCUGCUGCAUUUUCAGUAUUUCUGUCAUGGAUGCUUUAGCUGAGGUUCCUACAUUGUGAGGGGUUGCAGCUCUACUAUUCUAUGAUUCUCUGUUUCCGCUGCGUUGCUCCUUCUCCCCAAGCCCAGGCAGUUUAUCCUGGGUUUUUGUUUUUGUUUUUUCGUUUUUGGAAAAUGGAAGAACUACCCUGGAGUUGUAUCCACAACAACUUUCCAGCCGAUUAGGUUUCACGGACAUGAAAACAGGCCUUCUCCACGCCAAACAAACUGGAUUUCUUCUUUUCUUUUCCACUCACCAACUUCUCCUUCUCUCUCUCGAAUCGCAACGUGCAGCAAAUUUAAAAAGUAAUGAUGCCCAGGGUAGUCUCUCUUUUUACACUUGCCAAGGCAGCCCCACAUCAUUCAAGCAUUGCUCUAGAGGACAGCAGGACAACUUCAUCUUUCCUGCUGGCUGCAGACAUUCCAUUACUCAGACAAGCAAUGGGCAGAGAGGCUGAUAAUUUGCUACGCUUGUGCAUAAUGUUAAUAUAUUGUCACUGGCGACUUCACAGUCCGGUGCCACGCUGAGGCCUUAAGAAGCCUUCUCGUCGCACAGGAACAGUGAUGUUUCCUAAUGAACCAUCCCAGAUUUCUCCUCCCCCUCCCUCUUUUUUUGCUUUGUUUUGGUAGGGUGAGCAUAUCUAAAUGUCCCUUGACAUUUUAGUGGAUGCCUGCAUUCCAUUGUUGCUAUCACCAAGUCAGUGGUCGCCAUUUGUUUGUGCCUUUGUAGAAGUUUCCAUGCGGGUAGUUCGUGGACGGCCAUUUUGUCUGGGGAUGUGCAGAGUUGCUGUGCAGUAUAGAUCCCUCCCCAACCCCCUCAGCCUGCCAGAUCAGAUCUGAGCCAUGUGUAACCUGAGUGGCUGACUGGCAGUUCUUCAAGGCGGUAUCCCAACCACAAUCCUGUAUGAAAAAGAUGAAGAGGCAAGCCAGGGUCAGGGAGAUAUUGUAGACACAUAUACAAUUUCGAAUGGAGUGGAGAAAAAGAAUAAAAAGAACCUAGAGCCUGUGGGGGCCUGGAAGGCCUAUGGCCUUCCAUGUCCUGCUGGACUCCAACUCCCAUCAUUCCCUGACCAUUGGUCCAUGCUGGCUGGUGCUGAUGGAGGGCCACAGGGCAACCCAACUUGAUCUAGUUAGACAAUGACCUGCAGUUUCAUGGAGCUUCCCCCUGUUCAGUGCAUAGUGUGAAGUACGGGGGGCGGGGGGGAGAGAUGCAAAGGUACAAUGUGCAGCCUGCUUACUAAGAAGUAUAAGGCCCCGAGACUGAAAGCGGAUUGGAUGUUAUAUAUUAAUUAUAUUGGGGGGGUCUUAUAACGAGGAAACAAUCAUAACGGGCUGAAAAAAUACUCAGCAUUAGAUGUUAUAACGGGAGAUUAUGUAAGGUAAUGAAAACAAAUUAGUAGAAUAAGAAAACGCAGUAGAAAGGAUAGUAGAUAGGAAACCAUGGAAAGAACGGAAGGGAAGUAUAAUUUUAGAUAUAGGGGAUUUAAAUAAUCUUGGAAGAAUUUAGAUACGUUAUUAUUACUAUCAUAUGUUUUUGUUUUAUACCUAUGCUAUCUUUUUUCUAUUAUUUUAUGUAUGGCUGUAACAUAGUAUGUGCUGACGAUGAGAUAAAACAGAAAAGCAAAUGAGAGAGAGAGAGAGAGAGAGAGAGAGAGCGCCCUGGUCAAUAAGGCUAUAUGUUUACUCUGAGAAGCUUAGGUGCUUAGGAUGUGUUAAAAAAAAACUUUAAGCAUCCAACAUGCUUCACAUGCAUGGCACUAUUGUCAUCCUUGCAACAAGGUAAAUCAGUAUUGUUAUAAUAAUAAUAAUAAUUUAUUAUUUAUACCCCGCCCAUCUGGCUGGGCUUCCCCAGCCCUCUGGGCGGCUUCCAAAAAAAAUAUUAAAAUACUAUAAUACAUCAAACAUUAAAAACUUCCCUUGUUAUCCCCCAUGUUGCAGAUGGGGAGAUUGAGGCUGUGAGAAAGUGUCCUGUCCAAGGCCACCUAGUGAGGACAUAGUAGGGUUGAGUUGCAAUUCCAUCCAAGGGCAUCCAGACUUGCAGCUCACUUUGGCCACUAGAUCAGCCCAGCAAUCUUAGAAGUAGCUGUGGUGAGUGCGAUGGACCAUUGGGUGGAAUUCAACAUUGUGGUAUUACAGACGUUCUGUCUGCGCAAACAUAUCGGCUUUUCCUCCUCCUGUUCUGGGGGCGUUUCUGGAACAAGCCAGUUUGAAGGGGAAGGAGUGAAAGCCCCAUUGCACAAGCAGAAACCCUUGAGCAAGGCUUCCAACGGCAGGCUUCAUUUGGGCAACUCUUGCCUGGUAUUAACAAUUUUAAAUAAAAUAAUGUUACGUAUUAAGAUUACUUGUCUGGGAAGAAUGGUCUAAACAAGUUUUGCAGGAGUUAUAAACAAAGCAAUGAAUGCACCUACCUAAAAUGACUAAUUAAUGGCUAAUAGAAACUACUGCAGUAUUAGUCUUCAUUAUUAUGGGACGCGGGUGGCGCUGUGGGUAAAACCUUAGUGCCUAGGGCUUGCCGAUCGCAUGGUCGGCGGUUCAAAUCCCCGCGGCGUGGUGAGCUCCUGUCUUUCGGUCCCAGCUCCUGCCCACCUAGCAGUUCGAAAGCACCCUUAAGUGCAAGUAGAUAAAUAGGUACCGCUUUAUAGCAGGAAGGUAAACGGCGUUUCCGUGUGCUGCGCUGGUGCUGGCUCGCCAGAGCAGCUUCAUCACGCUGGCCAUGUGACCCGGAAGUGUCUCUGGACAGCGCUGGCCCCCGGCCUCUUAAGUGAGAUGGGCGCACAACCCUAGAGUCGGACACGACUGGCCCGUACGGGCAGGGGUACCUUUACCUUUACAGUCCUCUGACCUUGUUUGGAAAGUCUUGUCAGGAGCUUCCUGGCUGACAAAUGACUCCCUGUCUGACUCUCCCCUCAACGGCUGCAGGCUAGGCCUCAGGGGGUCCACAUCUUGAUUUGUUCUCUCUCCUGCUCACCCUGUUGGUUUCACACAAGCACUCAUGUCAGGGAGCCUAGCUGUGAAGCCAUUUCUCUCAGGCUUGUCUUGUCACCUCCAGAGGCAUCACGGGAGGUUUCCUCGUAAGCCGUGAUCGCCUCUGACAUGCAUCAAAGACGUGACACUACCAGGCACGUGCCUUUCACAGUCAAAAGGGUAAUCUCUCCAACCAUGACUGUAAUUGAUUUCCAUGUCAACCUUCGCACACCCUCUUGGACCUUAGAUAAGCGUAUCGCUCGAAUGGGCAGCUUUCGCUCUGGAUUAGAGGCCAAGCAUGGAGGCUUUCUGACAGUUUAAUUAAAUGAUUCAUUGUCAGCCCAUCACUCAAGCCUGCCAGUUUGGGUUAAGAGUGGAUGAGUCUUGCCGAGUCACAAUAGGAGCAGGGGAGGAGGCAAAUUAUGGGGUGGAAGUGAUAAAUACAACUGACUGCAGAAGAUUGUUUGGGAUGAAGCGAGGAGCCAGAGAGAGGGAAAGGCAGGUUAGCUAUCGUCGUUUCCUGGGAGAAAAAUUCAUCCGCAAGCUUGUCGAGAUUCCCUAGUAUUACUGUUAUUUCGUCAUUUUGGAAAGCGCUUUGAGUUUCCAAAGAAACUCGCAAUUGCAUAUGGCACCGAAUGCUCCCCUGCCUCAUCCCUCAGUCUGGUUUGCACAACGUGGUAAGCCAAACUGUGACUUUGUAAGACUGCAGGAACAUGCCUACUACCAGAUUGAAGCUUGCAACUGCUUUGCUUCUCCCUGACUCUUUCCUGCCAUGUCCUGCUGUGUCAUCCAAACUGGGAAGCACCAGGGUCAAGCGUCCUCUGCAUUAACCGUGAGCUGUAGCCAAGGUUUGUUAUUGCUAUUUGGGCAAUGUAGGGAUGGAGAGUUUGAUUCAGUUCAGGUUUAAUUCACACUUUCCUAAACAAUCUGCAAACCAAAACAUAGCAAUCUUUCAAAAUUUGCAUUUUUCCUUAAUUCGGCAGUGCAGUUCUCUUGGCGAGUAAUGUGUGCAAAAGUGCAUGCACUAGGGCAAAAUAUGCAAUUUUUUUGUUUCAGAAAUUGUGUUUUUGCUAUAGCGAAAGCAUCCAGAAAAUGCACUGGAAAGCGUGGGAUACGUUUUGCUUGGCGCAAUAUUGUCUGAACUCCCUGCAAGCCAAUCAGGAUGAAUGUUCAAUUAGCAGGCCAUCUGGAAACAACCUUAAGUAGUAAUUCUAGUCUAUAAACGUAAAGGGAAUGAAGUUACUUGUCAGCUUGAUAAAUGCAUUAUUUUGAGGUGAAAAACCCAAUUAGAAAAUUAGAAUAUUUGCAAAUGAAGUGAUGCAUAGCAGGAUUGCCCCCUUUACAUGAGCAAAUCGAACUUUGAAGAACUGUUACAUUGCAAAAAGUGGGACGCUUCUUUUCAUGUCUUUCAGGCCACCCCAUGUCCAAAUCCCCAAUUAGCUAUGAAGUUCAUUUUGUAAUCUUGGAUAAGUCACUCUCUUUCGACCUAACCUACCACAGAGCACUGCCGUGAGGAUAAAAUGGGGAGAGGGAUAAACCUUGUAUGCCGCCUGGAAUUCCUGGGCGGAAAAGCGGUAUAUAAAUGAAACAAAUAACUUUCUUCCUUCCAUUAUCUUUUUGCUAACAUUUUGAUUGACACCCUCCUUUUCCUGCAGAAUAUAUGGCACAUGGUAGAGGCAACUCACUGAAUUCUUAUCACUGUGCCAGAGACAGUCUGUGGGAGUGUCACAGUUUGAAGGCUAUUGUUGUUUUAUGAAAAAAUGUUCUUUACCACAAAUUCCUUUUUAAAGGGGGGGAGUUUGUUUAAGGAGUAUUUCAGUAGAAUGCUGCCAUUUUUUAAAAAAAUAGAAUAGAGUCUAACAGCCAUUGUCUCUUUAUUGCAGAAGGCUAAAUAAAAAUGGACUCACCGAAAUUGAAGACCAUGCCUUCAAUGGGACCAUCUUGUCUGACCUGUGUGUAUUAUUUCUUUAUUCUACUGAUUUGGCUUUUUGGAGGGCAUUCCAUGGGAGAUAUAUAUUGCAGUAAAAUAACUUCUGUUACAGUUUUGUUUUCCAUAGAACAGAUUUAAGUAGAGGGUGGUGUCCAACUGAGCUGAACUCAGAUUAGAGACACAGCAGUUGCAACCCCUCCAGUGUGAUGUGGCCCAAAGCCAGGAAAUCCCAUGUGAGUCAUGUGACCCAUGUGAGAUCUCAGCCCAAAAUCACAUGAAAGCAAGGCGCCCAAAAUGGCUGCUGUGCUCCGACGGGGGGCGGGGAUGUCCUAGUUUUUAUGAGGCAGUUGAUGGAUAUGCAGUUCAUGCUAGGCCCAAUAAUUUCUACUCUGAGUAAACCUUGGUUGAAUGCCAUCCAUUGACAUGCAUCUCCCAUUGAUAGGAAUCAGUGCUUAAAAAUGCUUAACUGUAAUUGGAUCGUGCUCAGUUUAUUUCAAUGUGUUUCUUUAGGUAACAGGCUUCAUAUACAGCAGGGGUCAGCAAACUUUUUCAGCAGGUCCACUGUCCCUCAGAACUUGUGGGAGGCCGGACUAUAUUGGGGGGGGGCAGGGGAAUGAUGCAAGAGCACCAAGAGUCCCAGGGGCUGCUAACCUGUGUCUUGCAAGCGGCAGGGACUGGUGGCAGCGGAGGGAUGUUGAACGGCACACGAAAGGGCUCCAGAGAGACGCUGCUUAAAAUGGUGGCCACUUGAGCGUUGCUGCUGCUGGCACCAACAAAGCCCAUUCCCCUUGCUCCUCUAGUCAGGGCAGGGAGAAGCCAGGAGGAGGGAGGGAGAGGGAGGGAGAGGCAAAGGAUGCACAGGCGCUGGCGAUCCAUGCAGCGAUUCCCAGACUGUCCGCGGGCUGGAUCCAGAAGGCAAUUGGGCCUGAUCUGGCCCACGGGCCUUAGUUUGCCUACCCAUGAUAUACAGCUUAAUCUCUGUGUUUGUGCGUGUUUAAGUUCUUUCUUUGCAUAGGAUAUUGAGUCUUAAGCCAGGUAGCUUACACACAGCUAAGGAUCACUGUGUUGUUAGAGGUGGCAAAACAAGGGUGUAAAUCCUACAACCGUUGAGUGAAAUCAUAACAGAGAGAGCAACAGUGGACGUUGCUUUAUGCAGAGUCACACCAUGGCCCACCAAGCCAUAAUAACAGGGUUAUUUAUCGGAACUCCCAUCCAAAGCUGGAGCCAAAGUCCUUUGGAUCCUCUGAGGGGGCUGAUCCUUGGGCCCCUUACCUAUGUCUCCCUAUGCUUAAUGAAAUGGGGGGGGGAAUACCCUCCCCACCUGCAGGACUUGAGGUCCAGCUGCGGGACUCCAUUUCGGAUUGUUCUGCCCCAGAGCCAGCGGUGGAGCAAGCUGAUCAGGCGCCCUGGGGCGGCGUGCGUGCCCUGUGCCCAGGGCUGGGGCCAGCCACCCGCGGGGCAGGGCAAGCCAUAGUAGGACACUGCACAGGGCCUCCAAGGAGUCUGCCUGCCUCCUCCCACUCAGCCGCCCUACAACUGAGGGGGAGGCGGCGGGCGGACCGUUUGGGGCAGAGCCGAGCCUGAGGGCGCCCAAGCCACCGUGUCACUCCCAGGAGAGACGUGUGGCUCCGGCACGCUGCAGGCCCUGCGGUGAGAGCCGCCUAGCAUUUUGUCACCCCCCCCUCAGUGGUGACACCUGGGACAGCCCCACCGCACCUCCACCGCAUCCCCCUUCCUCCGCCCCUGUCCAGAGCAGACUUACAGUCUAAAAUACACAAGACAAAAGGGGGGAAAGGAGGGAAGAGGUGAAAAAAGCAAACUCAGGCGCUCAUGCUUAAAGUUAAAGGGCCCCCAAUGAUGGCCACAGGGCCUGGAUGGGUUCAUAGCCUUUCUUUCAAAACAACUGACUAGUAAAUUAAACAUUAGCCAUUUAAGCAACCCUAGCUAGUUGAUGAUGAAAAAAAUCAAACAGUAACCAUAACUUUUAUUUAUUUCUUCUUUCUAACAUAGAAAUCUGAGUGGUAAUGACAAGCUGGAAAAUUUACCUAAUGAAGUUUUCCUGGGAGCCAAUGGACCAGCCAUUUUGUAAGUAAUAAUUCUCACUAUUUUUUUGCUGCCGUUGUGUCAGUAUCUCAGAUGAGUGGUCACAACAGACAAGAAGGCACAUCUUCAGAAUUCAAAAACGCCGCACCCCAGCCCGCAAGACCUGCUCCCUGUGGUUAUUCUGUUUGUGUGUCCAGGCUAAUGGGUUUUUUAAUCGUACGAUCAUGUUCAGCAGUGCUUGCCUCUCUCGGGCAGAACCCUCCAUUUCUGGGCAGCGGAAAGGCCUUUGACUCCCACAGCAUCGCCAGCCUUAUGUAAAUCUCACCAUCUGUAUUUGUCCUCUGCUCCUGAUAAUGUUUAUUCCAACCCCCCUGUUUUGUUUUGCUUCCCCUGCACAGGAUUCCAGCUCUUCCUUAUCCAUGAUUUUAAUAUUUGGAUAAGGCUGUAACUGAAGCUUCUUUGUAGCAGCCAAGCAAUAAACAUUUCUUUGAGAUGGGGUUACGGCAGGGCGGAGAGGGGGGAGGAAAAUAACCACCGUUUCCCUGUAGCGAGAAGUUAACACGACGCCUUUGUAAGCAGGAGCCAAACACCAUCACAUUCUGAUGGGUUAUCAAAUUGAUUUCACUGCAGUUCAGAUUCAUCCGAUACUUCAAAUUCAAACACUGAGUUAUUUUUAUGAGAAUUAUUCUGUUCUAUUACAUCGUUCUGUGGAUGGUAAAUUGCCUUUUUUUCCUCUUUUUUUUCCUGGCCAAGAUCAUGAAAGAGAGUUUUUCUACUCAUCUGUCACCGGAGAAUACACCCAAACGUACUUUCACUUACAGGAAUGAUUGACCCAUAAUAACAUCUUUGCUUGGCGAAAACAGAAUUGACUAAAUCAAUUCUUUUUCUUGCUUUCUUUUUCCAACCCCCCUCUUCUUCUUCUUUUCUACCAGCACAACAAAUGGGGUUUUUUUUAUUAAAUUGCCCGACAGGCUGAUUUAAGGCUUGUUGUUCCCGAAUCAGUAUUCAGGUGACAAUUAACAAUGCCAAGUAGUUUAUAUUCAAAAAGAAGAAUCCAGAGCCAGCAUUUGCAUAGAACAUUGAGUUGCAAGGUGGUGCCACUCAAGCUAACAAUGGAAUUGGAACUCGGGACAAUGUGGGGUACUAGCCAGGUAUCCACCCUGUCUUCUCCUAUCCAUCUCUAACCAACAUAAGGUGCUUCAGAGAGAUUGGGCGGGCAAGCAAGAAGACCGGUUCACACCAAGGUGGAGAACCUGUGGCCCUCAAGAUGUUGUUGGACUACAACUCCCAUCAUCCCUGAUGAUCGGUCCUGCUGGCUGGGGCUGAUGGGGAGUCCAACUGUAUCUCAAGAGCUGCCGUCUCACCAGCCCCUGCUUUAUUGGCACCUCCAAAUCUACAUGCUGAUCAAGGUGGGCCACUUCUGCCUGCCAAAUGGUAGAACCAGCCCUUUCUAUACUUGGACCUGAGAUUGGUUCCCCUACCUGGCCCAAAUUUAGCUGUGCAGUCUGCCCAUGAAAAGGAACAAGUUCUAUCCCAGGGGCUUUCCUAAAAGCAUGCAAAUGCACAACAAUUCAAUGUCCAAGAUGAAAGCUUCAUCGCCAGCGUCCAGUUGGACCGGUUAAAGGCAACCUUUGCAAUGAAUGGUGGUCAUAUUCAGAUUCUCACCAACCCCACCCCACCCGCUUUCAUGCUGACCUAGUGGUCAAUUUUCUGCAAUGAGCAGAACCUCUCUAGUUUUUAUCCUCUCCAGGCUCCUUCACCUUCAGCCUCUGUCGGGGAAUCAUCCCUCCUUGCUCCACCCAUUUUGUACCAUCAUCCAACACUCAUUCAUUUUUGGGUGCCUUCUCUCCUUCAGACCAUUAAUGCACAGUGAAGACAGUCCUUGACCAAAUGGCAAUCCACUUGAAUUCUCUGCAUGGCACUUUUCCUCAUACACUGGUUUGUUUCCAUGUAUUGUGGCCUUGCAGCUGUGAAGCUUCAUCUGGACACACACACACCCCUCUAGUGUCAAUAUCUCAUUGUGCUAAUGCUGCAAGAACUGUAUUUUGCGGGCAGGGAAGCCAAAUAGAUUGCUUGUUGUCUCCUCCUUGUCAGCUCUCGUUGGUAUUUUCUUGCAGAAAGCAAUCAUAUCUGUUCAGCAUGGCUUCCCUCCUGGAAAACUGGGCUUGGUACUAGCAACCUUGACAUCCCUAUCCUUUUAUAUGAAUUUCCUCCCCACCCCACCCCCCAAAAAGAAAGAAAGCUAAAAGCCAGCUAUUACCUGCAGGCUGCCUGUCUAGAGGCUAACAUGGGGUGCUCAUGACUGCCCAGGACAAAUGCAGCAAAUGUGUCAGCUUUGGUAGAACUUUGGCAAACAAUGUGAUUUCUAAGAAGGAAGUGAAAGGCCCCUUUGGGUGAGGCAGAAAAUUCACACAGGAUCUAAAGACAAAACGGGUUGGGUGCUGACAGCAAAGAAGGAACCAAUGGGCAAAGGAGCUUUGGAGAUGGAUGCCCUGAGGACCAGUGAGAACAAAGUGAUGCUCAGUGGGGUACAGGUUGAAGUUCGGGCAGGCAACAGAGAAUGGGGCUAAAGGAGCAUCACUUUAACAUGUUAUCAGCAGAGUUACUCUGGCAUGGUCAUGGGUGAACCUGCUGAAAUUCCAUCUACCCACAAAAUUGUUGAAAGAUUAAGGAGCCCUAUCUGUCUUUGUGUCCAUUGAACCGACUGCCAGGCAUUGGCCCAGUUCCAAGACAGGUUGUAGCUGCGGCUCAGUCGCAAAAGACAAGAAUCAGACAUGAUCAGAAUCAGUUGGAAAUCAGGAACCACAACAGGCAGAGUCUGUAAGGACUCACUGCACCGAUUGAGAAAGUGGCUUGGAUAUAAGGCCUUUAUAGAGUCUGGUGUGUCCUGAUUGACUCCCUUCAGGCUAAAUAUGCAGCUUAAGGGCACCUUUUCCCUUAAGGCAAGGUGUUCCCCAGGCCCACUCUCAUUAGGCCACACCCCUUUCAUGCCCUUCUUCGAACCCUCCUUGAAUGCUUCUGCCUAGUUGGGAAGGUAUCCUUGAAAAGCCUCUUGCCUGGCUGGCUGGAGAGGUGUGUUCAAAAACCACUCCCAUCCUAAGGACUAGCCAGCCUGGUCUUCUGAUGACCCAGAGGGCUGGUGGUGAGCUAGCUGCUGAAGACCAUAGCUGAGAGCUUUUCUCAAUGUCUUCAAGUAUCUGUUUAAGUCUUUAGCUGCAGGUUUCUAGUAUUUUUACACAAGGAUCAGAGCGUAUAGAUGAGAAACUAUGUAUUGAGCCCAGGAGAGUUUACCUACAAAUAGGGGUGUUGGAGAACUUCAACAGAAAUGGGAACAGAAAUUGCCGGUGUUUCCUUAUUCCCAUGUCUGAAAUGGAAAUCAAUUCAGUGAAUAUGACCAGUAUUCCCUGUUGUUUUUGGCUUUCAGCCCACAAGCAAUACGUUAUUGAUUACAUUUCUUCUCCCGUUUGCAUUGUGUUCCCUUUACAUUGAUAUGAAUGGGGUAGAAUUGAUGUCCUAAGUUAGGUAAUGUCACCACAGAGGACAGCAAGACAAGUAACCUGGGUUUUGGCAGAAGAUGAACUGCAGCAGAAUGGAAACACUGCUACAUGUGACAGGGCAAAAUAAAAAAAUAAUGCCUUCUGAUGUCCCUACUUACAAGUAAGACCCACGUCUUCGGUAGGGCUUACUUUCAAGGAAGCUUGCACAAGAUCAUAUUAUCAGUUCUUAUUUUUUAGUGUUUCUUGCUAGUUUAUUUUACGUUGCUAAUGAAGGAGAUUCUCAAAAUGUCUCCAUGUACGUAGUGAAUUGGUUUGUUUGGAAUUAUGAAGCAAUCACAUUUCUUCUUAAAGGGAUAUUUCAGAGACCAAGAUCAGCCAACUGCCCAGCAUUGGACUGGAGAAAAUUAACAAGCUGAUAGCAAGAUCUGCGUACAACUUAAAGAAACUACCUCCUUUGGACAAGUUCCGCUCCUUGAUCGAGGCAAACCUCACCUAUCCAAGCCACUGCUGUGCAUUUGCAAACUGGACAAAACAAAAGUGAGUGGCCCCAAUUCUUUGCAUUUAAGAGUCUGAAUUUAUCUGUAAGUGUCUGAGUCUGUCUUGAGUUAGAUGGUGUUUGUCACGUGCCAUUUCUCUGUCCUGCUAUGCCAGAGAGACUGAUGCAGUACCUUUAAAGUUUCUCAAGCAGUUUCAAAAACACGCAGGCUCACAGAAUUCCCAGCUCUCAUGUUUUGAGCAGGAGAUACCAAUGGUCAAGUAUGGUCUAUUGGUAAAACCUAUUGGUUUCGCAACUUUCUGACUAGUUGCAGGACCUUAGCCAGACCUAGCAGAGUCAACGCAGAAUCCAUGAAAGACUUGGCGACUUGGCUGCAGACAGGAUAGAUGAAGCAGGAACCAGGAACUUGUAGUUAGGUGUUUAUUAUAUACAGUGGACUAUUUACAGGAACAGAACACAGAUCUUUUGCUAGCACUCUCUCUCACAACUCUCAACUCCUACACUGACAUAGAACUCUGAACCUCUGAACACUGAACUAACAGUUAGUAGGCCAUUGAUUAUCACUCCUUUGAGAGAGCUUGACCAAUCAGGGAGCGGUCUCCAUGUCUCUGUUAUCACCAGGCAGACUUACUACUUCAGAUUGCCUUCUGGCUGGCUGCCAAACCUUAAUUGACUCUGUGUGAGUAACUACAUGUACACAGUUUCCCAACAUGGUCACCUUUCCAGAUGUAAGGACUACCCAUUAGACCAGAAAUUGGGAAGCCUGUAACCCCUCCAUAUAUUUGUUGGACUCCAGCUCCUAUCAGCCCCAGCCAGCAUAGCCAGUGGUCAAGGAUGAUGGGAGCUGUAGCCCAGCAAGGUAUGUUGGGCCGCAGUUUCCCACUCCUGUUUUAAAGGAUUCACCAAUGAGAGUGGGAAUUCAACAGCAUGGAGGGUUGCUAGUUAGCCACCGGUGCAAGGCAACUCCUCUUCCUUCUUGCUAAGGCCUUUUUCUUAUAAGGCAGAGGAGGCUGGAGAGGACCCAAGAGCUUUCACACACCACUUAAAAAUCGCAGAAUCAUGGAAUCAUAAAGUUGGAAGGGAACUGCAAGGCAGGAAUCUCAGCUAAAGCAGCCAUGACAGAUGGCCAUCCAAUCUCUGCUUGACAACCUCCAAGGAAGGCAAGUCCAUCACCUCUCAUGGGAGUCUGUUUCAUUGUUGAAUAGCUCUUACUGUUAGAAAGUUCUUCCUGAUGUUGAGUCGGAAUCUCUUUUCUUGUAACUUGAAGCCAUUGGUUCAAGCCCUACCCUCCAGAGCUGGAGAAAACAAGCUUGUUAUCUCUUCCAUGGGAUAGCCAUUGAGAUAUUUGAAUGUGGCUAUCAUAAAUCAGAUAUCCUUCAAAAACCACACUCGUUUCUGCAGUGCAGCUCUCCAGGAAAGUACAAAAAGUACAUUUGCUAUGGACUUCCGGUUAGCGCCAGCAGCAAUGGCUGACCUCCUUUGAUUUUCGGAGGGGGUAGCUCAGCGGGAGAUCGGGUCCUGUGCGCUCCGGCGAAGCGGGGACCCUUAGAAAUCGCAGGCGCGGACGCCUGCGAACGUGGAGGCUCGGCGGGCACCUUGGAGCGCCCCCCCAACCCGAAAGGAAGCCUUUUUUUGAGGCUUCAGAAGGGAGCGGGGAGAAGCGCGGUGCUGCGAGCGGAUCGCUGCUUUCACUGAGCGAAGCCGUGUUGCCGUUGCUGGAGAGCGCUGACUUAUUCCUGGGACAUUUGGACUUAAAUUUUAACCGUGAGUAGAGGAAUUGGAUUAAAAAGAGCACUAAUUGGAUUAAUUGGACUAUUUGCGUAAAAGCGGAAAAGUUUUAAGCUGUAAAAAACGUCUGAAUUGGCUACCGCGGUGGAAGCGCAAACAGGAAGUCCGCUUCCCUGCACUGUAUGUGGAAUAAAGCAUAGAGAUUUGGAGCUAAACGUGGGAAAAUUGAACUGAAAUAAGAGUUUCUUUCUGACCUGAGAACUUUGGUGGGAUCUACCCUUUGGAGGGAUAAGGGAAAGGCUCUUGAUUCUACCGGACUGCUUAAAUUUAAGGAUUUAAAGAGCGAUUUGUCAGUGGGACGUCUCAGCUGUCAAAGCUGUCAGAGCUGCUUGCUGGUUGCAAAGAAGAUACAUUGUGGCCAAUUUCGUUGGGGAAAAGAUUGGAAAGAACUGGAAAGCUACUUUGUGUUCUUUAUUUUUGUCUUUUUACUUAGUUUCUCUCUCCUGCUAUUUUAAAAGGACAGUAACUGGCUAGGUGGUAACAGUGUCCACCUAGUGGGACUCCUUGCAACUACAGGAAAGGAAUUUUCCACUUGUAAACAGGAACACCAGACGUGGGAAAGGAAUUUGACCUUCACUUUGUUAUGGCUGAUGGUCAAAAAGACCAGUCAGUCUUGAGAUCAGGGAAACCCUGGGUACACAGAAGGCAAUCAUCUGCUGGUUUGCCUGCAUCGGCAAUACAAUCUAAGUCUGGUGGAAUGUCUGAGGAAAUUUUAGCCAGUGCUCUGGCUAAGAUUAAUGAAUCGAUACAACAAUUAAGUACAAGGGUGGGGAGACGAAUAGGAAAGUGGAAGAAACGAACCAGAAAGUGGACAUUGCAAAUAGGAAAAUUGACUUAAAUACAGAAACAUUAGACAAUUUGGAGAAAAAGUAAACAGUAAUACGGAAUCUAUUCAGAGAUUACUGCAAGACUCAAAGUCCAUACAGGAAAAGACUGCUGCUGUAGAAUUUAAAUUGGGGCAAUUGGAAACUGAAAAGGUACCAGACCUGCAGAAAGAGAUUGCAGAACAUAAGUUAACGUUGUCUAUGAUUGACCUUAAAGACAAACAAACGAAUCUUAGAAUUAGAGCUGUUCCUGAGUUGGAGAAAGGCACCCUGAUAGACUUUUUGACACAAGAAUUUCUGGAUUUUUGGAAAUCGGAAUUGAAACAAGAGGACUUUAGGAUUGUGAGGGCCUUUCGACUGGGGAAAGGAGGAAGAAAGAUUAAAAUAAGGGAUUGUCUGAUCACCCUCCGAUCCAAAGAAGAAAGGGACAAAAUUUUGGGCCUGCAUUACGAAAAACCCUUGACAAUCAUACAAUCAAAAGUGGAAAUCUUUAAAGAUAUACCAAAACAUCUUCUUGAUUUAAGAAAGGAUUUUGGAGAUUUGGUGGACUUGUUGAGAAAAAAUAAAAUCCUUUUCAGGUGGGAAUUUCCCCAAGGUCUAUCCUUUAGUUUUAAAGGAAGAAAGACCAAGAUUAGAUCUGUGGAGGAAAAGAACAAGUUUUUGAGUGCAUACGAAGAAGAUCUACAGAAAGGACUGGGAAAAGACACUGCGAUACCGGAUAAGAGUCUGCAAAAAAAAGUGAAAUCAACGCCACCAACAGAUAUUGACAAUCUUCUUGGGGCUGUUGGAGGAGAAGGAGAGUAACUACAAAAUGACACUACAAGUUUUAAGUUGGAAUAUUAACGGUCUAAAUUCGUCGGCAAAAAGGGGGAGAGUAUUUCACACAUUGAAAAAAGAACAUUUGGACUUGAUUUGCUUACAAGAAACUCAUGUGACAAGGCUACAUCGAAAAAUUUUGAUAAAGAAAAGACUGGGACAAGAAUUCAUUUCAUCGGACAAUGUUAAAAAAAGAGGGGUAGUACUUUAUGCGAAGGAAAGCCUGUCACCAAAAUUUAUAUUUAAAGAUGACCAAGGAAGAUACAUAGCAAUUGAAAUUCAGUUCCAAGGACAGAAAUUUUUGAUAAUAGGUGUAUAUGCACCAAAUGAGGGAAAAUCAGAAUUCUUUAAGAAAUUGCAUGAAACUCUCCUGGAUUAUUUGGAUUAUAACAUUAUUUUGAUGGGAGAUAUGAAUGGAGUAGUGUCUACAAAUAUGGAUAAAGCCCAAAGACAAACAGUGACAAAAGAUGGAAGAUUACCAAGGACAUUUUUUGAAAUGACUGACAAUAUGGAUCUUGUGGAUAUUUGGCGAAUAAAGAACCCCUUGGAAAGAGAGGGAACCUUCUUCUCUGAAGCAAAUAUGACAUGGACAAGAAUAGACCAAAUCUGGAUAACUAGAGGACUGGCCCCUAAGAUUAAAAAGCGGUGAUUUGCCCGAAAAUUUGCUCUGAUCACAACCCAGUAAAGAUUGAAAUGAUACCAACGCCAAUUGGAGCUUUUAGAUGGAGGAUGAAUGACACCUUAUUUAGGAAUGAGGAAAUUAUUAAAAAGGCUCAGAAGAAUUUGAGAGACUAUUUUGAGAUAAAUUUGAAUACCACGACAGAAAAAGAGUGAUUUGGGAUGCCAGCAAAGCGGUGAUGAGAGGAUUUUGAUACAACAAAACGCAAUUAGGAAAAGAUAUCAAAAUGAGAAGAGAGAAAAAUCUUGGAGAAAAUUAAGGAUGGAGAAAAAAGACUGAGGGCGAAACCGAACUCACAGGAGAUUCUAAAAGAGAUAAAGCUAUACCAAGUACAAUAUAUGAAACUGAUGAACCAGGAGAUAGAAUGGAAGAUCAAACAGAUGAAACAAAAGACUUUCGAAUCGGCAAAUAAAUGUGGGAAAUUACUGGCCUGGCAAAUGAAAAAAAGACAAAAGCUGAAUACGAUUACGAACUUGGUAGUAGAAGGGAAGAACAUACAGAAUCCUGGAGAGAUUCGGAAGUGCUUUCAGAACUAUUUUAAACAGUUAUAUACGCAGGAGACUCAGAAAGAAUUAGACAUUGACCGAUUUUUGAAAAAUAAUGGAUUACAAAAAGUAUCUCAAGAGAGUAAAUCAAUAUUAAACUCUACAAUAUCUGAUCAAGAGGUGGAAGGAGCCAUUCAGAAUAUGAAAUUGGGCAAAUCUCCAGGACCGGAUGGACUAACUGCAAAGUACUACAAAACUUUGAAAGAAUGGUUAUUGCAACCGUUGAAAGAACUUUGCAAUGAAAUACUACGGUGAGGAAAAGCACCCGAGUCGUGGAAAGAAGCAUACAUUACACUUAUACCAAAAACCGAAGUGGAGAAGACACAGUUGAAGAACUACCGUCCCAUAUCCCUACUUAAUGUGGAUUACAAAAUUUUUGCGGAAAUUAUGGCUAAAAGAUUAAAAAAUGUAUUGGUAAAAGAGAUUCAUAAAGACCAGGCGGGCUUUCUCCUGGGAGACAUUUGUCAGAUAAUACUAGGAAUAUUAUUAAUAUUUUGGAAAAAUUGCAAGUUAAUAUCAAUACUAAAGCUGUCUUAAUAUUUGUAGAUGCAGAGAAAGCGUUUGACAAUAUUUCUUGGAGUUUUAUGAAGAAAAAUUUGCAGGGGAUGGGGGUAGGCCAAAGUUUUGAAAAUGGUAUAGGUGCAAUUUAUUCGGAACAAAAAGCCAAGCUUAUUGUGAACAAUGUAGUUACAGAAGAAUUUAAGAUAGAGAAAGGAACAAGACAGGGUUGCCCAAUCUCCCCAUUGCUUUUUAUAUCGGUCCUGGAGGUUUUGCUCAAUAUGAUUAGAAAAGACCAAUUGGUUAAAGGUAUACAACUCGGAGCUAAACAGUACAAAUUGAAAGCUUUUGCUGAUGAUUUAGUUUUGACAUUACAGGAGCCAGAAGCUAGCACAAAAAGAGUAUUACAAUUAAUCCAAGAAUUUGGUCAAGUAGCAGGUUUCAAAUUAAACAAGACGAAAACUAAGGUAUUAGAGAAAACCUUACAGAGAUUGAGAAGGAGAGGUUUCAGAAAGAGACAGGAUUAACAAUAGUUAAUAAAGUGAAAUAUCUAGGGGUGAAUAUGACUGCCAAAAAUGUGAAUCUGUUUAAAGAUAAUUAUGAAAAAUGUUGGUCAGAAGUGAAGAAGGAUUUAGAAAUAUGGUCAAAAUUGAAGUUAUCAUUGUUGGGCCGAAUUGCAGCGAUAAAGAUGAAUGUAUUGCCUAGAAUGUUGUUUUUGUUUCAAACAUUACAAAUUGUGGACAAAAUGGACUGUUUCAAGAGGUGGCAAAGAGAUAUUUCCAAAUUUAUCUGGCAGGGCAAAAGCCUAGAAUAAAAUUUAAGAUAUUAACAGACGCGAAGGAAAGAGGGGAUUUGCCCUGCCAGAUCUUAAACUUUACUAUGAAUCAGCCGCUUUUUGUUGGCUGAAAGAUUGGCUACUUCUUGAAAAUGUGGACAUUUUAGAUCUAGAAGGUUUUGAUAAUGUGUUUGGAUGGCAUGCAUAUUUAUGGUAUGACAAAGUUAAAGCGCAUAAGGCCUUUAAGAAUCAUAUUGUCAGGAAAGCAUUGUUUAAUGUUUGGGUGAGAUAUAAGGAUUUGUUGGAAAGUAAAACACCAAGGUGGCUGUCACCAAUGGAGGCAAAGGCAUUGAAAAAAACAAAUAUGGAGACAAACUGGCCAAAAUAUUGUGAAAUUUUAGAACAAGUUGGAGAUAAAUUAAAAUUGCAGAGCUUUGAUAAAUUAAAAACUAAAGUUCGAGAUUGGCUUCACUACUAUCAAAUAAGGGAGGUUUUUAACCUAGAUAAAAGAUUGGUUUCCAGGAGGAAAAAUCUAAACUGGAAACGGACUUGUUAUAACCUAAAACUAAAAAUCUGUCAAGAAUGUAUAAUCUGCUGUUGAAAUGGAAUACACAGGAUGAAAUGGUUAAGUCUGCUAUGAUUAAAUGGGCACAAGAUGUUGGGCAUAAUAUUAUGUUUGCUGACUGGGAACGGUUAUGGACCACAGGUAUGAAGUUUACGGCUUGCAAUGUAUUAAGAGAAAAUAUAAUGAAAAUGAUCUAUAGGUGGUACUUAACCCCAGUCAAGCUAGCUAAAAUCUAUCACUUGCCCGAUAAUAAAUGUUGGAAAUGCAAAGAAAAUGAAGGAACCUUUUUUCACCUUUGGUGGACGUGCCCAAAGAUCAAGGCCUUCUGGGAAAUGAUAUAUAAUGAAUUAAAAAAGGUAUUGAAAUACACUUUUGUGAAGAAACCAGAGGCUUUCCUCUUGGGCAUGGUCGGCCAAUUGGUGCGAAGGGAAGACAGGAAUUUUUUAUGUAUGCGACAGCAGCGGCAAGAAUACUUAUUGGGAAAUACUGGAAGACACAAGAAUUGCCUACCCGAGAAGAAUGGCAGAGGAAAGUGAUGGACUAUAUGGAACUGGCUGAGAUGACCGGCAGAAUUCGAGAUCAGGAAGAAGGGUUGAUGGAAGAAGACUGGAAAAAAUUUAAAAUAUAUCUUCAGAAACACUGUAAUAUAAAAGAAUGUUAGAAAAGGUUGGAGAAGAAUAUUAGACCGUAUUGGCAGACAGGGUAUAAUGGAAUAAGUAAAUAUGAAGUGUAAAAUGAGGAUAGAGGAGAAUUAAAUACUUUCGAAUGUUAAAAUAAGUAAAAGAAAAGAAGGUUAGAAGGAUUUGCUGGAGAUACGAUUUAAACUAGAAUACAAAGCAGGGAGGUGAGAGGAAGUCAUGGAAACAAGUAAAUGGGAAGACGGUUGUAAUGGUCUAAUUUGAUUUUUGUUAUUUUCUAUUGUGAUUUUUUGUCUUUUUUAUUUCUUUUUUUACUGUCUGUUUUUUGUAAGAUGUAUGUGGUUUGUUUUUUUUUCUACUUUUUUUGUAAUUUUAAAAUUGGAAUAAAUAUUCUUUAAAAAAAAAAGUACAUUUGCUAUGUAAAGCUUGCAUAAAUCUGCAUAGAUUGGUGGAAAUAAUGUAUACAGGGCCGUAGCUAGGGGGUGGUGAAGUGGGCCCCCGCCAGGGGCGCAAGCGAAAAGGGGGUGCAAAAUCAGAUAAAAACAUGUACAUAAAUAUGUCUGUAAAUAAAAAUAUCAAUUAUUGCCUCAUAAGAAAAGGUUUUUAAUAGAGGGUGAAUUGAAUGGGUGGAGGGGGGAGGUUGGAGGAGAGGCGGAAAGGAGAGCUAAUUUGUCUGCGGCUAGGGGGCUUAAUCUGGACGGUUCUGCCAGGGGCGCAAGAUCACCUAGCUACGGCUCUGAAUGUAUAGAGUUGCAUUAUAGCAGCAUACAAAAAUGUGUAUAUUAGGAGAAAUUUGUGCCAAAACGCUGACAAAUUGUCAUGGGACAUUAAAAAACAAAACCUGUACAAACUGGUGUGGGAAUGUAGAGUACUGAGCCUAAGACUAGGAAAAUGAGAAUCUGAGAUAAACCAAAAUUGACAUAUUCAUCCAUCCCUGCUCGCUACCAGACAGACUCUUGCCUGCUCAGGCGAGAGCCCAAGGAAGUUGUUAGGCCAUUUUGAAUCCAACCAACAGAAGCGAGAGAAAUCUUUCCUUUUUUGCAGCUUGCCAAAAAGAAGCAGGCUUUGGGUGGUGCAUUCAGGUACACGUUGUUUGCCUCUGAGGGAGGACUGAUGUUAUUCAGACUAUCUGAAUGCCUGCUUGGUCUUCCGAUGUAGAAUAGGUAUGUAAAUGACAGACACUGGCAAAGUAGAAACCAUCCUCAAGUUUGCAAGACUUGCCUUCACAAAAGAACUGACUGCAUAAAAGGCUGCUUCCGGAGGCUCUCUAUCACUUUGGCAGAUGGGAAGAGGACCAUAGACAUUUGGGCAGCCAUAGGACAGGAUAGGAGUGGGCACGAUGAAAUUGAUACACCCACAGCGUGCAUUUGCGUUCCUGAUUUUCGAAAAGAUUCAUUAGCAAGACCCCCGUGGAGCUUUACCAAUGCUAAUCACAGGGCCUCCUCAGCCUCUUAAAUCAACCUUCCCUACAAAUGAUUUGCCACCAGUGGGGUAUCGCCGGGCCUUCAAGCAUCAAGGGUCCUCCUCAUUUAUCUCCAUCUUUCUCAAGUAUUCUUUGAGAUUUGCACGUUGAUUGAUUUAAUUAACCCACAAACUCUGUUGGUUUGUGUUGCCGAUCAUGCAUUUAACUGCUUCUCGGUUCAGUGUUUCACGGCAUAGGUGGGCUGGCUUCAGCUUUGCAAAAUCCAUUAUUAUUAUUAUUUAUGAGGACCCUCCUGGUCCACCACUCAUGUUCGAAAUAUGCAGACCAAGAGUGCAUAUGCUCAGGAUGUCCUGGCGCUUAAGGCGCAACCAAUCUGCUUUAAGUGAUCCUGAGUAUGUACUCCUCACUUAAGAAGUACUUGACAGCACAAUGCUGUGCAUUCAGAAGUAAGCCCAACUGAGUCCAAUGCGACUUGCUCCCAGGUAAGUGUGUAAGAUUGCAGCUUUGGAAAUGUCUUUGCAGUUGAUAAGUAAUCCACAAGCAAAUGGACAGUGGUUCUUUCACUUGAUAAGUGUCUAGAAUAGACAGACAGAUAGGUAGACAGGCAGAAGUGUGUGUACAGUGCUUUCCCCCAAGAAAAAUAGGUGCUGGGACUCACCGUGAAGUUGUUACCAUACGUCACCAGACACCUUGGGGCAGCCCUGAACAGAUGCUGGUUUGACAACAGACAUGUUCGCUACCUGCAGAGGUUCUAAGAACUACAGCAAGCUGUCUCCCUAGCUGAUUUGGGGGUCUCCCCUGUUUCUGGUGCAGGUCAAAUAAAUGCACCUCCGCCUCCCUUGUUCCCUUAGAUUCAGGUGGAUGGUUAGGGCAGCUCAGAAGGGCUCUUCCACAAACACAUACAUGUGCCAUGGUAGAGGCCUGGCUGGAAAGCUUAAAGCCCUCUGCCGUAACAUGGGAGGCAGAUAGAAGACAAGGAAAUAUGAAUUGGCCCCGUAGCUUGAUCAAGCACGGCUAAGAGCAGCUAGGAGCUUUUUGCUCCCUGCUACUGAGAUGUCACCCCAGGUGACUAUUUAAGAAAAUAAGGAUAGAGUUCUGGGCACCACAAUUUAAGAAGCUGGAGCACGUGUAAAGGAGGGCAACCAAGGUGAUCAAGGGUCUGGAAACCAAGCCUUAUGAGGAACAGUUAAGAGAGCUGAGUAAGCCUGGAUAAAAGGACACUGAGAGAGUAGAUAAAAUAGUAAUCUUCGAAUAUCUCAAGGGCUGUCACAAGGACGUGAACCAGUGGCUUCAAGCUACAAGAAAGGAGAUUCCAUCUUAAUAUCAGUCUGUUCCUGCUUGCAUCAGAUGUCCCACCCUUCCUCCCUUUUAGGUCAGCUUCCUUUGCGUAUUGACCUUGCUAUGGACUUCGGUUGGUUGCUUUGGUUGCCCAAGGGGCCUGGUAGGACUUUUUUAUCCAUUUGGCAAAUUGGCACCAGUCUCUUGGUUUCUCCGCCUACCUCGUAGCAACUCGUCACAACUUUCUGGUAUUGGCAAUUAGGCAUUGGAAUAGGUGUGCUGUGUUGGAGGAUUGGGUAUGGGCCAUCAUUGGCCCCUCCUCUUUUGGGUAUUCCGUUAAAGGUAUCCGGUGGUCAUGGAUCCUGUCCGAUGCCCUGCUGGUGGCUAGAGCCAUAGCACGACCCCCGGUGACAUCAGGGGGGAGCUUCCAGUUGUAUUUGCAUCAACAAGCUCCUUCCACUGGUUGUUAACCCUGAAAUGACUCCCUGCUGAGCAGGGUGGAGUCAUGUGUUGCUGUUUUUAUCCAAUGUCUAAGCCAAUACUACCCACAUGCUGUAACCAAGAAAGUUGUGGCCUUAUUUUGCCCAUUAGCCUAAAAUAAUGUGUCUUUGUGUCUUAUUAUAAUCCUAUGCGGGUGGCGGGUCCUCGAUUCACAAGAGCUGUUCAACAGUGAAAUGGACUCCCUUGGAAGGUGUUGAUCUGCCCUUCGUUAGAGGUUUUUAAGCAGAGGUUGGCUGCCCAUCUGUCAUGAAUGCUUUAGUUGAGAUUCCUGCAUUGCAGGUGUUAGGUUGUGGGUGAACAUAUCAGACAACACAGCGAUUCUUCAAACAGCUCUUGUUUAUUCACAAGCCAGGACAGAACUGAACUGAAGGGUUCAGUCAGCCUGCUUAUAUAGAGCUCCAGUACAACGUUACUGUAACCACUUUUUAAACUAUCCAAUCACGGAACGUCACUUUCGAUCCCUUAUUUGCAUAACUAUCUACAGCAUCCCCCUACUGGCCCAGGGUGAGAACUUCAGUACAUAACAGCAAGGGGUUGAAUUAGGUGGCCCCUGGGGCCCCUUCCCACUCUACAAUUCUUUGAUUCUACCCUCUUCUCAUGGCAGCCAUGGGUGACCCACAAGCGGGAUCUGAAUGCAACAGCGCUCUGCCCUCCUGUGGCUUCCAGCAACUGGUAUUCAGAACCACUGCUGGCUCUGACUGUGGAGGUCGAACGUAUAACACAGAUCCAUGCCCCAGUCUCCCAAGUUGGCCAAAGGCGAUAAAUAAUGCACAUCAUAUUGCUAGAAAUAUCCUGAGUAUUUGCUCUGCGUUUAUUUCAAGACCGAGACGAUUCUCCUGGGAAUUUCUGUGGAGGUAUGCGAGGGAGAUAUAACAAGAGUGAACAGGAGAGAGAAAGGCUGGUGGAAUCAGAAUGCACUGAAACCUCAUUAAGGUGCUGCCCUCUCAGGACUCUGCGUUUGCCAGUGUAAAAGAUUUCCACCUCAAGCAAGGCUUUCUUCCUCAACGUUCACAAAGAGAAAGACUUUCUUCUCGCCAACAACCUCUCUCCCACACAGAGGGGAGUGUGGGCUGGGUGGCUGUUUUAUCUCUCCACACACACACACACACACACACACACACACACACACACAAAGACCACUCCACUUGGCAUAGAAAUGCAAUGUCGGUUUCCAAACCUCCUCUGCAGUCAGUCAUCCAGAGAGUUGCUGUUGUUUCCUCCUAAGCUUUGAUCAAAGAAAUCAAAGAAAGGUGAUGAUUCUUUCAUGGGAUUGCGUUCGACGGCAGAGACUACAAGUCAGCUUUUGUGUUCAAGAUAGGCUUCCCUCCCACACACACGAGGAAGACGAGAGGUGAAGCUGGGGCUGUUUAGGGAUUGGGGAGGUGGGAGAGAGAGAAUUCGGUUCUUUUCGCAUUUGAAGGGGAGCCUACUUAAUUCAUACUUCCUGAAAUAAUAUGCGAACCGAAACAUAGCUGAAAUUGAGACUUCUCUGAAUUUUGCAGAGCAGUUCUGCCGCUAGGCAUUGUGGGUGUUGAGGAAGGCCGCUCCCCCCUGCAAGCCAGUUCCUAGGGGGUGGGGCCCACACUCACCACCACUGCUUUAAGAGGCUCCAGCGAGGCCUCAGGACACUGCUGCUGCUGCUGCUGCUACUGCUGCAGCAAAUGUCGAAAAUGGUUUUACAUAUUUUUAAACGUUUUUAAAGCAUUUUUACUUUGUUGCACUGUGAACGAUGGUUUCUAUUUAUAUAUUUUUAUUUUUAUUUUUAUUUUUUUAUUUUGUUUGGGGUGGGACAAAUGUUGAGUUGUGGUGCGGAUUAGUUUUAUUUUAGUAUAAUUGUUUUUGGCUUUGUUUUUCCUUUUACUGUUUUGUUAGGCUGUUGUAUGGUUUAUAUUUUGCUUUUUAAUGUUUGGUGCUGUAUUGUCUUUAAUAUUCGGUUGGAAGCCUUCCAGAGUGGCUGGGGAAACCCAGAUGGGCGGGGUAUAAAUAAUAAAUUAUUAUUAUUAUAUUAUUAUUAGGCAAUGCAUGCAUAAAUGCCUAUAUUGGGGGUGGGGCUGUUAAACUGUCCAUAUAAGUGCAUAUGUUAAUUUUUUUUAAAGCACAAAAGAUAUAUAAAAUAACUUACAUUAUAUUGGGGGAAAUUGCUUUGCAAAAAUGUAUGCAUUGUGCAAAAUUACACAUGACCAUGUGUAUAAUUAGUGGGAAUGGACAAAGUCUUGUGGGAGGAGCUUCCCAUAUGUAGGGGUGCCAUUGGUGAGAAAGCCCUCUGCCUUGUAGGUUAUCUCUGUGCUGCCAAUGGACAAUGAACAUGGAUAGGGCAGAUGAUCUUAAAGAAGUUGAGAUGGGAGUAGGUGCCCCUUCAUAUAUUUGAACCCCAAGCCAUUUAGGAUUCUAAAGGUAAGUAUCUGCACCUUGAACUGGACCCAGAAGUAAUUUGUCAGUAAAAAGAGAACUGCAAAGGGUUGCGCCACAGUUAACAAGGAAAAAUGCAAUAGUUUGUGUGUGUACCUGCGCAUGUGCAAUUCUUUCUUUCUUGCUGCAUUUUUGAGGUUUGUGACCAUAUUCUUUUUCUUCCCUUCCAGUUCUUUUUUCCACCCCAUAUGCAAUAAGUUAUCUCUUCUGCUAGAUAUCGACGGGACAGAUUUUGACCUGGACGACGAGCACGAUUACUACCAAAGCCUGUGCAUGGAAGAGGUUGAAGUCAUUUGCUUCCCUGAGCCGGAUGCCUUCAACCCCUGUGAAGACAUCAUGGGCUACAACGUCCUCCGGGUUCUCAUAUGGUUCAUCAGCAUCCUCGCCAUCAUGGGGAACCUGGUUGUGUUCCUGAUCAUAGUCAACAGCCAUUCCAAGCUCACUGUCCCUCGGUUCCUCAUGUGCAACCUUGCGUUUGCAGACCUCUGCACCGGCAUCUAUCUGUUGCUGAUCGCCAUCAAAGACAUACAGACCAAAAGCCAGUAUUACAACUAUGCCAUCGACUGGCAAACGGGUGCGGGUUGCAAGGCAGCCGGCUUCUUCACUGUUUUUGCCAGCGAACUUUCCGUCUACACCCUGACCUUCAUUACGUUGGAGCGGUGGCACACCAUAACCUAUGCCAUGGAGCUAGAACGCAAGGUCCGCUUCCGACACGCUGUGGCCUUCAUGCUUGUCGGAUGGGCUUUUGCCUUCACUGUGGCCAUCCUCCCCAUUUUCCAAGUCAGCAGCUACAUGAAAGUUAGCAUCUGCCUACCCAUGGAUAUAGAAACUCGCCUUGCCCAGGCAUAUAUCAUGUUUCUGCUGGUACUGAACAUCCUGGCCUUUCUCAUCAUCUGCACUUGCUACGUCAGCAUCUACAUCACUGUGAGGAACCCCAACAUCAUCUCAUCGAACAGCGACACCAAAAUUGCCAAGCGCAUGGCGGUCCUGAUCUUCACGGACUUCCUCUGCAUGGCACCCAUCUCCUUUUUCGCCAUAUCAGCAUCGCUCAAGUACCCUCUCAUCACCGUGUCCAACUCAAAGAUCCUCCUGGUUUUGUUCUACCCCAUCAACUCGUGCGCCAACCCAUUCCUGUACGCCAUCUUCACCAAGAAUUUCCGCAAGGAUUUUUUCAUUUUGCUGAGCAAAUUUGGCCUUUGCGAAAAGCAAGCUCAGAUUUACCGAACAGAAACCUCCUCCACCGUUCCUACCUCUCAUAUGAAAAACGGGCACUGUACACCUGCUCCCAAAGCCAGCGAGGGACCGGCUUACGCAUUAGUCCCCCUGAAUCAUGUGAAUUCAGAACACACGGGGGUAGGACCCGAAUCAACGGCUCCAAGUUCCAAGAAGGGAGAUUCUGACUAAGCAUAUGAAAAAACUUUAUAGGUUGUGGAGUCUCCUUUCUUGGAAGUUUUUAAUCAGAGGUUGGAUGACCAUCUGUCAUGGAUGCUUUAGCUGUGAUUCCUGGCAUUGCAGGAGGUUGGACUAGAUGACCCUUGGGGUCCCUUCUAACUCUGCGGUUCUAUGAUUCUAUGAUCUGUGGAGUUAUGCCAAGAAUUAUCAAAGAGGGACCCAUGCUUUCCUGGAGAGACAGAGAAUUACAAAAGAAGCCAAAGCUUCUGUUCUUACCAUUUACAUUCCAAAAUGUACCAAACCUCAGUGUUCUUAGGAUUAAGUAUGCCUACCUAUGAGUUGUGUUGCGACUUGAUUUUGCCAGGUACUCAAACAGAUUCUGCAAAACAGAAACUUGAUUUUCAAACUUCUGGGGAGGUUUUAUUUCCCCCCUUUGCUGUGUGAACCCACAAACCAAAAGCUUACUUAGCGCUCAUCUAGACUUCCUUUUGCAUUGCAUUUCUAGGCCCAGGUCUGGGCCUUAAAGCUCCAUGUCCGAGCAGGUUUUGUCGCUGUCUGUUUGUCCUGGGACUUUACCCAGGAAAGCCCACAUUUUACCACUGAAUCGGAGAAAAUGGCAAUUGGGUUUUCCGCGAAUUGUCGUUUGCUCUGAUUCAGUAGUAAAAGGGGGGUUUCCGAUCAGAGGCAGAUUUAGGGCAGCACAACCGGUUCUCACACACCGGGUGCUGAACCGAGGGUGGGGCCAUAAGGCGUUGCAGCUAUGACAUAAUGAAUUUAGCAGCAUGGAAGGCAAGAGCCGGGGAUUGCCGAAUUUUGGCCUUGAACAGGACGCCACCUGACCUGUGCCUGGAAAGUGUAGUGCAAAAGGAAGUCUGGGUGAGCCCCAAAUGAAUGUUUUGAGAUGCUUUGUAUCAAAUCUGACCCUCCAGAUGUUGUGGGAGUCCAUCUCACAUCAGCCCGAGCCCAUGUGGUUAAUGGUCAAGGAUCAUGAGAGCUGCCAUCGAACAACAUCUCGCCAUAGCUUGCCCACCCCUUAUCUACUGAAUUGGUAGAAGCUUUCCAAACUCUCAUGCAACGGUCUUUCCAAGUGGUUCUGCUACCUAUGAACCAAAUAUGUUGAAAGUUGAACCUGAGACCUUCUGCAUGCAAAAUGUGUGCUCCAUCGCUGAUUUGCCCCUUUCUACAUGUUUGCCUCGGUAAUAAAAGGGAAGCACCGUGGGUCUCAUGAGAAGCUCUCUAGGUGAUACACUGGCUCCCUACACUAUGGGGACCGCAGGCCCUUGCUUCCCCCUCUUUUUUCAUAUCCUGGUUCCCAGAACCUAAACCAAAGGUAAGAGUGAGCAUUAACUCUCCAAAUCAGUGUAAUUUCUUGGUAAUAUUCAAGGAGGCUCAGAGUCACACUUCAAUAGAUACAGCCUGGAAGAUCAGCACCUCCAUUUUUAAAAGUUAAAAGCUGCCAGCAGGGCAAAGAAUGGAUUAAUCUAUAUUGCAUGGGGAGGGGGGGUAACCCUUUCUUCUUAUGCCGUUUCCCUGAUUUAAACGUCCCCUCAUGCUUCCGCUUGCCCGCAAAGAAAAAAAAUCAGGUGAGCUAUAGUACAUGUAUUUUCUCUUGACCAGAACAAACAGCAGCAUGUAGCAAGAAAGGGGGAAGCUUAGAGUAUUAUUUUUUUUAUAAAAAAAAGUGGUGUCGGGUAAAGGGUUAACUCCCCACAUAAUACUAUGAAGUUGAUGUGACUCACAGCUUCUUUUAAGUUAAAAAAAACCCUAAUGGAAUAGUUCACAGAUCUCUCAUGUCUUAUGUACCGGUGCUUUCAGUUGUUCUCAUUCCAGUCUGGCUUCAGGCCUAGUCAUGGCACUGAAACUACCUUGGUCCCCCUUUUUGAUGGCAUUUAUCGGGAGAGAGAUGGGGGAAUUGUGACCCUGAUUGUUCUUGAUCUUCUGGUGGCUCUCGUUACCAUUAACCACAGUAUCCUUCUGAGGUAUUCUCAGGAAGGUGGGGGGCACCGUACUUCAGCGGUUCCUCUCCUAUGUCCGUCACCAUUUCCAAAAGUAGUCAUGGGAGGAUACUGUUCAGCACCAUGAGAGUUGUCCUGGCUCCAUCUUGUCAACCCAUGUUAUUUAAAAUCUGUCUGAGGCCUUUGGCCGCUGUCAUCAGGAGAUUUGGUGUGAAGUGUCAUCCAUAGCUCUAGCUCUGUUUCAUCUGAAUUAGGAGAGGCAGUGAUGGAUUGGAUGUGGGUAGAGAAACUGAAGCUGAAUCCUGAAAAGACAGAGAUGUUGUGUGUCCUGGGUUCUCACAUCCAUGAGGUGGAGAAGCGGCCUGCCCUGGACAGGGUUGCACUCCCCUAGAAGGAGCACGUUUGUAGCUUGGGGGUGCUCCUGGGAGGGAUCUGCACACAGGGGGGCAGGAAAUGCUAUAAGUCAGAAAUUAAAUUGUUAUAACAAAAAGAGGAAAAACCGCUAUGUAAAAAUCGCAUUAAAUUAUUUUUGCUCUCUGGCGCCAUCUGGUGUUGCAUGUUUAUAAUGAAUUCAAAGCAUUUUUUGUCUAAUGUAGCUGAGUCCCUGGACUCAGCACUGUCACUGGCGGCUUAGGUGGCCUCAGUAGCAACAAGUGCCUUUUUACAGCUCCAGCUGGUUUGCCACCUAUGGUCCCUUUUGGACAGAGAUGACUUAGCCACUGUGCUCCAUGCUCUAGUACAGGCAUCCUGAACCUGCAGCCCUCCAGUUGUUUUGGCCUACAACUCCCAUGAUCCCUAGCUAACAGGACCAGUGGUCAGGGAUGAUGGGAAUUGUAGUCCAAAACAUCUGGAGGGCUGAAGGUUGGGGAUUCCUGCUCUAGUAACUUCCAGGUUGGAUUGUUGCAAGGCAAGGGGCUGCCCUUGAAGACUACUCAGAAACAUCAACUGGUACAAAAUGCAGCAGCCAGAUUAUUGGCUGGGGUUCCAUUGAGAUCUCCCAUAACUCCUGUUUUAAAACAGUUGCUCUGAUUGCCCAUUCAUUUUUGGGCCCAAUUCAAGGUGCUCACAUUAGUGUUUAAAGCCCUAAACAACUCAGGCUAAAAGACCGCCUCUUUUCCUGCAAACCCUCUCAGGUGUUGAGAUCGGCAGAGGAGGCCCCCUUGUUAGUUCCUCUGCCCUCAGAGGUUCAAGGGGUGGCUGUCUGGGACAGGGCCUUCUCUGUGGUGUCCCCUAGGCUGUGAAACUUCCUCCCCACAAAGGUGAAUCUGGCAUCUUCAUUGUACAGCUUCCAGCAAACACUGAAGACCUCUCAACCUCGGCUUUUGACAUUUGAGGUGUAUCUUUUUUAGGACCCACCUUAUAUUUGUGAUUAUAAGCUUCUUUUAAACUGUUUUAAAUACUAUGUUUUAAUGUUUCAACCCACCCUGGGGACCUUAGGGUGAAGGAUCAGGUAACUAACAAACACAACUUGGAGGGUUCACUGAGACAAACUUUGAAAACUGUUAACUUGAUGGUGGAGCAACGACUGUGAAUUAAGAAACCGGUUUGAAGGAUGGGGGAGAAUUUUAGGGGGAGGGAAGAAAUUCAGUUCCAAUUGCAUUCAGGUGAAUGCGCCUAAGCUGCACAUUCUGAAACAACGCACGGACCGAAAUUUGCAUUUCUACACAUUUUGCAGCCAAGUAAUGGGUACUAAAACACACAUGCUGGAGUAAAGGGAAUGAAAAAGCAUAUAUUAGUGAAAAUAACAUACUGCUUUAUAUUGGGGGAAAUUACGUGUUAGGCAAAAGUACAGACACGUGUGUAUAUUAGAAGAAAUCCACAUGAAAAUGCUGGUGAAUUUUCACGAGGACUUUAAAAAAACACACGAAACUGAUGUGGAAAUGUGGAGAACUGAAUUUAAGACUGGAAAAAUAAGAAACUGAAAUUGAAUGUGUAUUUGUGGGUCGCAGCAGACCCCAUUUUCUACUGUAUUUCAUAUUAUCAUAAAUGGCCAGCAUGGGUGCCAUAUAAAAUAAAAUCCUUAUUUGUGCUGUG